GUUUUCAAAGUGGCUCCCAAAAGCAGGAAGCGGGGACAUAACCUUGGGAGAAACGCGGAGAAGUGUUGUCUCUGUGGGAACAGAUCAGUGGAUUUGAGUGACAGGUUGUAAUUACGCAGUGGUGUUUGAACUCAUGCGUCAAUCCGUCUUUUCGGGCGCAGUUCAGUGUGCGAAUCAGGUGUUCAAUUGCGAUCCCUGAGUGUUUGGAGUGAAAGUAUUCAUUGAUUAAGCUGAUGCAUUGUGUCAGAGCACAAAGCCCCCGUCUGCUUCAUCUAGAGCGCCCGCCCAUUGGGCUUUCUGCGGAGCGAUAGUGGGAGAUUGAUUAUAGUCUCUGGGAUUUUCCGUGGAGUAAGCCAGAGAGCCUGCUUGGACUGCGAUUUGCUCUCCCAUCAUUGAGGAGGAGGAGGAAAUUAUUAGCCAACAUCAAGGAGUUUUUUUUAUCCACUCUGAUUGCACAUAUCCAGACCCCCUGAGCACAUUUCCCGUCCAGGUUUCCAAUUUACGCGCAAGUCACGCCGGAGUUUUUUGUUUUUUCCCCCCCUCUUCUUUCUCAUUUCUCUUCCGAGGAGGCUGGUGUGAGUGUAAAUCGCCUCCGCAGUCUUGGAUGCGUAGUAAACGGGGGAGUGGGUUGGGUCGCCCAUACAGACGCCUGGCAUACAUACGUACACGUCGUCAGCGAUAAAGGCAGAUAGGUGAAGGUGGAAGACACCAGGGGAAGGGGGAGUCGGUCAGUGGGAAGACGCGGGACUCACCAGCGUUGGAUUUGACUCUUAAAGACACGCUGCGUUUAUCGCCUGGGAUUCAUACACCUCCUUUUUUUAUUUUUGCUCUGAUAUAUCCACGAUCGGCUGUUUUCAUCACCCAGCCUAAAACCUGACCACGACCAGACAUCGCGUCCUCUCAUCUGAAGGGAAUAUUGGGAAGUGAAUCUGCGGGGCAACACACACAAUGGCACCCGGUGCGCUCCUUCUCGCCUGUGCGCUGCUUGGUAAGACAUCUAAAAUCCCUCUCACAACCAUGAAAUGAUCUCCCUUGUCCUCUGCUGCUUAGAAACAAUUGUGUGUUAGAGUUAGUCACGGCGCACCUGUGUGACACAUGGAUAUUAAACAGGUUAGUUUGGAAAGCAAGUACUAGUCAUCACGAGUCAGGUGGAAGUAGGUUACAUUGAUAAUCACUGCAAUAAUGACAGAUGCCAGAGAACAGCUGUGUGUGUGUGUGUGUAACAGAGGGUGUGUGUGUGCUGAACUAGGUUAAUGUGAUAUUUGGACUUAAGUCACAGAUUAAUACACUCGGACGUCCUACCUUUAAGGGUUGGUCAUUGACACAAUCUACAAGAGUCUGUGAUCAAACAACACUAGUGUAAAUACAGGUUUCAUACACACACACGUGUCAUAGACACACCUGGAUGACACAUCCCCAACACCUCCAGAGUAUGAAGUCAUCAGUGUGACACCCAGCACCAGCUUUGUUGUACAGUAUAGUGUAGUCACCCUCAUAUGAGUGUGUGUGUUCAGCCGUCACACACAUUUGCCACCUACCUGGACUUUAUUAGAUUUCACAGACUAAUGCCAGUUCAAGCAUGUUCACCUGAUGACACUCAGUGACACAGAGAAAACACCCACACUAGUGAGGACUGCUGACACACACGCGUAGAUACACACACACUCACUCAAACACACUAACACACACACAUUGCAUCCUGCCUGUGAACUGUCCCAAACAAACACCAGAUGGCUUUUCUUUCUGUUCCUGGACGGGGAGGCCUGAGGGGACAGAGGAGGGAGGAUGGAGAUGGUGGUGUUAGGGGGGGGCAGGAGUGGGAGUGGGAGUGGGAGUUGGCCGGUCGGAGGCCCCCACUUGGCACAAGAGGAUUACCAGUCUGCUGCCUUGCUUCACGUCCCCCCACCAUUAGAAGUCACUUUCACUGUGAUGGAGGGCUGUGAGGAAUGAAAAUGUGUGAUUUGGUAUCUCACAUACAAGAGCGAACAGCCACAAUGUCUUCUUCAGUGUGGGAUGAAAUAAGGGAGGGUUUUUCACAUUAUGUAAUAAUGAUGAAUCACAUGUUGAAAUAGGAAGCACUUCGAGGUGGUGAGAAAUAUUUCAGGUGUUUUGAAGAGGAAGGUUUUGUUUUUAUGUGCUUGUGUUUGUGUGGAUUAUUGGCACCGAUCACUAUUCAUGGCCUCCUGAUGUGUUGCCAGCGUUAUUGUCAGUGUUUGACUGGUAAUUCAGUGAAAUGGUGAAAAUAAAUCAUGCAGAAUUGACAAAUUGGUUGAUUGACAGAAAAAUAUUGGCAGACUGUCUCUCAGUAUUCUCUCGUUGGAAGCAAAAACAGACAAAAUCUUCAGCUCCAGCUUUAUUAGUGUGAAGAUUUUCACUUUUUCCAUAUUCAUGACAGUAAACUGAUUUUCUGUAGGGUUCAUCUGUUGGUCACACAAAACAGACAUCUGAAGAUGUCACAUUAGGCUUGAGGACUUUUUAUAAAUCAAACAACAGAUCUUAAGAUGAAGUGAUACUGAAAAUAAGUGAGAAAUAGCUGGGAAAAUCCAGCUUUUGCUUUUAAGCGAUGCACAUUUUCAAUCAAGUUGCCUGACUCAGCCUUGAUUCAACCCAAACAGCUUUAUAUACCCAUGUGCCAUCUUUAAGCCAUCAUAACACAACGGCAGGACAGGAGGCUGGUCUCAUUUUGAAAAGCAGAACUGCUACAUGUUUUAAUGCCAUGAGUCAGAGUAAAUCUACUCUCUAGCCAUGCAUUAUUUGUGCCAGUGUAUUAAUAUCCCAUCAUGACAGAAUGUAUGGCUAUAUUUCGCUGUAUCAUUACUCGAUCCUUCUCCCUGUGUGCAUGUUGGAGCAUCUGUGCUCCUGUAUGAUCAGCUGUCUGCGCCUGUGUCAGCUGCCAUGUGUGUUUGCACUUGCAUUUGCUUGUAAAAAAAGAGAGAGAGAGAGGAGAGGAUGAAACAAAGGUGGAUGACACCUGCAUGUGUUACACAGAGACUGUAUCAGUCAUAGUUGGACCCAGAGGUGCCACUUACGCAAUUCUUCAGCAGGCAAAUCUUAUUUAUGCUGCUGAGUUUGCAACCAGGUGUGAUGGAGAGAGAGAGUGCGGUUUUGUGGCACUGGGGGUACGCGAUGAAAAAACAUAUAAAAAGAGUUGCCUGAAGGAACGAGUGUUUAUUAGCUUUAGAGGCAGGAUGUCUUCCUCUCCCCCACAGAGAGUGAGAAAGAUGUCAUGCCUUUUGUGCGGUGCCACACAGAGUGCUUUUUGGGGCUUGUGUGCGUCUGUCUUUGUAGAAGUGUGUUUGAAACAGGCAGCCUAAACCUAAAGUACCCAAGACGUCCCAGUUUAUGUAACGACAUUGAAAUGUAAUAUGUGCGUGGCUUCCUGGUUUAACUGUAAAAUGCCUGAGUGGUUUCCAUUUGCCGGGCUGACAGGGGAGCAGCCUGCAGACACACAGGUUCAGACGAGCUGCCACUGGUUUGGUUUAUCGGCUGGUCUCAGAGCGGCUACACCUUUUGUACGGAGGGGGAAUCUUGAAAGCUUAUGUUUGACAAGAUGCACCUUCUGCCAUGUGCAGUUAUUCACGCCCUCAUCAUGAUGUGAUGUUUUUAUUUUUAUCCGGCUGCCAACUCAGGGAGAUGGGUGCUGUUUUCACCCUGUUCACACUCUGUGGAAAGAUGUUCUGCAUUAAUUUGCAAAAUCCUCUAUCAGAUGGUUGAAAAAAUAGGUUAAAUAUUUCAUGAGGUUUGGCUGGCAGUGGGGUGUGGCAGUGGGCGUGGCCUAUUAUUCAAAAGAACAAUGAGAGGGUGGCUGUAUUUCUGUCUCUUUUGUAUUGUAGAAGCAUACAUGCAGUGAUAAAGAUGUAGCUCUUCCUUUAUGGAUUUUCUUUUUGGUUGUCAGGAUGCAUAAUUAUGAGGUAUUUAUUGGUUUUUAGCUCUGCAGAAUUAUUAAAUGUGAUGUAUCAAUAAGUAAACUUUGUGAACUCUGAUUUAUACUGUUAGUUAGCUUUUAAAAGCUAAGCAGAUCUACAGGCUUUAUAUUAGCUGUCACUGCCCUGGCGUUAUGAUAUGUGCUUCAGUCUCCCUGUAAAUGUCUGCGUAAUAAAAAUAUGAGCGCGGUGAUAAAGAGGAGUACACAGACACUAAAAGUCAGUAUGAAGAAUUAACCACUCUUGUCACUGAUGAUCUCAUUUGACUAUGUAGGUCAUGAUGAAGCAUCAGUAAAAGAGGGAAACUGCUUCAAAAUCAGUUAAAAAACUCCUCACAGUGCCUUUAACGGACUUGUAACAACACUGCAAAACUUUUUGCUUACACACUGACAGAAAGCAAAGCUGGCUCUCCAUAAUUGGCAGAAUCAAACAAAGUGACAGUGCUAAUGACUUGAUUUGCAUUCUGUACCUGGCUAUUGAGACUUUUUUCCAAACUCCUGCGUUUCUAAGGACGGCCAACACUUCUAGCCACUUUAGCACAGAUCGAUUGUCAAGCAGUGUUGUGACACAUGUCGAGAAUGCUUGAGAAGUGCUCGAACACUUGAACAAUCUCAUUUUCCAUUUCAGGCACAAAGUCAUUAAAAUGUCUGCAUCAGGGAGUGUGAAACAAGUUUAUAAUUAACAUUGAGAGAAAUGAAAACUCUCAUCUAGACGACUGUGCAAACGUCACUAAUUGCCCUAGAGUCCUUUGAUGCAUUUAGAAGAAGUAAAAGUAAACCAGGGGAGUUUCAAGAGAAGGCAUCAUUAUUUUCUGCACUUGUAAACUUUUAUUGUUAUAGGUAUCUUAAGGUCAACGCACUGGCAUGCCAAACUUUCUCGCCAUUCAGACUUUUCAGCACCACACCUCAAUCGCAGUCUGGCCUCUCCUCUGUCCUGAAAAAGCAUGACAGCUGAAGCCCCCACCCCAGGAUAACGGGGAUUUCAGCUUCUGUGUGGCCGAGCCGUCCUUCCCCUUUUUUUUUGCUGUGCAUCUUGAGUCAGCUGUUACACACUGGGAAUGCUUUCCAUGUGUUUGUAAGCCUCAGCUGACACGAGAGAGAGAGCGCUGUCUAGACAGUGACACCAAAUGCAAUAACUCACCGUCUCGCUGUUUGUGUAGCUGAUUCUGAGCUAUGCAUAUACCAUAGAAAAGUUUGGUGUGUGAGCAUGUGAUCAUCCUCAGUUGUGUUACUCAUUAUUUUAUACCUCCAGCGCUAACAGAGGAGCUACUUCUCCUCCCUGUUAGGGGGGAUAAGGGCUCUUGCAGCUGUCUGAUUGCGCUGCUGUUUGCUCCCCCUUGUUAUUUUCUGCGCCCGCUAUGCUCUGUACUUGCGUGCGCGCUUGUUUGCAUCAUAAGCACCAGACCCACGUCUCUGUGUGUACACCCAUGACAAGACGCCUUUUGUGCUAUUGUUUUUUCAUAUCAUAACACUGUUGACUCAACUGACAAAAACUAAACAACAAAAGAGAAGAAGAAAGACUGUCAGCUUGGCUAUCAUCCAUCGGCUGAGCGGCUGGUUUCAGUAAAUAUUCAUUAAAGCUGUUAUGUGGAAUGAAAACUCGGGCCAUCUUUGGGUCACGACUGAAACAGCUUAUUAGUUGGAAAUCAAUAAGACUGGAUAAGGAGAGUCUGCUUCUUGCUACCAUGGGCAUGUUUUUCCUGCUUGUUGCACGAGGCGCACCUAAAGGCGAGUCAAGCCCUCGUUACUGGUGUCUACUCCCCUCAGGGCAAGCAAUGGGCCUUUUAAUAUAGACUUCACAGCCAGCUAUAGAAGCUCACACCCAACUACCACUCCAGGUUUACAACAGGCAGCCCCACUGUCCUCUGUUAUCAGUUUUCCCUCCUAUUGCUGGCCUCUUUAAAGGUGAGAGCAAUAAAACAACUUCUCCAGCAGAGCUUUCGGAGGAGAUAAAAGAGAAAUUAGAGAUUGGACUGACUGACAUUUACUGCCAGCAGAGCAGUAAAUUAAAAAAUAAAGUUGGUGGUUGAUAAUAAAAGCUAGACUUCUUCUCGACAUUUUUUUUUCUUAAUGACGAUCCUCCCCCUCUGACCCAGAUCUGAGCCGCAGUCUCUCUCCGGUUCACACGGGGGGAGAUGAGUGACUUGACUGUGUGAAGUGAAGCAAACUUCUUGUGGGAGACUUCCUGCCGGCCUGCCACAGUGAAUCAGGAAAGUGACUGGAGCCAAAGCAGAUUCACAGUCUGCUUUGUGUCCCCCCCAGCAUCAUCACCUCUGGUUAACCGUCAGGACUCUCUCCCACAGCGCAGCAGCACGGCGUGAAAGAUCCUGCACAUGCUCGUCACGCCUUCGAGAUUGUAUCUCAUGUUUGAUGAUAACAGCACAACAACCCUGUAGCGAUUCAGUUGGUAAACCGUUUAAAGGGCUCUUUUGGGUUGAUUUGCAUACCUCUGCUUCUCAACUCUCCUCCUCCUCCUCCUCCUCCACUAAAUACCCCUUGACCUCCCUCCCCCACUCAGUGCUAACAAAUACUAUGCCAAAGCCGCCUCCUCUUCAAAGAUCACUAAUUAGAAACUGCCCUCAAGUUUGACCCAAACCAGAUAUUUUUAUUCUCCGUACAGUGCGAGAUCACAUCUACACGCAUGGACUGUUUAAAGCGCCCACCUCGCCUAUUUAAAAAGCCGACCCAGCUCCCUCCCCCCUUGGGACACCCUUCCUCCCCCCUGCUGAUGUUCAGUGUUUGUAGCGAUGAUGACUGUCCAGCGAGAGAACACCACUUUACUCCUCCACACACACACAUAUGAGCACCCACAGUGUUGUGAGCUUCUGUCUGUCAGUGCUGGUGAAAACACACUCUCCCACUCCCUGCUUGAUUCCCCACCCAAGCAGAUCCCACAUUGGUGGGAUACACACCAGGCGAGGUAACUAUGGCGACGGUGCUCCCCACCUGCACACCACAAAUCCAUAUUCAGUGGCACAUGCUCAGCUCGGUGUGCACAUUCAGAGGUGUGUGUGUCUACAGCACAUGCAUGUUUUAAAAAGCCUCUUAUGCAAUGAUAAAGAGCACUCCACUCUCUCUACCAUUACGUCCUGUUAAUGCACCGCUUUUCUGCUCUACACCUUAAAACCAAAGAGAGGCGCAUUUGUGUGUGUGUGUGUGUGUUUGUGUGUAAUUGCUUAUGAAAAAAUGCACAAAUUCACAAGCGCGUGUCUUUUAUUGCCCGAGAGGCAAAAUGACUGACAAUGGUGAGAAAAAGUCUGUUUGAAGUAAGCUAAUUAAUAGUUAAUUGGUUUCUUCUCCAAUCUGCUGCUUAAUUCACAAACGUGAGAACGGAUAGCAAAGCUGCCAGUCACACACAAAAACUAACCACUGUACAUUAAGUAGAUACAGCUGUCAGGCUUAAUUGUUCACAAGCUGUAGAUGGAUAAUGACUGAAGAUAGCUGGAAGUUUUUAUAGCGUCACAUUCAUUGACAACAAUUAUCUCAAACAUUCAGUUGGCUCUGGUGUAGCGUUUGCCCAUGACAAGAUAUUAUAAAAUGCGCUUUUAACGCAUAAUGUGUGAUUCUGAGUGAAAGUUGUGUUCAGAGUAGAUGGGAAACCAUAGUGCUUUGUCAUGCAGACAGGGUGGGGGAGGGGUGUGUGUGUGUGUUUUGUGGGGGGUUGGUUGGGAUUGGGGGGUUGGGGAGAUGAGGUUAGUAGGGUAGCAGGUGUCCUCACGGAGUUAAUGGAUCUGAGGAUGAGAGGCCCUUGAUGUGCUGUAGUUGUGUUUUUGUGUGUGUGCAUGUGUGUCUGUGUGCAUGGACUAAAUCUGAAUAAAUCUGUUCUCUUUUACUAACCUCUUUGUCCCUCAUGUUGUUAUAGCUAGAAAUAAACAGGAGAUGAAUAGUGUAAAAUGAUGUUCUCCUAUGAGAGUGUGAAAGACUCGGUUGAAGACACAUCUUCUUUCCAUUUCACACAUUAAUCACGUGUCGCUAUGUCAAUUUUCACCCUGAUCUCAAUCACCCACAGAAUCGUAGACUUAACCAGUCUGCAUAUACAUAAUACAUAAUAUGUCUUUCAUAUUGCUCAAGCUUCCCGGCAGUUGUAUUGAUGUCAUUCAUGUCAUGGCUUCACACCAAGUCUAAACGUUAGCAAGAAGCACAAACCGGGGGAUAAAAAUUGCUCCUUUUGACAAGUGCUUCAAUUCAGAGUAUAUAUUCUGUGAUCUAAGGUUGAAUUUAAAAGCAGGCUGACAGAACCAUUCAUGAGAAAAAUGAGGGAGUGUAUGAUUACUUUCUGUAUAGUGCAUUAGGUUUUCUUUAUGUGCAGUUUUGAUUGAUCACUCACAUUGUAAGUGCAGAGCUGGGGGAAAUUACAGUAUCAAUACGAAGAAAGUAAAACAAAAGCAAAACCCUCCUUUUGUGUUGGGUCUCACUCACCCUGUCAGAACUCUAAUUUGCGUAACCAGCCAUUCACCAUACAUUAUUCCGCUUAUUAUCUGGCUGAAACAAAAUAGCGGUCUGAAAGACGGUUUAAUUCAAUUAAAAAUGAUUUUUAUCAAUACAGUUAAAAGAGAAGCCCGUCCAUUUCAAAGGUCUGUGAGAACUUCAUGGUAAUGGACUCUUAAUCAGCCUCCUUGUGGGACAAAUUCGCAUUAAACAUUUCCAUUGAAGAUAAUGUUAAAUGAGGUGAGUGAGACUCUUGCAGGAAUAUUUAUGCUGACUUAUGUCCCCAUUUAUUCUCUCCUUCUUCCAAGGCUUUAGCAGAUGACACACCUUUAAAUAUAAAUAAGGUGAAUGUCACAUCUUUUUAAUCGUGUUGCUACUAACACUAAAAGUUACUUUGUAGCAAUCAGCCACUUAAGGAUGCACCCGCAAGCUCUGCUGCUGUUGCGUAGGUUGCAGGACACGGCCUUCUGCUUUUUUUAACCGUCAGAUAGUUUCAGCUCCUCAGGAUGCUAUGAAAGAGGAUUGGGGCCACAUGAAGAGAAAAAAAAAAAUACAGGAAGGAGAUUAAAGUCCAAAUUUCAAGAUUAAAGGUGAAAUUUCAAGAUGAAGAGGUGAAAAUUAUGUUAAUGAAGUAGAAAUUUCGAGAUUAAAAAUUGAAAUUUCGAGAUAAAAAAAUUAAAAUUUGAAAAAAUUGAAGUCGACAUAAAUAAUGUCAGAAUUUCGAUUUUUAAAAUUUAGACUUCAAUCUCAAAGUUUUGACUUCAAUCUCAAAAAGGAAAAUUAAAAAAAAUCCCCUUUCUGUAAUUAUAUUGUUUUCUCUUCUUGUGGGCCUAAUCCACUUUUGUAGGAUGCUCAUACAUCGGUGCGUGGCAACUACUGUAAAUUGUCACAGUGUCAACAGGCAGAGGCAAUGUGUAAUCAGUUUGUUGUGUUAUUAGGGGGUUUGGACCAAUCAGAGUAAGAAAGUGCUUUAUUUUGGCCAGUUUCUCUGCAUUUGUGUGUGGUUUGAACCUAGUAUGGUGCGCCUGUAUGACCUGGACUAUUGAAUGAGGGACAAAUAUAUAUAUUUUUUUUUUUACCAUGGCCUUUUUCUUUUUUACCAUAGAGGCAAAAUUGCAGCAUAACCCAGUGCCACCAUCCACUCCUUCUCUUUGUCCUCCUGGUGAAGGACUAUUUAUACACAAUACUGUUGGUAAGGAGCUGUCCUCCAAUAUAAAAACUGUUUUAGCCUUUAAUUGGAUUAAUAAAUCCAGAUAUUGCUGUAGCUAGCACUGCCAUAUGUGACAAUUGUGCGCUAACCGAGUUAACGCUCCGCACUUGCUCUCCCUAUUGACUAUUACUUCUACAAAGCUAAGUGGGACAGUCAUGUAAUCAUUCUCUGAUUAAGUUUACACCUCCAUACCAAGGAAAAAACAGAUGAAGCUACACACAGUGUUGGGAAACAGGAGAUGUACCGAGAGAAGUUUUUUUUAGCAUAACUGAUGAGAACUUCGAAAUGAUUUGAAGAAAUGUUAGUUUAAAAGGUUCAGAGAAACGUUUUUUUAAUCUAAUCUAGCUAAUUAUAUUUCAACUGAAAGCUUCGGAUGAAACAAUAAAACUCCAAAGCUGUUUUUCUGUCAUGGUCAAACAGGAAGACGGAGCAGCUGAGGGUGUAGGAGGGAGGAUGAAGAGGCAGCUGUUCAACAGAGGAUAGAUUAUGAUCUCCUCCACGCUGUUGACACUAUCGAGAAAUGCUGCCAGCUCCGGAUAUGGAUAGGAGAAAAUAUGAAUCAGCCCACAUAAAAAUCACAUUUAGCUAUAUCUGUUCUAUUGUACAUAAACAGUGUAGAGGUGGGCACAGACAUCUAAAAUGUGCAGUAAGACAUUUACACAGAUGUAGAGAAUUAGCUUUAAAGACCUUUUAUCGCCUCCUUUCUGGUUUCUCCAGCUGUUAAAAGCAACAGCACAGGUGGGGGUCAUGACUGUUGUAGCCCGGGGGGCCCAUAAAUUUAGUCUUGUUAGCAUGGCGAGAGCAGAGGACAACAUGAUCCACGUGUGCGAAAAGCAGGAGUUUCUGUUUGGAUCCUUAGGCUCGGGUUCAUAUGAGGAAAGAGGAGACGUAGAUUUACUGCUGAGAGGUUCGACCACAUUUGGAAUAGGCUACAGCAGCGACUUCCCUCUCUCGACUCUUUAAGCUAGGUUAUACCAGAUAGCUGCAUCUUCUUAUCCUGUACACUUUUAAGAGUGGUAUUGACCUUUUAUAUUACUCUCACUGAUAGGGAUGGGAAUCAAGAACCAGUUCUUGUUAAGAACCAGUUCCAAAUGGUUCAAUCCAGUGACAUCGUUUACAUUUUAUCUUGAUUUGAUUUCCUUAAUGGUUCCUUUCUCGUUAGAGCCAGUCUACGCAAACGAGAACCUGUGAGAAUGCAGCACAAUGCAUGCCAGACUUAACAAUGUCCUCCUUUACCUGGACAUGUCCUCUUUUUUGGGGGGCUGUCCGGCCUGUCUGAGGGAGUUCAUAAAGUCCUCCAAAUGUUGUAUGGAAGUUUUGAGUUUGUGUACAAGGGGCUAACUGGGUUAGAAGUGUGUAAAAACACUCGACCUGGCCUGAAAAACCCUCAAAAUUUUGCACGCAACUCCACCCCGUGAAGAAGUAUCCUCUUUUUGGGGAUCCAGAAUAUGGUCACCCUAAUUCGACUUAGUACCGACCGAAGUAAAUGCUGUACAAAUAGUUUGUCAUUGAUUAUUUUUAGACUCUCACUGAAGGUGGCAUAUAUCUUUUUCUGUUAUCGGAGACUCAACAAAAUUUUGAGUUCAUGAUGAAAACCUGUUGUCUACUUUUUUUUAAAUCAAAGAAAGGCAUCGAUAAGGGAAUCGUUACAGAAUUGAAUUGAUAAUCAGAAUCAAUAAUGGCAUUGAUAUCGAUAAAAUCUUAUCAAUUCCCAUCCCUACUGACUGACAAGUAUAGAAGUGUCAAACAGUCUUUUUUGAGACGGACUUAAUAGCUCAGAGUAAGAGUGGUAAGAGCAUUAGCUAGAGAUUUUACAUGUUAGACAGUGGGCGUUUCAUGGAGAGCUAAAGUGUGCUCUACAUUCAUGUACUGUACAUGUACAUAUCUGUUUCUACACGUUUGGAUCUUUCUCUGUCCCCAGGCUACGUUUCCUGCUAUCCAGGGUGUUAAAAAGCAUGAUGGGGAGUCUUCCUCAAUGCAGCUAGCUUACAACAACUCCCUCUGUGCAUUUUCACCCUCCGUGUAACCGUCUUUAUCUUGUAAUCCCCGCAUCUUAAGCAGCACUAUCGCUUGGCUCUCUUUGCUUGAGCUAUACAAAGGUAGAAUAGAAAUGUACUGUAUAUCCACUUCAGCUUCCCCCCUCUCUGAACGCUCGUGAACUCGCUUUUGUUCUGGCUCUGAUUAGAGCUGCAUUGAUGUAAUGGGCAGUUGUUGUAAGUAUUCGUCAGCUGUCACCCUCUAAUAGACGUCUGAACACUUAGUCUUCUUUUCUUUCUGUUUGUCCCCAUGUUGGACUCUCACUCAGGGAGAUUUGCACCUGUCUUCCUGCUGACAAGCUUCCAGCAGAAAGAGAGCUCUCUCUUGGACACUGAAAAUCAUUAAGCCCUUUCUUAAGCAUUACCAGAAACACACAGUGUCCUUUUAUAAAUCCGGCUGGGGAUAUUGCAUUUUGGCUGAAAGUUUUGAAGCUAGCAAUCGGUCAGAGGUCCUUAAUGACAGCCCGGCUCGACUGAUUUCUACAUGCACACAAAGAUGAUUAUUAUCGCUGCAGGAAGGACAAGGAGGAAAAAAAGAGCAAGAGCAUGAGGCCUGAAUUGUAAUAUUUGUUGCGGCUUGGGGCCCAUCAGUCAAAGAAACAAGAAUCUGGGGGAACAUGAGGACAAAAGGAUGUGAAUCUUUAUCAGCGUGUUACAUGGUUUACAUCAGGAUGACAUGCUAUGAUCUGUUCUACGAGUGAGUGGCUAAGUAAUCAUGUUUUUGCUCUAGGAAAAUGUUAUAUGUCAAAUUUCAAUGAUUAAGAAGAAAAGACACGAUAAAGCAGACUCGGGUUCAUGUUGUUGCUGAAUUUGAGGAAACAGGCUUGAUUCGUACCACUCUGCGCUCAUAUCCCCUCUAAAUGUUAGCGUUUCCUUUGCAUGAAAAUGUCUCCUUUUUCCUCUGCUUUCAUCUUCCUCCCUCCAGUUUUCCCUCAUAUUGGAAUCUCUCUGUCUCCCUCGCACUUGUGCUCUAUCUGGUAAUGAUGUUAACAGGGUCAAAUGCUUUCAGGGGCCUUGAGGGAGACACAUUUUUUUUGAGAAUUGUUAACCAGCACUGAAAAGAGUGAAGAUGAAGAUUCCCGUAUGUUCCUCAUCCUCCCCCAGCGAUUAUUUCUCUGUCACAUGUAUGUUCAGCACAGAAACUAAGUAUACUUUUAUAUUCACUUAGUUCUUUACAUUUUUGUGGCGUUUAGCACCCCGGAGGUGGCUGUCAUUUCCUCUUAAGCUUCCUCUCUCUUCCCUUUCUUUUGCUUUUCUUUCACAGCAUAGUCCUCUGGUUUCCUCGCUGCUUACCCGCUACUGAGAAUCUUCACACGAUUUCAGAUCUGUAGGAUAAGUCUGAACGUCCCUUUGGGAGAUAGGACGUUGACUCGGUCCGUGUGUCUUACGCCUGGCAUGCAUGAUCAUCAUUAAUGCAUAAUUUCACUGGCUAGUAGUUACUGGAGUUACACUCCUUUUUAACUUUCCCUGAAAGUUUUUUGAGAGGAAAAGCUGGAGUCUCUUACACACCAGCAGGGGUGAGAAGCACAUCAACCGCAACUUUGGUUCAAAGCAAAAGUGAAGUGAUGCCAGGACUAAAAUCAGCACUAUUGAUGUAGUAGGUAUACUGUAAAGGAAAAAUUGGAGUUUCAGACAUAAAGUACUUCACUGAGGUGGAAAAUUUGUGUGUAAACCUCAUAUCACUUCAAAUGGUUAUAUCUAAGGGAAGAGGAUUUUACUACAACAAAAAUGUCCUCCAAGGGCACCUUGACCUUGAUGGGCGUCUGUUUUGGAGGAGUAGACUAAACAGUAAAUCUUAUCUAGCAGCAGCUCUUCAUGUGGCACAGCCAGUACGUUUACAUAGACGACACUCAAGGAAACCAAAUUAUUGCUUUUCUCCGGACAACUGAAGUGCAUGCAAAAACCUUAGUCCGACCAUAAUCGGAGUUUGAGAACUCCGAUUUGAGUUGGAGAACUCUAAUUAAGACACCCAGAUAAUGCGAUUGUCGUAGUAUGAUUGAACAAUGCAUGUGCACAUGCAAGAAAAAAACACCAAAGAAGUGGAGUAGCGUCCACCUCAUCUGCAGAAAAAGCGCAUACAUCAUGUACGACAAAAACAACGCUGUACGAUGCUCCGUCCUCUUGCUCAAAAAUGCCCAGCAGCAGUUGUCUGGCAUGGACCUGCUGUUGUUGUUGACAGUUGUAUGGGGUCAGAAACAGCGCUGCUGAAAAGACCCAUAUCGCCCCCUAGUUUUGGGGAGGAGGGCACCUUCACGUCAAUAAUUCGAUUGUCUCAGCUGCAUGUAUACGCGGACAAGGAGGGAUGUCCGCACUGCAUGUACACACACUGAUUGACCGAACCUCUAGGUGGCGACAUGUUGUCUUUCAGCUCGUUACUGUCAGGUCAUCUCCUGGUUGACAUGCUACAUAUCAAAAUAGCCAGCAAAACGUGUUAGCAAGAUGCUAACAGUAUGCUACUUUUUCAGCUCUGUGCUGUUUUUUAAGUAAAGUUCGCAUUUUUUAACAAAAUUUCUUUAUCUGUUGAGGUUUUGUUCACUACCUUGCUACCCUCCAAGCAACACAUCCAUGCUGUUGAACCACCGGCUUAGAGCCUGGCGUGUGAAUGCUGAAGCAUGCGCGAUAGAGAUGUAUACACGAAAAAGAAAAGCAAUCCCCAACCAUCUUAUCCAAACAUGUUAAUCAGACUAUUAGAAAUUCAAUUUAGUGCGAUUGCAGUCGGACUAAUGCAUUUUAAAUAUCCCGUUGUAGUCAGACUAUUGCAGUAAAUAAGUUUUUUAAAUUUUUCUUAAGUUUUGACUCUGCCUCAUAUUUUCACCACACACCUCUUAAAGCGUAGAGAAUCGAUAGUUAGUAGUGAUUACUAAUUUAACAGCCUGAAACUCAGCUAAAACGUCUCUCCAGGAAGACUGACACCAGCAAGUUAACUUUAGCAAACAACUGCCUGACUGCCAAAAGACUCUGACUCUUGUGUUUGCAAGUCCUGAUUGGUACAUGCAGCGUGACAUCAUCUUUUCCUAAUUAGUGUCUCACACUUCUGACUUGUGAAAAAAAAAGAGAAAAUCUCUCUCAGAUCUCUCUCAUGUGAUAUAACCAAAAGUGCUCCAGUGUAAGCAGAGCAUUUUGUGGUUUCAAGCAGUCCAAGCAAAAUUCACUCUUAAAAAAAACUCCAAGAACAUUUUCAAAGGCCUUAAGAACUGCCUUAUCUACCAACACAUAAAGCACUAACUGGGCACGUCUGUAUAUGUUCAAUCCCAUCAAAUAGUUUUGCAAUUAUGAACCAUUUCUUCAGCAAGCAAGUGCAGAAGUUUGUUAGAGAAGCAGAUGGUGCAUAAAUAAUACAGAGCAUAAUAAAUAUCAAGUCACUUUUGUUUUAAGGACGAUGACGACGACAAACUGGCUUACAAGUUGUAGUUCUGUGCGUUACAGAGCUAUCAGGCCCUUCUUGGGGGUUGAUGAAUUUCCAUCAGUUCUGGCUGUGAAUUGAGACAUGGGACAGGAGCCUCCAAAAUAUGAGAUACAGAUGUGAGAAGACUUAAAAUACCUGAUCACAGACUCACUAAAAAUGAUAUUUAGGCUACUUCUCCUCAUCCCUCUUUGAAAUGGGUAUUUUAUGAGUGAAUUUUUGGACCACUGCAAAUGUGUUUAAGGUGUUUUACAUAUUAUUGUAAAAACUACACAUUCACAUAAACAACUUUGGGUGUCUAUCUGCUGUACUGAGCCAAAAAAUAGUUCAACCUACUUGUCAUAUCCUCUUUAGAGUAGCAGAGUGAGGGGUCAGGGGUGACAGGACAUGGUGCCUAUGUUAACGGGGAUCCUGGCAGGUUGGUUCAGGGUAGAGGUGGGAUUUUUUGGGCUGAUUGACCAAACAGAGGUUUUUGUGAAGACCUGGGCUUUAAAUGAGGUUUUGUGUUCAGUCCAGGAGGACUCACCGGUCCUGAAGUUUUGAGUCUUUUCUGUUGUCAUCUUUUGCUUGGUUGAUCAUGUCCUGAGUUUUUUGACAAAGGACGGACUGAUAAUAAAGGUUUGGUUUUUAAAAUGAAAAGAAAAAUCCUCCUUAGAUUUAGUUCUGUGUGUGUGAUCCUGGUAAGCAAGCUUGAUGGACAGCUCCACUGCUCCACAUUAGCACAUCUUCUUACUGCCAUGACUGCCCUCUGUAUAACUUCACCCCUGCAGUGUUUUUAUUAUACACCUUCUAGGUGUAUAAUUAUCAUGUGCCACAGAACGGUGAUGAUGCGAAUGGUGGGCAUGAAUGCUAGUGGCCUUGCUGCUGUUUCCUCUGAGAAUAAGACACUGACCACGAAUGAUUGGAUUAGUGUUUAACCCCCCUUCCACUUAGCAUAAUCCUCUUUGCAGAUUUCCCAGCUUAUGUGUGUGUGUGUAUUUACAUGUAUGUGAGUUAGAGGGUGUGUGAGUGUGUGUAUGUACGGAGUCAUUUUCUUUCACCAGCUGAUGAAGAGUAAGGUCAGAGAGAGAGUUGGUCUGUGGUCAUUCAGCAUCAUCUGGUAUGAGACGUGUGCUUCCUGUGUCCGGUCAACAGUCUGUGUGGGAAGAAGCCACCGGCGGCAAAGAUAAGAGAUGAGACACAAGCUGGAGAGAGUAGGUGAGGGUGGGAGGAAGAGAGGGGUUUGCAGAGAUGGAGAUGAGUGUUAAUAAUAGAAAAUCUGAGGCCUUGUUGAGCAAAUAUGGGCACUCUGCGGUCGAGGCGGCGCAGCCUGAGGUGAAGAAGUGGGCGAGGUUCCGGGCACAGGAUUAUCAUGGAAGAGUGGUGGAAUAUAGAGCGAUCAGUUUGAGGUCUGCAGGGUUUGGUAUGUCAUUGUCAGCCUUUUCUAAACAGCCUGCAGAGCGAUGGGCACUUUGAAGUUUCACAGAGCUGCUUAAAUCCUGCCUGAAAAGACGCAGGGAACCGCAAGGCACAGAGAAGAGACAGGAAUAUUUAUACUGAGGGAGGGAGAGCGAAGGGGCAGGACGGAGGAGAGGAUUGAUGGAGGGUGAAACAUGGAGGAAGGGGAGGGUAAUCAGGAGUAAGAAGGAGGAGGCAGCUUGUUUUCAGGAUGAUGACAGGAGACAGGCGAGCAGAGGAAAGCUCUUAGCGCAACCAACACAGCGUGAGUGGCGGGCUAUUUUUUUUCUAAAGAUGAGUAAUAUGUUUCCAGCAGUGCCAGAUGAGUAGCUGCAACAUGAGAAGUGGUGAUGCAGCAGUAGGUGCAGCGCUGACCUGAUCUGAGCAGGAUGUGGGUAGACUGGGUGCCGCCAGAUUAGUUCACUGACAUCACAGCGAGGAGAGCAGAGGCCUGAGUCAGAACGGACAAUCCUUACAGAGUGUGUUACACUCUCAACCAGCUUCCUGCAACAUACUCCACCUCAGGCUUUUUGGUUCAAUCCUAGUUUGAAAGUCGAGGGUGGAAAGUUUCCUUGAAGUUUAUUUAUUGAGCUCUAUUUCAACUGAGGGCUGUCACAGUAUACCGGUGUUGAUGGUGACUGUCUUUAUUAAAAUAGUAAAUACUGAUAUACUGCUAAAAAUAAGCAAAUGGUUAUAGGGGGAGUUCACAGCCGAUGGCUGCCACACAUCAUAAAGUGGAGGACAGCUGAAAAUGAAGCAGCAGACUGACUGUAAACUAGCUAGAAGCAGCUCCCUGAGAGGAUAAGGCAAAUUUAAAACUGCAAUUCCCUGAUAUCUUUGUGAAUGUUAAUACAACCUCUGAAGAUUACUUAUAUAAACUGAUCAUUGAUACUUUCUGAGCAUUUAACUGUUUUCAUUCAAUACCAUAACUUAUGAUCUGCCUAAAUUAGCUCAUACUUCAAAAUCAAAGCAUAGUCAAAUAAGCUUGACUGUCAGAACAAUAUUGUAAAAGCCUAAACAAUAUUUCAGAGUUAAUGUAAAAUAUUUGAUUGAUACCAUAGACUGUAUAUAACAUGGUCAACUUGGUUCCGCCUUCCGCCAGUACACAAUUUAGUUUUCCACUUCCUGAAACCAACAUUGCGCAGUAGCAUUGUAUGCAUAUGCGAGAGUCGGGGAUGGGGGGUGGUUAUAUUCUGUGUAAUAAAUUUCUAAAGUUUGUCCACAGCUCCAUGGGGAUUGUUGGAGGAAGCGGAAUUUAUGACCAAUACUGACCGGCCUGUCACCAGAGUGUGCUGUUCUCAGGGUGGCUUCACCCAGCGAGGAGGCAGACGCUGUCAUUCUAUAUCUAGUCUAUGAUUGAUACCAUACAUAUUUGAUUGAAUACUUUAAAUGAACAAAAUACAACAGAAAAAGUGCACAGGUAGAGGGCACAGGUAUCCUAGCGGUUUAGAUGUGCCCCAUGUGAACAGGCAACCCCAGUGCGAUUUCACCCUGUGGCGUCUUUACAGCAUGUCAUUCCCUCAUCUCUGCCCUGUUUUCUGCUCUAUUCCAUCCAUCUGUCAAUAUAGAACAAAGAUAAAAUAGAAUAAAUACAUGAAUAAAUCUUUUUUUAAAAAGUACACAGGUAAUGGAAAUAACAGUAAAUCAACAUGCUGUUCAAUCACAGUUAAAUAAUAACAGAGUGUGGAUCAAACAGCUCCUGUAUUUGGGCUCUAACUGUGUGGGAGGCCCUCAGGUUGUGGCAGACACAUACUGCGCUGUGAAAGGAGCUGUCGGACCUUCAUCCAGGACGACUGACAGCUUCUAAGUUUAGGAAAUUUAGGUUGUGAUGGCUUAAUUGUUUGAAAUGCAGCUCUCUGAGUAAGGAGAACUUUUCACAGUAGAGGAGAAAAUGCAUGUCUGUUCCUGCUUCCCCCAGUUACACAUCCCACUGUUAUCAUCAGUUACAUGAGUAUAGAAAAAAGUGUCAUGAAUGUGUUGUUUUAUGCGGCAUGCCAGCAUUGAAAAUGUAAAUUUGCUUCGUGCGAAAGUUGUGUGAAAGUUUAUUAAUUCAGCUACAUUUCCACACAAAAACAAAAAAGAACCCUACAAUUAAUGAACUAUUGAUUAUUUCUGUUGCACUUGUUUGGAAAAAAAGUUUCAGAAGAGUUGUUGUUUCAUGCAGAACGCCUGCAUUAAAAAUGUAUGAGUGCUUGUGGGAAAUAUUAAUAAGUACAGAAUUAUUUAAAAUACAGUCAGAGCCCCGGUUGACUCCUCUUAUCAUUUUAAGCCUCACACAAUAUUCUCUUAAUAUUCCUGUUGGGAUGUUUCUGCUUCACUUUUUCUGUAUUACAAUGAGAGUUGCAUCUACAUUUGCUUGUUGUUUCAUCUGUAAAUAUACAAUAUUUUAUGAUCGUCUCACAGUGACUGAGAAGCAGCUGAUGAGAAGAUACAAAGCAACAUGGCCAUUUAAAACCAUUUCCUUUACCCUCAGUUCAAAUGGGAAAUUUAAAGGUGCUGCAUUCAUGAGUAGAGUUUAAGUGCUUGUUAGUCCUGAGGGGGUCUUUAGGGAGAAAUCAAGCCAUAAGGAGUGUUGCUUUAAUCAGAUUUGUCUCACUUUGCUGUGCUACUUGUGACUGCAUUUAAAGCGAAAGAGUGAGACAAAUCUGAGGUUUGUAAAGAUUUUUUCAGCGUAUUGGUAGAAAUAAGUGAAAAAAAAGUAGACAUAGACAACAGACUGGAGGCUCCAGGGGGAAAUGGAUUGAGGGAAAUGAGACAUAAUAUGAAUACGAUCCAAAAAAGACUCACAGAGACAUGCAUACUCACAUACUUACACACACACCAGCGCAAAUGGACCCCUACUAAUAUCAGUGAAUGGAAGUGUAAGAGAAGUUACUAUGAAAGAAGAGGGGAUGUUGAAGUUAAAAAGCUGUUCUGGUGAAUUAUUUAUGCUAAGCAUUGUGCCUUAAGACAUGGCAACUUACAGAGUUUUUCUCUCACACACACACAUAUACACAAAUAGAGCGCACACACACUCCUACACAGCUGCAAUCCCCAGUUGCUUGUGCAGACAGGAAACAUCGUACUUGUUACUCUGUCUGGAUUUGGGUGGGGGUAUGUGUAGCGCUCUGUUGUCCCCGGUCCUGAUGAGAGGGGUGUUUGUAGUUGUUGGCUGAAUGGUGAAUGCUGUGUGUGUUCGCACUGGUGUGUGUGCGUGCAUGCAUCCAUAGGGCUAAGGCAUGAUUCACAUAUGCUGUGUGCCUAAAUAUAGGCUAUAAAGGAACAGAAGGAACAUAUAGAAGGGUGAUAAUAAAGCUGAUUUAUUAGGGUUAAAAUUAAAAUUAGCUUUUAAAUACUUACAGCCUAGAGCUCAACCAAUGAAUUACCACAAACAUGAAUGAGAAAAAAAUGUUUUUUCCUCAUGAACACAAGUUUAGGUUGAAUUUAUCCGUCUUUAGGUCCUACACUCCUAAUUUAUUUUAAAUUAAAAUAAAUGACAUGCUGUCUUGAAUGGCUGAUAACAUAUUUUUCCCCCUCGGGAAAUUAGUUUUUGCUGUAGAUUUGCAGCUCCUUACAAGGAGCAAGGAUAUAUUCCUACAAAUCUGCAAAAGCUCAGGGUAAUUUAGGCUGAAACCGAGAAGCAGUUGAUAUUAGCUAUGCUGUAGCUUUUUAUUUAUAUGGUAUGGAAGGCAACAUUGAGUUUUCAUUUGGACAAAUAAAUGCAGACAUUAAGUGCACGAUGGCAGUAACUAUUUUUCUAUUCCCCAUUAUGUUCUGUUGUUUUUGGAGGGUUUGCAUACCAUCAUAAUAAUAUUUCAGACAUAAAAUAACACAAACAUUUUUAUAAGCAUUUUGUUUCAGAUAUAAAUAAGACAAACCAAAAGGGUUUACUUUUCACCAGUGCAACCAAUGUAGCAGUAUUGAAUACAGAGUGAAGUAUUCUGUUUUGCUAGAAGAUGCUGCUUAAAAAGUUGACUGCUUCCAGGGUGCUGCUGGCCAAGUGGUCUACGCAUGCGCCCCAUAUACGGAGGUUAGGCCUUGAGCAGUCAGGCUGGGUUUGCCUCUGACCCGUGGCUCCUCUUGUGCUUAUCGCCCCGUGCUCUCUCACCCCGUUUCCUACUCUUUCCACUGUUCUGUCAACUCAAAUUAGAGGCAAAAUAGCCCAAAAAUAACUUAAAAAAAAAGAGAAAUUAUUGCCCGCUUCAAUCCACAAAACAUGCUGAAAACAUAGUGUGGUGGACCAGUCGAGUGGUGACACUUUGUGAUGCUUUUCUCCCUCAGUGGGCUGUAAUGGUGACAGUGUUGGAAUACUAUCAAGUAAAUAAACUUUGUGGUGCACUAGUUUUAUUGAGGAGACUCUUGAAUUAAGAUAAUAAAUGCACACUGGAUGGGGUUGGUGCAAGUCUCUGUAUAUCUGCAUUGAAACUAGGGCUGGGUGAGAUGGCUUCAAAUCAAUAUCACAAUAUAUAUUGAGCAGUUCACCUUGAUAACAAUAAAUUGAUGAUAACUACCCCACAAGCUGCUCACCCCCUCCCACAUCAACUUCGUCUACCUCAGCCGCCACUCCAGCCUCUACAACUUCUGAACCGUCCUCCAUCUCUUCACCUGUCUUUCCCUCUUUGUUACAGACUGGAUUGGGUGGAGUCACGUCUCUGAUGUAAGACAGCAUCUUAAAGGGACAUGAGACCAUAGGCUACCUACACACAUUCAAAACCAACUUUUAUUUAUUUAUUUUUUUGACACUGAAUACGUUGGUUAUUGUUUUAAAUUUUGGUAUUGGUAAAUUUUUGGUUUAUCACCCAGCCCUAAUUGAAACUGCACACUGAUUUUGUGUAUGCAUAGUUUCUAUACAAGUGCAUGUCUCUCAGGUCAGGCCAAAACCACCCUGACCUGAUGUGACAUGAACUCCAUCAGGUCUUCAUGUUCCUGAAGUUGUGAGGUGGGACCUCCAUGAAUUGGACUUGGUUGUCCAGGCCAGCAUAUCCAGUAGAUGCUCAUUUGGACUUGAAUCUAAAGUAUCUAGAGAACAAGUCAUUAAAUGUUUCUCCAGGCACCUUUCUUCACUGCUCUAUGGUCAAUGUCUGAACUGGGGUCAGCACAGGGACCCUGUCUGGUUUGCACCUACAGUACCCAGCCCCAAACACAACAAACCAUGACGAGAGAAUCAACCUCACCUUUUACAGCUGUUUGAGCUCCAGCCGCUCUUCUGUUGCAUUGGUCCACAAGAUUCAGCCUUUAUUCCCCACGAUCACCUGUGAACUUUGAACACCCGUGAUUCACCUCACCAGUUUUGCUUGAAGGCUUGGAUUGGAUUGGUUACUUAUGAAAUCUCACUGUUUCUGAACCUGCCGUUUGGGUCUGCCAAAGAUUCACAGUGAUUUAAAUGAAGAAAUACUCAGAAAAGCUUAUUUAGUUUUCUCAUGAUAUGUCCUGUAGCAACAGGAAAAUGCCAUAUGAACAUAUAAAAAAAACAAGAAAAACACGAAUUUAAUCGGAGUGGGUUUUGAACAAAGUCGCUAAUAUCCUUAUCCUAUUAAUGUUUACUACUGGUAAAAAACAUGUUCAGAAGUGGUAUAUGAAAACCUGUAAGCAAUAACAUUUAUUACGCUAUUAUUAAUCACAUUUAUAAGUUGUUUAUAAAGCCUUAUUAGUUGCUUAUUAACUCUUAAUGUUUAUUACAAGGGCCUAAUAUAAAGUGGUACCCCUUAAGGAUCCUUAGAAAACCCCCUCUCCCUCUGUGUCACAGUCCGCUUGAAAAUGAAAUCAUGUCCCUAAUGACCUCAUGUAAAGACCAGGCUCCACUUUUUAAUUCUGAAAUUUCUUGCUUCACUUCAGCCACCACAUAAGCAGACACUGAUAUAUUGUUGCUUAAGUUAUAUUGCUAGCAGGAUGAUGUAAUAUAAUGCUAAUAAUAAUUGGCGAGCUGAUCCAUCAGUCUGGCUUUAAUCUGGAGUCGGAGCACAUCUUUGCUCGGGAAUCCUGAGGAGCUCUAAAUAUUGUAGGUGCCUGAGGCAAAACACUGCUUGUUAUCCAUUAGCAAAAAAAUCUGCCCUCUGUUCGGCUUGACUCUCCGAGCAAGCCACGCUGACCUGUAAGUACGAGCUCACGCUGACCUCUAACCCGACUCCCAGAUGUCGGCCUCUUCUGUCAGUGCUAUGCAGCUGCAGUACUCUCAGUGUGGCGCUGAAGGGUUAACAUGUGAGUGCGUGUAAUAGCAGAGAGCGUGAUUGUAUGGCAGCUGUUACAAAGCGUUGCUGUGACUGUUUGAAGUGGUUAGUGAUGUUCAAAAAGUGUGUGUUUGUGCGUGCACGUGCGCGUGUUUGUAUUUGUGUGCACCUCAACCUCAGUAAGCCCUCUGAGGAAUGCUUAGCUGCACAUGUCACACUGUUUCUGUAUUUCCUGGGAGAUGUUGGGUGCAUAAACUCGGCUAAUGCUAAAUAUUUAAACUGCAGUUUUGUAACCCGUGUUAUCUUUUUCCUCUCUGCCUGCCUUCACCCCUUCCACCCUCUGUCUCUCUUCCUCUUCUCUUUGCUCCAUCUGUCUUUCUUCACUCUUCCUACCUUUGCAGCCGGUGUUGCCGUGGCUCAGAGAGUUGUAACUGUACAAAGCGGACCGCUGAUCCGUGCAGAAGGCUCUCACGUGACCAUCUGGUGCAACGUGACGGGGUACAAGGAGGGCGUGGAACAGGACUUCGAGUGGUCCAUGUAUUUGUCUUCGGUACCGGAUAGGGAGAUCCGCAUCGUGAGCACGGCCCAGCCAAACUACGCCUACGCCGUGUACGCUCAGAGGGUGAACAGUAAAGAGAUCUACGUGGAGAGGCUGAGCCGAGACUCGGCGGUGCUCCACAUCACCAAAGUGCAGGCCAAGGACCAGGGUUUGUUUGAGUGUUACACACCCAACACAGAUGGACGAUAUUUGGGAUCCUACAGCGCACGCACCAACCUCACUGGUGAGUCUAUAAGCACACAAACACAACUACAAACUCAUAAUCCCAACAGUCUACAAAUGAACCACUUGUUUGUGUCACAGGUGCUAAUGUAGAGUGAAAUAUGUGCAGUUGGAAAAGUAAAAUCAGCCUUUAAACAUGUGGUUACAUCUCUAUAAAACAACCAAUCCAGGAUUUUAAAGUUGGGAUCUUUGCUGAUGCAGCUUAAAAAGUGAAAUUGAUGUCUUUGCAAACACAGUUUCUAUGAUCUGAUAUCAGUUUAUUUUUGUCUAAAGAAUCAUUUUCUUUCACCAGAAAUCAAAUCUUCUUCACUCCCUCAUAACAGCAGCUAAUACUUGUGCUCUCUGCCUGUACCAAAGUUGUAAAAUGCAGUCUCCAGCAACAACUGUUUAUGGAUAGAGUAAGAAAGCUGAUUGAAGGCAUUUUAUCACAUGUCAAAAUCAAGCUGUGCAAUAUGGAUCUAAUGGAUGGUGCUGACAUUUUACUCACUCUGACUCUAUUUACUGUUUGGCAAUAUUUUUCACUGGAAAAUCCCCCCAGUGAAAGAAAAAUGUGCUCAGUAUGGGAGGCUUCACCCUACAGAAAUAGUGCUUGUGUUUCCAUAAGGGCAGUUAUUAAAUCAUAGUAAGUAUAUAGAAAGUCUAUUUAUUUUUUCCCAAUGGAAAUAGAUUUGUGCUCAGGAAUGAAGCAUAGCAGUAGUUCAGUCAGGCCACGGAGUCAAUAUGCUCUGCCCAGCUCUCGCUCAUCAGCUGAUGUGGGCGGGCUAUUGCCAUGUCUCACAAUCAGAUCAGCUGAUCUUAUUGGGCGCUCUGUUUAAAUCUUCUUCAGCUUCCCUGCCUCUGUUGCUUCCUCUGCAUGCUGCUCACAUCCCACCUCCCCCCCAGCUCCUCCUAUCAGGUGUUCUGACUUACCAGUGACAGUAUUGUCAUUUAUGCUUGCUCCGUACUGCUGGGGUUUUUGCACUGCUCUUCCUCCCUCAGACUCUCCAAGUUGGCACUUGGAACGGCAGGGAGGAGUGCUCUCCCUGCCUCAGGCUUUCCACGUAUGAGGAAUCUGGAACGGUUCCGCUCCCCCCGGACCGGCAGGCAGAUCAAAUAUGCAACCAUAUAGCGCCCUCCGGAUCUGAUCCGCCGCCGCCAUCAGAGGAGAAGCUCUCGCGAUAUUACUGAUAGUUCUCAUGAGACUGGAUGAGAUCUCUCUAGAUCUCGCAUGUUUUCCCGUGAGACAUUGAAUGAGAUCCACUGAUCGGUGUAUAUAAAUGGCGGUGUAUAUAAACACUCACAUCCCACAACCCUGGCCUCUCCUUUAAUCAAGCUAAGAACAGUUUAACAUAUUGACUUUCUUUUAUUUUGAAAUUAAACCGGAUAUUUUUCUCUGAAGCCACUUGCUGCUCGUGCUUUGCUGCACUGAAUGCUCCGGCGUCUGGCAAAAAUAGAAGCCUUGCGUAUCUGAUCCGGCCACCAGAGCUGAUCCACAGCAGAGCAGGAUGGCGGGCGAAUUCUGUGGAAUGACAUACAUUGAUUAUAAUGCUUGCAUAUUUGAGCCUCCUGGCAUGUCGAAGCGGAGCAGAGCCGUUCUGGAUCGUGUGGGUUUUCCCCAUUAUUGUUGUGUAAUUGAAAUGUAAUAAACUUCUUUGACAAAGUGGUCCUGACUGAACUGUUUUUGGAAAAAGUUUAGGGAACAUCAGAAAUCAUUAAAACAUCUUAUUGGACUAUAUUUACGUUUAUCUGGUCUACUGACCAAUCAAAGCUCUUUUACAUUACAUGUCAUGCUCACCAAUUCACAUCACACUCACACUCCUAUGGCAGAGGCUGCUAUGUAUAGAGCCCAUCAGUUUCUUGGCUAUCUCCACUGACACACCACUGGGUGCAGUAGACAGGGGCGGGAGGGACUAAGUGUCUUGCCUUAGGACACUUCAGUAUGUGGGAUUGAACCCUUGACCUUCUGAUUGGGACCAACCGACUCUACCACUGAGCCACAGCCGUCCUGUAGUUGCAUUAAUGUUUUUAACUCUUCAAAAGGUUGGAGGUUGACCUCUGACCUUUGGAUGACCCCUCUCUCACACACACACUGUAGCCUCUAAUGAUGUCCCUGGAAUGAAGUCCCACUGUCACCUCACCUCUGUACCUAAAUGGUUAUAAUAUCGGUGUCCCAGUGUGUGAUUCCAUCUUGCAGCAGUAUGGUGUUGUUAGAGCAUGUCUUGUAAACACAGCAACACACACUCACUUGGACAUGCACAUACACACUGAGAUGUCUCGCCCUGCUGGCUCCAACGCUACACAACACUACAGCCUUCCCUCAUUACACCCCUGUCACUACCUCGGAGUGAUGAAUAGAGGUAGAACAAAUGCCCCACCAUUAUGCCUCUGUGCGUUGAACAUUAUAGAGGAGGAGUCACAGGGGUGUAAAUAUCUCACUGUGUGUCUUUCAAGUAUCCUGUAGCCUCCUGAAACCCAUCAAUUACAGAACAACAAUAGAAAGAAGGGGAAUCCUUGUUGUAUAAAUACCACCCUGCCUUAGAUUUGAUGUGUUUCAGAUCUUGAGAUGUUCAAACACUAGCUGUAACCUUUGCCCCUUUUGAAAGUGGUGUCAGAGGACGUGUCACAGCUGUUCUGACCAGAGAAAAACCAAGCCCCGUCUUUCUCUAUUUUUGUCAGUCUUACAAACUCACGUACUUCCUUCCCACAUCCAGUAUAUUCAUUCCUUGCCCUGAGCUGUUUAAAUCAUGUACACGAUAUGUUUCAAACAGCAGCACUAAUUACUGUUUCCUACUCCUACUCCUAUCUCUCACUCCAUAUACAGACGUAUCCAGAUUUACCCAGCAGGCCCAAGCUGCUGAAGAAGCAGCUGUUAUGUUUCAGAUUCCUCUCCCUUCAUAACUUCGUGCCUUUAAGGCUGACCUUACUCUCGGGGUCAAAGUGCAAACUAAAUUCUUAUUGACUGGAAACAAGUCAAGUUGCAGUUUGUUAUUGGGGUCCCUGUGUAUCCAAAUGAGAAAAAUGUUUUUUUCUGUUUCUGGUCAAGUUUGCCUAAAGAAAAGAGUCAAAGUGCAUUUGAUGGACCAUCAUUAUUAUUAUUUUUUUAAAUAUGUGUAUUAGAAGGUCCCCGGCAGUUGUAGUUUAUCUUAGAGUAAGCAGUAUGAUGUGAAUGUGGGUCAAGGCUCAGGAGCAGGACACUGUCAAACGGCUCUGCUGAUAGUGUUCUGUAUUUAUAGCAAAGGGUGUGAGAGCGGAGGUGUUAGGGGACUUUGUUAUCUGAACCUUUCUGUGUCUUUAACCUCUUAACCCAGUUUUCAAGGGUCAGGGGUACGCAGCAGGGUCUGGCCUGUCUUUUCUCAUUUUAAAAUCCCCCCCCUGACAGCUGCAUGCCUCUUUGGACCGUUGUGGGCAAACAAAACCUUGCCUUUUCCCUCCCCCCCUUUCUCCUCUCAUCUCUUCUCUUCCACUCUGUCAUCUGUCUGUCUCCAUUCAUCAACCGUGGCCUCUUUCUCUAAUUUGCUCUUGCUCUGUUGUAUUAAAAGAGAAACCUUGAGACGUGAUGCAGAGGACACAAACAAGGAGGUAAUGUGGGGGAAGGAGGAAGGAUACGAGAUAGAAGGACAGGCUGGAGUUUGUGUGUGUGUGUGUCUGUGAGUGUGUGUGUAGGGUGUCUGGGUUAAUUGUAGGACUAGAAGGCCACACGGUAAUCUGUGUCCUGAGCGCUGCAUUAAGAAGGCUUACUCACUCACAGGGAUGUGUUUCAUCCACUGUCACCUCUCUGCACAAAGAGCAGGAGGAGAGGCUUGAACAUGGAACUUAAUACCUGCUGCCUGAGGAGGGGAACAGUUUCUGCUUUGCACCUGAUACUGUGACGCUGGGUUUCCUAUAAUGCAGUUUCUGUUAUAGGGAAUCAGACACCUCCUUUGUGGGUGUGGUUUAUCACCUAGAAAUCUCUUCUAUUUUUUGAAAGUGUUUCUCUGCCUGUUUUUUUUACUCCCUCUGAUACUAAACUCCGAUAAAUCAAAUGAAGCACCAGCUCUCUGCAGUGCCGAUACUGCCUUGGGCCGCGCCGUAAUAUUACACGUGUGGAAGGAAUAAUUAGCCACCUCUAAAUCAAGCAGAUGCAGGAAAAUAAUUAUUUUUUCUACUCGGGAGAAAGGUUAGAUUUGACAUUUUGUUUUUCCCUUCCAAGAUUUUCCGGCAACGGCAAAGUGGCUUAUUUUAAGGUUGCAGAUGAAACAUUACCCUCGGCACCCAAAGCACCUGCAAUUAAUAUUUUCAUAUUAAAAGUGAAUCUUCAAGUGAUUUAAAACCUCAUUUUAAAAUGCCUCAAACGGAAUAACCUCCCAAUUCUGCAUUCCCCUCAGCCUCCCAGAGAUUCAUAAUUUCUUGCACUUCACACUUUUACGGCCCACAACUGAACCGUUUUGGUUCAGUCUCAACAGUCUCAUGAAGCUUGUUUCCAGCAGCUGCAGGCAGUUAAAAGUAACACUAAAAUCCCACUGUACAGAACCUGCCCAGCAUGAAAACAGCAGGAGAACAAGUAAGUGACUAGCUAGUGUACACUGAAUUAGGCGUCAAAAUAGAAAGAUAUUUCCCGAGGGAGUUAGCGGAGACCAAAAGUGGAGCUAAAAGUGGGGUGGAUGUCCGGUUUGCGACCAGGAAUGUUUAAUUUCCUAUUUUUGUGAGGACCUUAACUGUUCCCUGAACUUUAUAAUAAACUUUAAGCACAUACCGCCCUAAAAAAGCUGAAAAAAAAACACAAACAUGUAUAAUGAUAGAGCUGCGUGUUUUUGUGUCUUUUUAGAUCCCCUCACCCGUGUUUUCACAGCUUUUCUAAACCGGAGACUGACAAACUAAGAGGCGAAAAUCAGAUUUGACAUGCUCAUCAUAAUGAAGGGAUAUGUCUCUCAAAUGUCACAUUAAUGCAUCAGUCAAGCACUUUUUCACUGUUUUUGUGACUUUGAUUGACAGUUAAGUGUUAGUGCCUCAAGGUGUGAACUACACUGUGUCUAAAGGAAACAUUUAGAUAAAUUCAGCUUCCUUUUUGUCUUCACAUAAUGGGAAUAUAACGCGGUGGCAGUGUUGUGAUAUUUAUUUUCAGUGCCUUGGCAACACAGUUUGGCUGACUGUGAGACAAAAGCAGAAAUGAGAGAGUCCCUCUAAGUAAUUUGGUUUCAUUAAUCAGCUUCUUUUUUCUGCUACUGAGUCAUUGUGUCUUAUAAUCUCCAAUUCUGUGCCUUUGUGCAAGAGUGGGUGUUUUGUUCCUUUCUUAGUGGUUAAGUGUUAAACAAGGUAUGUGUAACACCUGAAUGUUGUAAAGCUCUCAGAAUUCAAAGGUCACUUGAGUUUCCCUGCGCUCACUUGGAUUGGAAGUGGCUGGCGAAGCUCAGUGUGUCAAGUGUGCAUCUGUGUGUGUGCAUGUUAGGGGCAUGUAUGGCUUGUGCACGUUUGACUUCCUCCUACACAUCAGAUUGCAGAAGAAAAAGGACAACAGCCUGACAUGGCCGUCAUGGCUGUCCUUAUCCUACGCACCAGCCUGUGUGCAAGUGAGUCCAACAGCUAGCAGAACAACAAGCAUCUUAUCGCUCUUACUUCUACCCUCCCUGUCCUAGAAAGCACCAGAGGAGUCACCAUGCUGGCAGAUUUUCAGAAUCCAGCCUCCGCAUUUGGCAGCAGUCAUCCAUUCCCGGUCCUGUAGUAAUGUAGUAAUAGAGCUGGAGAUCCAAAGCCUUAGUGAAUUUCAAACAAAAGCUUUUUUUUUUUUUUCCUCCUUUCUGUUAUUCAAUGCCAACGCGAAACAACCAGGAAGAAAACGUUGAUCUUCAGAUGUGUGACAGCAGAAUAAUUAAGGUUGGCAGAGUGUGGAUUAGAAGAAAAGAAAGUGAGAUGGAGAGUGUGAAAAGGCAGAAAUAAGGAAAUUGGAAAAGAGAGGGAUGGAGGCAGAGGCGAUGGCACUGGGAAAAUGGGCAGCAGUGUGAUUCUGAAUGGAGCGUGUGACCAAUAAAUGAUGGGCUCUUCCACUCCACUCCAAUGUGAUUGGUUACACCUCCCGGAGGCAUUAACCACAAUACAAGUGGCGCUAUAGGGGUGCGUUUUAAAUAGUCUCCGCCUGAUGUGACUGGGAAGGUUAAUGCAGUUACUAACCGCUAUACAAGUUCUAAAUGCAAUUAGCCAGCACAAAUGGAGGCGACUGGGAGACAGGCAGAAGGGAGAAAAAGGCAAGAGAUGAGACCCGGGAGUUUAAAUUAAACAAGAGUGAAACUCUCGGACGGCUCAUUUCCAGACUAAGCCACAGCAAAACACCACAUUUCUCCAGUCACAUUUUCAUCAUAUUUUGAGGCAAUAUUUUUUUUCUUUCUUGCAUUUUUUAGUCGAGAAAAUGAAUAAUUUCACCAGGAGAAAAAGGAGGACCAUGAGCUGGAAAUCUGCGAAGUUUUAGGCCAGAAUAUAUUUAUUUGGUUUUGUGUCAGAGUUUGAGAAGAAAGCAACAUCAGGAGUGGAUCUUUUUUGCUAGCAUAGCUGAGCCUGUGCCUGGCUAAACAUACAUACAGAGUAAGAGUGGCUGAAUCAUGCUUCUGCUGAGCUCAGCGUUGUGACUCCGUGAGUGUGUGUGUGUGUGUGUGUGUGUGUCUGAUUUGUGUUCCUCCCCUGCCUUUCUUUUCAUGAGGGAGCCGGUGCUGCCAAGUUGCACUCCUCUACUUCACUUAAUGAGAUAGACCGAAUGUGGAGAUGUCAUCUCACAUUCAUUUCAUCUUCUCAUGGGGUGACAUCGAAACCCUCCACCCUCCCUCCUCUUUUUAUCCCCUCUCUCCCCCUUUUUCUCUCUGGCUCAUCUUCUCUCUCUCUCCUCAUCUGAAUCCUGCUUGCUCCAUCAAUCCCAAAGCUCCAGAGUGGAUUCAGUCUGGUCCCUGCCUCGGCCUGGUGUUGCUCAUGCAGGUAUAUGGUUUUGUCAAUACAGCUGUUCAUUGAGCUUCAUCACAGGAGGAAGGCAGAAGAGUGAUUGAAGCACUUCCAGAGUGAAGCAAUGAUUGAAUAAAGACAGAUGAGGGAAGGUUUGAAGAGGGAAAGAUGAGGAUAGGAGUCCUUGUUGGAAAGGCAAUUAUACAGGAGAAGUUUUAUGUUAAAAAUGGAAGAUAAAGUCAGAUCCACUGGAGGGAAAAGAGGAAAAGUGGAGGGUAUAUGUAGAUGAAUAGACAAGGGAAAGUUGUAUGUCUCUGUCUGUUUGCUCUGAUUGGGAGCAGAGGCCUGUGUCUGACUCCAGCAUUUUAUCUCCCUCGUCUCUCCUUGCUGUGACACUUCUAGCUUUCUCUGCUCCCUCUCUCCCUGGCCUUACCAUCACCUCUAAGUUUCAUUUACUAUUACAUUCCCCCUCUUUUUCCCUUUCUGUGUGUGUGUAUGUAAGCACAUACUGGCUGUAAGCUGUGGACCAGGCUGGACUCCAAAUGGAAAGAGAUUUUAUCACCAUGUCUGGCCUGCUAUUUCCUUGCACAUCUCAUCUACUUUAGCAGACAGGGCUUCCUGCUCAAUAACAUUACUGCCACUCGGACCCGCCGUACACAGGCUCAUGCAUAUACACGCACAGAGUAACACAAACACAGUCACAGUCACACUGUAGCAAGCUGUCAGUCAGGACAGAUGUCGCACCCAUAAUUGAGUGUGAGAGAGACGGAGCUGUAGUGCUCCCAUCGGAAGACAUCCUUUCUACUGAACAUCAGUGAAGAGGGCUUUAACAGCCCAGCGGAUCGCUGUGGUAGACCAUACAUCUGCUGAAAAAAAAAAACAUGCAGGGUAUGAAUAAAACAGUGCUGUCGAACAGGGGCAAACAGACACCUUAAUACUUUGUAGUCCCAAAGGAUGAGCUUGUAUUCCACUGUCGGUACAUGUGUAAUAUGGGUAGAAAAUUGCAGUAAAUUUCAAAUUUAAGAUGUUGACAAUUAUCCUCCACAGACCCCAGUUGGUUUUAUUAAAUAAUGAAUCAGCUGAGAAGUCACAAACAAAUAAGAGGGGAGGAAUUCAUGAGCAGCAUUUUCCCGCUGAGGAGGCUCUUUCCAAUUUCCUGUUACUUGCUGAGAUUUAAAAACACAGAAUAGACUAAUUUAGGUUGUGGGAUAUAACAAAAUAACUAGUUUACCUUUUUAAAGUCAAAAAACAUCAUGGUGAGUGUCCUUAUGAGUUGAAAGAUUUGAUUCAGAUUCUUAACAAGAACAGAAUCAGACAUCAGUGUUAUUAACAGUAUGGGACUUAAAAAGAGGGCCUGGUUAUAGUUUAGCCAGCUCCAAAAUGGUGUUUUCCUAACAGUGGAGUGAUACUAGUAACAUUUGUUGAAUUUAAAAAGCAGCCUGAACUUCAGCCAGAUUUCCCCUGCACUUUUAGUAAGAGUAGUUUUAUAAGAAUGAAGGAAACCACACACGUGCAGCUCUUGCUUUUAGUCGUCAGUAUCAGAGUCAUGUAAUGAGAUAAACUGUAAUAAAACAACUUAUACAGUAUGUGUCAAAGCAUUAUCACUGAUAAAAGUGUUUGAGUGAUUUUACAAAACAUAAAUUAAGCAUUGCAUUAUUCACCUACAAACUUAUUGCAAUUUUAAAACUUUUUGCUUGUUUGUUACUUCUACCAUUAGCCAUUCAGUAGGCAAAACCAACAGAUCACUGAUCCAUCAAAACUACUCAAAAGGAUCCAGAUAACAACUGAUGCUCUUCCCUUUCCAUCACCAGCUGUAUCACUUUGAUAACAGCUACUUGUGUACAUUGAUAGAGAGUUCAGCCAUAUAUUACGAAAUGACUUCAGCUGCAAUAAGAGCGAAGAAAGUGAAAUGGAUUAUUCCUGUCUGACAUUUGUAAACUGUCACAUUUAUAGUUCGCAACCGAAAACGCAAUUUGUUCUGCAGUGAGACUCGGCAUCUGCUGGCAUUCAUGAGUGACUAGACACAGACUGUGUCUGUCUGAAUAACACUAAAUGUAUUAAGGACAUGGCACAACUCUAGUUUAAGAGCAGGUCAUGAACUCAGUGGGCCUGUGAAGACCUCUAGUUGGAGCUGCAUGGCACUUGAACCUGGUCUCUUGCUCGAAAUGUUAGUGCUGAGUAUGAGUGUGGAGGGCCAAUUUAAGUAACCGUUUCCAUAAAACAUGAAUCUAAAUGCUCUCUUAGCCUACAGACACACUUUCAAGCAUACACUCUUGCUAAUUUCUCAUUGUUAGCUUUAUGGAAACAUAAAUUAUGUCAGAAAGGAUCUACAUUUAGCUCAUCGCCCACGCUACUGUGCUAGGCUAAUGAGAAAGGAUUUAAAAUGUUAACAAAUGUGUGUGUGUGAGCAAGAGAGUGUGUCUGUGUAUGUGUGUUAAGUGUGUUCAUGUCGGUAAAAGUGUAUAUGUUUAUUAAUGUUUAUAUAAUGGGCUAAAGAUGCACCGCUGUUCCUGGAGUUGAUUUGAUUAGCUUAGCUAAGCGCUAACCCUCAGGGGUCUGCUGCCUCUUCUCUGUGAGAUUAACACAACACAGCCACAGUUUGAAUAUGAAUUCAGCAUGAAUAUGGAUGUGCUAACGAGUGCUUGUGCUCACGUCGUUAAAAAUUUGUGUUAGUAAACAGUGGAACUUGCUGUAUAAUAGCCUUCAGGACUGACGCUUGUAAGUAGGGUCUAGGACACUCAAGCUGCUGCUGCUGCUGCUGCUGCUGCUGCUUCAUUGUUUGAAGUUGGCAGCUGCUUUGAAGCUGUGACAGAGCACGAAGGGGGCAGCAAGUCCUCCUGGUUCAAGCUACACAUCUGAUUACCCCUCUUGUUCUGACUUGGACAUCACAACCCAUUUACACGUGUUGGCAUGUACGAGUACAUGCACAGAUAUCGGCAGUCAUGCCCUCUCUCAGAGCAGGUUUUUCAAGCUCUUACAGGCACAUUUGAGAUGCUGAGACAAACAGUGUUUCUGUGAUUUCUGCUGCCCGUGCUAAGAAAGACAAUAGGCAUUGUUCAAGAGUAACUGUGACCUAACUUGUGGUUGGCAGAGACAUUUCUGUUCAUGCACAGCUGGCUUUGGAUAAAAGCACACGAAGCUAGAGUUUGUUUAGCCAUGCCAGUGUGCUAUUGUUAGCAGCAAGGACAGGGGAAUACUGUUAAAUAGAGGUCAGGCAACAUCAGAGGAACAGGUGUGACAUUAAAUAUCUAUCAGCUGAGAAAAGGCUGAAUAGAUGUGGAAAAAACUGUCACUUUGAUAUUUUUAUCUUUUUUAAUCAAUAUUGAUAUUUUGGAGUUUGAGUUGUGUCCAUGCACCAAUGAACACUUAAAAAAACUCAAUGAUGCAUUUGUUAAAUUGCUUUUUAACAGGAGCCUGAGGUGUCUUUUAAAGGUGCUUUCUGAGAAGAUUACAGAACCAGUGUCUCUCCACUGCAGACAGUUUAUAUCCUGAAGGGCUGCAAAGAAAUCUGCAGCUACUUGGUUUCUAGGAGCAGUAAUGGUUUAGGGGUAAGAAUUGCUUCAAAGACUGUUGUAUGCUAGGUUUUAUUGUAACAAAUUAUCCACAGAGGUUUCCUUUUCAAACAUACUGACCCCUUUUAAAACCCGUGAAAACAGAAAGUUGAAUCAUUUUAGUUUCAAAUCUUGACAAGAAAUAACGUGUCGCUGACACAGGUUUUUUUUUAUUUUAGUGGGGCUUCUGGCCAAGUUGGAAAAAACGUCAGAAUAAAGAAAAGUUCUCAUAAUUUCGUGACCUUUUACUGGUGGUUUUGUGCUCCUUUGUUGCACUUGAGUUCCAGGGUGAAGAGGCUCUCUUCUAUGUCCUCAUCCCUCAAACUGAAAAAGUAGACUCAGUGAUGUACUUUCUUUUCGUUACUAAAGAGGGCUUUUGAAGCCAAACAUAUUGAAAAUACUGAUUUAACUGUUUGAUCUGGAACCAAAGAGGAGGAGCCAUAAACCUCCUGCAAAUAGCUACAAUACAACGUUGCUGCCAGUCAGUCACUUCUUUAUUCAUGCAAAUCUAAGCUCAACUUUUAGUCUUAGGCUGUGUCCAAAAUGGUUCCCUAACCCCCUAUAUAGGCGACUACAUGGGGGUUAGCGCCACUUUUAGGGGUGUCCGAAAUCUCAGUAAUCCAUUCCAGUGCCCUAUAUAGGCGACUCAAAAUUUCCCAUAAAGCAUUGCAAAAUGUAGUGACCAUCGGAUGGUCACUCACCGGUGGUAGGCAUCCCGUCAUGCAUUGCGUCAUGCCAUGUAGUGUCCGAAACCUCCGGUGAUUGAGUCAACUAUAUAGUAAAAUCCCAUAUGGGGGUUAGGGAUUAGGUGAUUAAUUUCGGACACAGCCUUUAUGUCAUCAAAUCAGAUAAGCUUUUUAAGAGUUCAGUGGAUUCACAGUGUGUAGGAAUUUAGACCAAAACCAUUUAUCAAUGAGCAUUCUUGUAGAUGUUCUAGGGGUUUUCUGGGCUUUUGCAGCUCCUCAAGUGGACACUCAUGGAACUGCAAUUUGUUGCACAUCCACAUUGGCUUAAUUUUCCAAUAACAGACGUCUCUGAAUGGUCUUGGCAUGCAGACACCAGUUUGAACCUACAAUGACAAGUUUUUAACUGUUGAUUAAACUGUCCUGAAUUUCUACCCAUUCCUCUUUAUGACCUUCACAGCCCAACUUUACCAUCACCUACAAAAAGUUAGUGUUAAUGUAUGCCACUGCUGCCACUGAGGAUACGCUUAACAGUACUAUUUAAAUCAUGCAGAAUAACAAGAGCCUUUGUUAACAUUUCCCUCUGCAAAGAUUCACCAUCAAAUGUACGUCAAACAGUUAAGAGACAGCAGGAAAUUUAUAUCCACUGAGAACAACACUGACAUGCACAAGGCAGGAACAGAAUAUGGAUGAGACGCAUCUCUUUGUCCGGGGAUGCCCCCAAAAUCGACAAAUUUAGUGUUUCUCAUAGCAUUUUCACAGAUUAACAUGGCACCGACUGCAUCAGUAUGCUAAUCACAGCCCGACCAUUUGCAGAGGGGAACACUGAGAUUUAGUUAAAAUGUCUAAUGUAGUGUAUUUGAAUGUGGGCUGUAGCGCUGUAGCCGCGGGCUGGUUUUUCUGAGUGCUGCUGUAGCGAAAGUGAAAAGCAGACGUGGAGGUGCCUGGGAGGCUAAACUCAUUUUGGUGGAGCAACACCAAGGUGAGCAAGCUGCCGACCCUCACACCUCAUCUCAGGGAUACGCUUCUAUCUCAAAUCUGUAGUGCAGAGUCUAAUACACUCAAGCACACAUUUAACAGCUCGAGGAAGGACUUUUGACUUUGUGCGGAGACAAACACAUGCACUCAGCAACAAACAGAAGCAUGACAGCGAUUUCUGCUCGGAUGAUUGAGGGGUGACAGCAGGCGUAUGUGACCACCUGUGCCCCCAUGCCAGGGCGCCCAUCAUGGGAUGUGGACAGAAGGGUGGGGUUGAUCUGUUUUUAUUGGUGUGUGUGUGUGAGUAUAAGAGGGGUGGGUUUUAGUUGGCAUAUGCCUAAUUCCCCUCAGUCUUGGCAGCUCAGACGGACAGUUGCUCCCUCAUCUGCUGCCCUGCUGGAUGGGUGCCUGGCGAUUGAGCACUGCCCACCUCCCUUAGCCACACAUUACACCCUAACCCCUAUCCUCAAAAACACUCUCUCAUUCACCAACACAACACACACACCUGCUUGUUCUCAGCACCUCUGGCCAGCUCACACACGCUCCCCCCACCUACCCCCUGCGUAGCACUGUGCCUAAGGAAGCAGUACUGUGGAUCCGGUCAUUUCGUGUACACAAAAGGCUUUAGAUAUGGCUGUAGUCCUAGAUUCAUGUGCCAAUGUACCUUAUUUAGGGGGGUGGGGGGUGGAAGUGGUCCAAGAUGAGGCUUUGUACACUGAUUAAAACAGAGUGAUAUGUUUGGUAUGGUCCACACACUUACACACACACACAGACACACACACACACAGGAAUGGUCAGAUGGCUCAGGCUAUAACUGGUUCUGUCCUCAGGGAAGUCUUUAAUUGGUCACAGUGCUUUACCAUCUGGGGCUUGAGCGACUGAUGGAGGGAGGGAUGAAGGGAGAUGGCGGGAGUUCUUGUACAGGGUAUGGAGGGAGAAGCAAAAAAGAGGAGGAGAGAAAGGGAGAGAGAUGGAGACAGUAAGUGCAGCACAGGGAGUGAGCUUAUUAGUUUUAAUACUUGCACCUCCAGUGAUAUUUGAAUCAUAAUAUUCUUGAUAAAUGCUGUUUAUAGUGUACAAGUGGGAAGGUGCGUUUGUGUACGAAUGUGGAUUAUUGCACAUGGUGCGCAUUCACGUGUGCCUGUAGGUGGAUGGGUUAUUGCAUGAGGGGGUGCGUGUGCGUUUCUGCGUGUGUGUGUGUACAAGUGGUAAUGGCUCUUGGGUGUGUGUUUGUGCUGAUGUUGGCAGAUGGAGCAAAAACCCUGCACAUGUGCUAACAACCUCCAGGACGGCGGUGAUGAAGAAGACAAACACAGUCACAGUUGUGGCUUCUGUAUGAAUUUCUUUUUUCCUUGUAAGUACUGAAGGUUUGCGGUAAUUCAUGUCAUUUUGAUUCAGGAGCUGAUGGGUAGAAAAGGGAGAAUGCCAAAAAAGCGAAUGACAGAUAAAAUGAUUGGAAAAGAGGGUCUGAAGCUUGUGAAGAUGAGAAAAGAAAAAUAGAAAAGGAGGCUGAUGCUGAAUGGGGGGGUAGGAAGGAGUAUUUCGUGUGUUUGGGCACCAUGAGUAAAUCUUUGAUGCUUUAAAGGAUUUCAGUCAACGAUAGCUUUGCACACAGCUCUUCUCAAAUGCUCUUAGUAAGAUUUGUCUUUCAUACUCCCACCUCUCUUCAGACUACCCCUCCUCACGCCUUGCCUUUUAAUCUCUCGCUUACUCUCCAUCUUCCCAACGCUCACUCAGGCUCAUUUCCUGGCUGGGCCUCAGUGAGAGGUUGUGUCACGUUGUGUGUUUGUGUGCACGCGCUCCAAACUGCGUGUCCGUGUGUGUUUGUGCGCGUCUUAGUUAGUGUUAAAUCCUCCUCUUCUGCCUUUGUGUAAACAGCGUCUCAUAUCUGAAAGCUUCUCCUAACCGCGGAUUCCUCUCUUAUCGCAACAUUCAGCCUUUUAACGCCACGUCACCAUUCUCCUGCUACAAUAACAAAGCCCACUCCUUCACUGGCUGUCUGUCUUUCUCUUUUUUUUUUCUCCUACUUUCUUCUUUUGUUAAAUCUCUCCUGCCCUGCUGGUGAUGUCCAGUGAGAAAACCUGGACACGUCCAAUGUAGCAAGGUGAUUCAAAGAGGAGGAACUGAAAGGUAGCCUGUUUCACACGUAUCUAUUCAGUCUGUUUUUCAGAUACAGCACUAUAUAUCAUACUCUCUUUCUUUUCAUUCAUUGGCUCCUCGUCUCACCACUCUUCACCAGCUUGCUGCUAACUGUUUGCCUGCACUUCAGCGAGCAUGCCGGUGAUUCGUAAGCGCUUUUUAAGUGAGAGCAGCACCAAACAGAGUUGAAAAGAGUUGGGGAAAAAAAAGAGCACACUUGGUGGUAAUUUUCCUGGUGGCUCUGCUGUAGCUGCAUGCUAAAGCUUCCACAGUGAGCACAGUGAUUCACUUUACUUCCAGUUAACAUGGGAAAUAUCCAGACAGCUUUGAGAGAGAGUAUGUUAGCUAGUUAUUAAAUUCAAGAAGUUAUUACUUUACAAACAAUAUUCCAAACUCUGACGGCGUAAAUGCUAAAUUUUAGCAUGCUAACACGUAAUUCCUGUCCCUGAUGUUAUCUUUCCUUUACUGUCCUGUCAUCAGACUUCACUUUCUUUGUGUUUUAUUCCCAUGUUGCAUUGCCAGUCUACAGAUGUGUUUUAUCCAUAGACUGUACUGUAUAUAGAAUGGAUGCCGUCUGCCUCCUCACUGGGUGAAGCCACCAUGAAAACAGAGCCCUCUAGUGACGGGCUACAGUAUAGGUCAUGAAUCCCACCUCCUCCAGCAAUCCUGAUGGAGUUUUGGACAAAAUUUAGACAGACACACAGAAAUACAGAAUGCAUAUAGAAUAUGUUUUUUUUUCCCCCCUGGUUGCAGUGUUGACAUGUAGUUACUGUAAGACUGGUUUUUGCUCAAGUCCAUUUUUUUCUGUGCAGCUCAGUUUUUAAAAGUUAUUAGGGGGUUCAUGUUUUCUAUGAUUGACACUAAAUAUAUAGCCUAUGGGUGUACAAAGAUUGCGAAGCUAACCCGGGAGAUAUGCCGUUUCAGCCGAGCGUGAUCACAGCGACUAUUCUGCCGAAUGCGUACAAUGCUACUGCGCAAGUGGUGGCAAGUGUUGGUUUGAGGAAGUGGAGAAAAUCCCGGAAAUACCUAGAGCAAUUCAUCUUCAAAUUUGUAUAACAACGAAAGGCAGAGCCAAGAUUUCCAUCAUAUUUUUAGUCUAUGGUUUUAUUGUGUUUCCUCUUGAAAUGUUGUGUCUGUCCUUUGAAACUUGAUCAGGAAAUCCAGCAUCUUAGACACCAAAUCCACUGGAAAUGACUUGAGACCAAGAGAAUAAAGCAUUAUAUAGAAGGGAAUAUACUUGUAUAUUUUAAUCCGCAUGAAACUCUUUCAAACCAUGUGGUAGUUGAAUUAUCGAGAAACUAUCAUGAUUAAACUCUGAUAGAUAGUGGUGGCCUCUUCAAUUUAUUCUUUUUGCAAGUAAGCAGAGAAGUUAAACAGCCCCGGCCCCUCAGUUCUGUUAUUAACUAACUGUUUGUGUUUUUCCAAACUAACUUUAAUAAGCUGAAUACCCCUCAGGACGGUGAUUCACUGACCCAGUAUGGCUGAGCCUACAGCUCUGGCGGAGAUAUUUGGGAGAAAAGCAAAGAGGAGUACCUCAGUCACUUAAACUACUGCUGUGUGUGUGUCAGAGAGCAGCUGUCCCCUCAGGCUUGAAUAUCUGUCUGUGUUUGUGUGUUUGUGAGGGGUGUGUAUGAGACAGGCAGACGGUCCAAAACUGUCCAAUUUUAAUUUUCCAUUGCUUCUAGCUUUAGGUAUUAUAAGCUAUAUUAGCCACAGUAGACUAGCUCUGUGUGUGUCUCUGUCUCACACAGAGAGCAGAUGUUGCUCCCUUUACUAGUUUUAUGAACCCUGAGGAUGAAAAGAAGAGGUGUGAAAUUCACCGUAUUUGCAUUGCAGCCAUUUUCCUCCGACUUUGCGCUCAGCUGGGAAGCCGUGCCGUUACGAUGUCUGAGCGCUGCUUUGUUGUGAUUUGUUUUAAAAGACCUGAUACGUCAUUAUUAUUCACCCUUUCUAAAUAAAUGAGCAAUAAGCAAAUGGAUAGUUCCUGUUUAACUGAAACACGAGGAUUUGUCACAAAAUUAUACAAAUAGGCUUCAACCUGGAAUACAGCAUUGUGACUUUAUAACAGCAUUACCCCAAGCUUGACAUCAGAAGAAAAAGGGCCGCUGUGUUAAUAUGGUCAAUAUUGCAAUUAUCUGACUUACUUGAAGAGUUCAUGCUGGUUAAAGAGGGAUCAGCGCCGGAUAAAAACGUUCCCGCUUUUGUUCUAAGACAGCCGUGAAAAAGGACGAGCUGGAGGAGGAAGGAGAGAAAAACAGCAUAAGUGAUAAUUGGGUGCUGACAAGCAACUAGUCUGACGAAAAAGGAAAUUCACUAGAUAAUGUGCUGGAGAGUGGGGGUGUGGGUGGAGGAUGGGGGGGGGUUGAAGCUUGAGUGUGGAGAAAAUUGUGAGGAGAAAAAUGGGACAGAGCCUGAAGAAGAAUGACAGUGUGAGGAGACAGGAGAGAGCGCUUCAGAGACCCCUUUAUUAAAUGAAGAGGCCCUCUCCUUUCAGUCAUUGUGACCUCCGAGUUAAAGCGCAGCACACACUUACACUCACACACCCACUCUUGAGUGUGUGUUCCAUUAGCAGGGGACCUUACAGCUCCAAACUGGAAAUCUCAUAACAGCAUCUGUAAGAUCUCAUAUCCUCUCACCCCUCUCCUCUAUCCCCCCCUCAUUUUUAUUUUAUCUCUCUCCACAUUUUUGGUAGAUUGGAUCUUGUGUGUUAUGAUAGGACUGUGGGGAGGCCUCUUUGAUCAGAAGGGAUGGUGUGAGACAUCCAGCUUAUCAUGCAGUAUUUUAAAAUCAAGCCGCAGACAUUUUCUUUGUAUCUUUAAACAGUUUAAACGCCAACAUUGAUGAGUUUUCUCAAUGGGGUUAUGUGACAUCUAUCAUUUGUGAUCCUGAUAAGAAGCCAGCGCGCUCGUAUGUAUGGGGCGCAUCUUCACUCUGCACACGCUGAGCGUAGAAAUUGGAGGAAAAUGCAUCAAGCGUGUGUUUGCCCUCAACAUAUUUCCUCCAGAACACAGACAAUCCUGAAAAUCCUGGGGUUAUUUUGCCAGCGUUUGCACCGCAGUCUCAUAGUGGGAUGACAGAAGAGAGACAUGAUUGACGUGACUCAUGUUUUCUGACCUUAUCUGAGUGUUUUCACCAUCAUAUGACAGUGGAGUCAGACAGGAAAUGGUCGUGAGGCAAGAGGUUGACAGGGAGUAUAAGAGGAAAUCAGCCUUUUUUCUCCCUCCGAUAUAAGAGAGAUAUUGACUCCUAUCUUGUAGAGAGAUCAUACAACUGACUUACAAAUCAAAUUCAUUCAACUCAAAACCAUUUGCAGUAUUUUUAUUUGACUAAGAAAUUGAAUUCUACAUUUCACCAUAUUUAUGGAGAUGAGAGCUGGUGCGAGGUAGUGAGAAAGUCUUAGGUUUUGUUGCUUUUGUUACAUGAUAAAACUUCUUUAGAGAGUGAGAUGAUCACUCAGAUCGAGCCCUCAGCCGUCAUCGAUCACAACAUUCAAAGACUUGAAAGGAUUUUCAUAUUUUCCUUUCCUUUCCAUAACACGAGAGCAGACAUGUAAAAAGGCAUGAAUUAUACAUCGUCAGUGUCAUUUUUAGUCGAUAAGUGCAAAUUUGAGGCUUAUUUGUAAAAGGUUUGUUCAUUUGAUUGACUAGCUGGCUGUUAUCUCUGCCAUUUCUGGAUUAGAGAAGCAUGCUUUUGUCUCUUUUUCUGAGCUUUUAGGAUAAAUGUUGAAUUAUUGAAUUUUUUUUUGACUGGAGGUCUAGAACAGCAUAUGACUGAAUGAAAACAAAAUCCCUGUGUGUUGUACUGUGAAUAACACUGGAAGUCAACAUGCCAAAAUUUAUUCAGCAAAUAGAAAAUCUUUGACGCCCUUUGACCUUAGCUGUGGGGAGCUGUGUUAGGAGCGAUGUAAGUUUGAAAACACUUUGAGUUUGUUUUUCUUUUUUCUUUCCAAUUCAUAGCCAUAGGAACAGAAGUUUGAGGGAGAAUCUUUUCAGCUCUGUGUUUAACUUUCAGCCCAGUUAUAAAUAUGGAUCGAUGAAGCGAAUAUUUCAGAUUCUAAUUCCCAGAUUUACUAGCCGGACUAGCGAACUAGCUGCAGCACGUAUAUCCUGCUGGUGGCAGCUUUUCUGGCAAGAUGACAUUCUGCUUAAAAUGAAGAGUAUUCUUGAACUUUGAUUUAAUGCUUUUUUUUUUUCAUGUUAAAAAUAUGAGAUCGAUGUUCUCUUUUUUCUGGAGACAGACCUGAGGCGUAAUCAUUCACAAAAGUGCAUGACUGAUCAUGAUGGGGUCUGUUUUUUUUUUUUUUUGUUCGGUGGAAGAGAAGCACAGAUGAUGGCAAAUGACCGGCUAAAGUGACAAAGGUCAUGUGUUGAUAUUUCUUCUUUGCUAUGAGGGAAAUUGACUAAUCAAUUCAGGAGGAGCCUUGAACUUGACAGUGUCACCCCAUGUGGCCACUGUAUGCUCAGUAGGGCUGCAACUAAUGACUAUUUUAGUAGUCGUCCAGUCAUCGACUAUUGAAACGAUAAGUUGACUAAUCAGAUAAUCAUUAAUUUUAUUUUAUUUUAACAUUUUUUUUCGCCCUAUCUAGGCUAAAGUGCUCCCAAACUUUGGAUGUUUUUAAGUGUGUAGUUGUAGCUGUUGUAUGGGACAUCGGCGCCGCCAUGUUUGAAUACCCUAUCGCUUGGCAGAGACGUUAUUGCACAUGUGUGACUCUUGGCAGAGAUCGUAAUGAAGGAGGAUGCCUCACUUUAGUGGAAAAAAAGCAUCUGACGACAAUAGUCGCCACUGGAAUCUAUUGUCAACUUUUUACAUUAUCGAUUUUUGUCGACUAAUCGUUGCAGCCCGGAUGCUCAGCAACAUGACUUCAAACUUUGGCUUCUGGCUAUAUGGUUACCUAAAGCUCAUCUGAAUGAAGAACCUUCAUUAUGUUGGACACAACCAGAACUUGCACUGUUGUCUAUCCAUGCAUAGAAAAUCUGAAAGACGAUAGAGAACAUGUUGAGUAUAAUGAUAUAAUGGUUGUAGAAAGCAAUCAAAAUAUUAAAAUAUUAAAAGGUUAAAUAUGAAAUGGUUUAAAUUGGUACUAUCAUCUCUCUGGUAUCAUGAAUUAUUUGUUUGAGGAUUUAUUACAUUUUGGAUUCAACAAGCACAGCAGCAGUUGAGCAAAAUGAAACAUUACUGUACUUUUCAUGAAACGUUGUCUCUUCCUGUCCUGGUUUUUAUGUAGUGUGACAGUCUGUUGUGCCAAAGCUGUGGGGACCAAUGUAAGAAGUGACACUUCUAACAUUGUGACAAGUGACACUUUGACAGCCGUCUUAUUCACUUGUAACCCCUUUUACAUAUUCCUUUAGUUAGUGUUGCAACAGUUGCACUUAAUGCUGGCAAAGAGAGUAACUCUUUUCUUAUCUUGUCCUUGAUAUAUUUGUAAAAUGUCUUAUCUGUUUGAGUUUAUACAGUCAUACUUUUCAUUAAUUUUAGAUAUGAAAAAGAUAGAUGUAAAAUGUAAAAACAGGGCUGUUUCUUCAUCUAUUUGGUUGAUACCUACCUCCUUUGUACCAGUUUCAGGCAUUUAAGUUUACGGUAUAAAAUAGUCAGUCUCGUGGUUGAUGGUCUCGUUUACUUUCACGUUAUAUAAAGGCAUCAAUAUGAAUUUCAGUCUAUGUCAAAAACUCCUCACAGAAGCUUUAAAGUGAAGGGUAAUUGUCUUGGGAUAUUUUCAAAAGGAUCUGAAAGCUCCACUUAUCAUUCUGGUGAACUACUCCACUUUAUUUCAGCAGAAGCUCAACUGCAUUUGAAAUAAAUGCGACUUUAAAUCUCUCUGUGUAGUAUAUUGUGAAUAAAAAACAAGAUUAAAAUACGCAAGUACUAGAACUGCAGAAACACAUUGCCAAAAUUUCAGAGGAGAGCGUCAUAGUGACGAACACAACAUUUUGACUUCAAAACCUAAAAAAAGAUGUAAUCAGCUCCCCGGGUCGACGCGUAACUUUGAUGUCUGAAUUACAUAAAACUUAAAAAAUGCAAAAACACAGAAACAGGAACAUGAAGGAGUGGUGUUCUGUUCGACUCAAUAAGGUGCUCGUCUUAUCUAAUCAAGAGUGUUGUGUUGUAUUAUGGAUGGACCCCCUGCUGUGGACCCAGAUCACUCACCGCUGCCUUCUCCUCCAGUCAUCUUCCUCUUCCACUCUCGCCUUUCUUCUUUGCUAAAGAGCGAUCCCACAUGACUCUUUUCUGCCUCCCAGGCCUGAUCCCUAACACUAUUCUUUUUUUCCCCGCGUAGUACGCCGUAUCCUGUCCUUAUUAUCACUAACAGGCUCCGGGGGAUGGCGUGUAGACCUCAGUUUGUCAGAGUUUGCUUUACUGGUUGCUCACAGUGUUUUUGUUUGAAGACCCGCUUGAUUUUUUUCAGUCUCCUGAGAACUUGCUCGCUCUGUAUGCUAUUGUUCGGCAGGUUUUUUUGUGCGAGUGUGUGUGUUUGUCGAUUUAGGGUAUUGAAGUAAGAGCGUCAAGUACCAUAGCUAUAUAUAGGCUACAAAAAGAAUACUAAUAAUCCAGCUGCAGAAGUUUUUUGCACUUGCUGCACAGGAAUCAUGAAGCGUGUCUGUGUGCGUGCUGGGUUGCGGAAACAUCAAGUGAAAGAGCGUUCUUUGUGCCUUGUGUUUUUUUCUUCUUUCCGCUUCCUUUUAGUCUUCAUCCUCACCUUUUUUCUCCUUCCUCCUACCUCACCCUCCUCUGUUCCAAUUUCCUCGUUGAACCACUUCAUCCUUCAUUCUGACUCAUCAAAAGCUCUCACAGAGAAGAACAAAGCAGUGGAGGAUGUGGAUAGGCAAGAUAAUGGAUAAUAAGUACGACAGGAAAGACAGGUAGAGACAGUUUCUGUAUUUAUCGCAGUUUCUAUCACUUCCUGACCCAACACGCCCACAUAUGUCACAUCCCGGGUCAGUCAGGGACGUCUGCUUAGAGACAGCACUGGACUCACAUGGAGUGGUUUUGAAGAUCGCCCACUUGCCCUGUUUUCCACUCAGAAGCACUCUCACUUUCACAGAGUAAUUAACAAUAAUUACCCCACUGGCUUUGCCAAAUGGCCAUUUGCUUUGCUGUAACACACAUGCAAAUUCAGACACUUAAGGCCACUACACAUCAAAAAGCGUUACCACUUCAGCUGUGGCUGAACGUCUGCGCUGCUUGGCAGUGUAAUUGUCAAUGUCAGAGACUUUUCGUAGGAUGUACCCUUAGACAAACAAAUGAUGCCAGACAGUUUUCGGCCUCAGCCUCUGUUACACAAGGACAUUUUGGACAGCGAUGCAGAAAGCUUAAAGGCCACUUGUAGUUCAGUCCUAGUGUGUAAAAUGAAAGGUCCAAGAGAGCAGAUACUCAAACAAGCUGGUUCAGGGUUGAUGAGCUUUUACAGUGACUAGUAGGACAGCAAAACUCAAGCAGAAUCUCCAGUUUGGGUCACAGAUUAGAUUAGAUUAGAUUAGAUUAGAUAUAAUUUUAUUGAUUCUACUGGGAAGGUUUCCUUAAGGACAUUAAAAUUCCAGCAGCAUCAGUAUUUAUAGAAAAAAAAAGUUAAGAUAUUAACAAAAAUAAACAAGAAAAAUGAAGUAUUUAGAUAUAAAAUGUAAGAUAUAAAACCAUGGACAUUUGCACAUUACUAAUUCUAAUACUACUGCUGCUCUACCUUCCCAUCCUCUGUCCUCCUGUUCCCCUUCCUCCUCCCCAGAGAAGAGCUGUACAGUCUGAUGGCAUGAGGGACAAAGGAGUUUUUCAGUCUGUUGGUCCUGCACUUGAGAAGUGCAGUCUGCCACUGAACAGGCUCCUCUAGUUGAUGACGGCGCUGUGCAGAGGGUGACUGGCUGGCAUCGUCCAUAAUGUCCAGUAGUUUGCCUAUUGUCCAUUUCUCUGUUAAUCACAGAACCGGCUUGUCUGAUCAGUUUCUCCCAGCCUGGAUGUGUCCCUGGUGGAAAUUGGGGGUCGCUGUUAUGAAAAGUUCAGUGGCUCUUUGGUUUGUUCUCUUUAUAUUCCUACUGACCAAUUCUCCUCUACUCAAACUAUUUGACAUGUAUCGUGAUUUUUUUAGUUUGGUCAAACCCAUAUGGCUCUGAAUGUUCUGGGUUCACUUAAGUGAUCCUGUUGUACUGCCCAUCUGUUUACUCAAUCUGUGAGCUUCUCAGACUCUUGAACACUGCACAGCUGUUUCUAAUACAGACUGGCAUGACUUUUAAAGCCAUUAAAAUUAACCUUAACUCUGUUUUCGGUAAAUAGCUAGGGAAAAAUAAAAGGACUGCAUUCCUUCUCAUUUACAGCCAGGUGGGUACCCUCAAGCAUUGAAAAGGAAAUCAAACACGUACACAGUUAAGAAAAUGAGCAUACCCCUCAGAAGAUUUUGUCCUUGUUGUUAUAGUUUCAAGGGUUUCAUGAUGUCAGAUUGAAGCUAUGGCACCAUAGUCAUUGAUUUAACCAACAGAAGACUUCAUUGUGGCACUGGUCCAUGGUCUGGUUUGUUCAUUGAUGUAGAGUUUUUGGUUUGAUCUCAGUUUUUGGUCUGAUCUCAGAAGUUUGGUGUGAAAGGAAUUCAGCUUGGAUCUAAACCCUCUGAAAGACUUUAGCACGGACUGUAAGCCAAGUCUUAUCAUCGAACCCUGUUACCCUACAAUGUCUUAAUGGCUUAAGUGAAGCAAAUCCCUGCUUUCAAUUUCCAAACUCAUGUAAACUGUGGUAAGACGUUUGCCUUUUGGCCAUGUAGCACAGCUUGUAGAGCCAGCUCACCAGCUCUUGUGCAGAUUCUUGUUGACUGCUGCACUGUUUGUUAUAUUACAUUGCUAGCGAGCAUAAAUGAAUUCAGUAUAGAAGAGCUCUAUUGUGGAUAUUGCCAUUGUUCAAACCUUUGACAUCUAAUCCUUUAUUCUGAUUUGCCAGCAGCCAGAGGCGAAUGUUUGACACUUCAUAAGAGAGGUUAAGCUACCAUCAGACUUUCAGUGAAAAGAAUUACAGAGUCAGUAACCUGCCACCUUUACACUUUACACACACAUGCUGAAACAAAUACAGAGAAAUACAAAGAGGUGUCAUCUGCGUGGGUGAACACAUGUUUGUGUAAAGAGUGUGUGCUUACGUGGGUCUGAGCAUUUGUAGCAGUGGUAACAUCCAGAGGGCAGUGUAAAUCUCUGCAGCUCCUACUGUCAUCAUCCUCCACCAUGAGAAGACCACAACAGAGAGCUUUAAGUGUCUUCUGGUUGGAUCUGCACUAUCUGAUGUUUUUGUUCCACAUGUCAGAACAGUGUGUGCACAAACAAACACAGCUUUUUGAUUUCCUGCUGCUGCUUCUUCUUCUCUUAAAAAAACUAAACAAAAAGGAAAGAAAGAUUCUUUCUGCAACUUCAAUAGCCACAGCUCACACUGUGGAGGGAUGUGGAAAGUUUGGCUGCAUGCAAAAUGUACAGAUCCGACUUAAUAAAUUAUCAUCUUUCUUUCCUCACGUCGUCUUUGCAAAAUCUCCUUCCCUCCGUUUUUAUGUCCCUGUGUCCCCCACACUUCUAUCCCUGUGUGACUGGACUUAAAAGGCCAGCUUGAGGGAUGACAACCGUCGCUCUCUUCACAGGGCUGAGAGUCGGAGAAGAUCAGGAAUGGAGCGAGAUGAAAGCAGAAAUUGCAGAUGAGGUAUAGCAGGAAGAGAGUAGUUUUAAAGAUUUAUAAAGGAUUGACAGCUUCAGUGUCAGUCAAAAAAGCCGAAUAACACCGUGUUUUUUUUUCUUCACAUCCGCACAUGAGAACCUCCUUCUAAAAAAAAAAAAAAAUUACCUGAUCCGUCAGAGGAAGGUGUCUGUAUCGUCACUACUCUGAGAUUCAAGAGUUCAUUUAAGAGGUGAAUGUGUAAAGAUUACUUCAAAUCCCUCAUACAGUCCUUAAAUUUGUCAUUUACUUGAUGAUUAUAAAUAAGGAUUCAUUGGAUAGUAGUUAAUACAUGCGCAUAUUUUUUUGCAGUGGCAAAAUGACGGUGUCAAAUAUUUUGAAUAUGUUAAAACUCUGCUUGAAGGAGGCUCUAAUCAACCUCAGCACACUUUCUCUUCCAGUGAUGCCGGAGCUACUCGGGGAAAUUAAACAGGUUUAUUAAAACUUGCAGAGAUAUUAAAAACAUCUUGCUUUUAGGGGACUAUUUCUAGUUUCUUUUCACUCAGAGGUAACACUGUGGUAACACCUAGAUGAGCUCAGAAGGCACUACAGCUGCACUGCUUUUGUCUUGGCAAAGUAGCUGCAACUCCUAUGACCAGAAUAACCCAAGUCAAGUCUGCACAUGUGCUUACGAGUAACAUGGACAACAGUCUGUUAACACUAUGGUGACUGGUCUUGAAAAAGCUGGUCAGACCAUGUUUUGAAAUUUUAUAUGAAGAAUUAGAGUUGAACAUUUUUAAAAUAAGAAUAAAUUCAAGGAUUACCAAAACAUCUAAUGUCUUUGGUUUUAUUUUAAACCAAAUUAAAAUGUCAUGUUGCAGAGUUGUCAAAAGUGAAAUGGAAGCAUAUAGUGGUGAACUAUACAUAAAAAAAGAAACACUCAGUUGAGUUUACACUGGAUGAUGCUACAUUGAGUUUUAGCUGCACUGGAUGGAUUUCUUAUAGGAUUUGUUGACCAGAAGAAGAGUCUGGGAUUUGCCUUUGAGACCAGUUUGGUCCUUAUUUGGUGCACAGCUGUUACGGUAAGGUAGAAUGAGUCUGUCCUGUGUCCUCACAAUGAUAUCUAUCUGUGUGUGUGUGUUUGUAUUUGUUUAUAUGUGUGUGCCAGAGAAUGCCGUAUCAUGCUGCUCCUAAUCCUUCCCAGAUUGAGGUCAGUGGGGGCUACCGGUGGAUCUCAGUGUGUUUACAACCUCAGUCCGACCCUUGCUGAGAUUGGCUGAGACUCAAGAGUAGGAAACCCGGUUCAUUCGGAGAAAUUGAAGGCAAAUGUGUUGAUUGACAUGGCACUCAGCCAGCUGUUCUCACAAAAAUAGUGGAAGUGAAUCUCAUCCCCUCUAUGGACCCAACCCUGGGUAUGCAAAUAAUCAGUCCUUGAUGUGAUGGUCUGGUUUGCUUUUGUAGGGCAUAGAGAAACAUCAGUAUUCAUUUCAGUCUGUUUCACAACCAGCUGAAUUCUCCUCACAAAGGCUUUAAAUGUAUGUUUUUACAGUGACUGGCUGGAGUACUUUUACUCUUUACCACCCUCAGGUGGGUCCAAAGAGGGGACGGAUUCACUUGCAUAGCCCCACUUUCCACCCCAAAGCCAAAAUAUUGACCCUUCAGGGGUAUGAGAGGUUUGAGAUGGAAUAAAAUGUGGUGUUUGGAGGUGCAGCGUUAUCACUGUUCCCAUAAAGAACUACAAAAGUGAUAAAGUUCAGAGUCUCUUACCUUUAUUCACAGAUCAAACAUGGAUUCAUUACCCAGAGAUCUGGUUUUAGUGUGGGGUGUGUCAUUGUUUUACUGGUAGUGGUGCAUUUGUUGACAUAGCAUUAUAGGCAGUUUGCUAUAACGUCAUCCCAGCUCCCAUUGGCUGACAAUCAGUCUGUAAUACAUCAGAUUCAUCAGGCCUGAUGCAUCUCAGUAAACAGAUUAAUGUGUGGAAGUGAAGCUAAUACUCUGUUCUCGAUCAAAAACCUCAACUUGAGAGAUAAAGUCAGCUUGACACCACUGUGAGUCAGACUUUAUGACUUCCUGGAAGGCUUCAGAAAUGCUCCAUCAGACUUUGAUUCAAAAACAAGGAGAGAAAGUCGAAUGAUAAAACCUUGACAUCAACAUCAUAGGUUCUUUAUUCUUCACAGUUAAGAUCUGUGUAACUUAAUUAGAUAUUAUCUCACUUUAUGAAGACUAUGACAUAAAUUCUGCACUUAGUUUGUGAUGGACUCAAGACUAAACCUCAGGCCUAAAGGAAAGUCUUCAUAAAUAUAGACUUGUGGAAAGUGCGCACUGUUCUAUUGUGAAGUCCUCAUCUGCACGCUUCUCAAAGAACAUGUGUCUAAGUCUGUACGUCUUUCAGUGUGGGUAUUGGGCCAUAGUGACUCCCGGCUGUGUUAGGAGGCCCUGAGCAUCAUGUGGGAGGGUUGCUAUGACGACAGCAGGUUGUAGCGUAGGUGUGUUGUUGUGGUAACACUGUGUCUGUGUAAGGCUGGCUUUCACUCAUUGUUGACUGGAGAGUCAGAGCGAGAGGAACACCGGAUCCUAUAGGAAGGAUAGGGUUCUUCUGAGAUAGAAAUGAUCUUUUAUUCAGCCUUUGCUCUUACAGAUGGAGCACAUCAUCACCAAAGAUAAAGGCCUUGAAAAAAAGCCUUGGCAGCAUGGUUGAAACCUUAAUUGCAUUUCUUUUAUUAAAGGUAUAAUGAUAUAGAUUAAGAAUUUAUUAUUUCUAUUAAAGGUUGGUGAGUCUAAGCCUGUUAUAAAUAAAGCAUCGGAAUAAAAACACCACAAGCUUACUCGGAUUCCCAUGUUAGUCAUUUUAUAAUACCGCCAACAAACAAAUAUAUCAGCAGAAUAUUUUUAUCGCUGCCCAUGACUACCAAUUGCCUCCCUCGCUGCCAGGCUGUUUAUCAAGCACUCAGAGUAAUGGGGAAGUGGAUCAGAGGGCAUAUUCACUCAGACCUUGUCAGUAUUUCCAAGAUUGCUUCAAUCUCAGGAAGGAACCUGUUUAUGCCUGCCUAGACUCAGUGUGUACAUCUCCAGAAAGCAGUAUGCCAUUAGCGUGCCACUGUUUUUUGACCCACCUGAUUACUCACUUUCUCUUCCUGCCACUUCAGUUUUAUCAUCGUUUCCCUCUCUGAGUGUCUUGUUAAACUCGGCUAACCAGAUGUCAAGCUUCUUCUCCCCGCCUCCUCUAUCGUUUUCCUCUGAUCUCCCUGCCUUUGUUCCUCCCUGUUUGUUUCAUUAGUCCUGUCUGUUUCUUUGUUCUCGCAAUACCCAUCGUUCAAUUUUACUCAUGUUUUUACACGCCACACACACACGCAGAGCCGUGUGUUCCUCGCGUGUGCACGCACUUGGGACUGUAUGUACUCCAAUGCAUCAAAUGAUUUGAUAUUUUUUUUCCUUUCUACAUCAACGUUCAGUCUUAGCAGGUGACUUGAGGAGACGAACAGACCUCAAACAUGCUGAUUUGUACUCUUCACAAUGACAAUCCCUUAAGAGGCUGAAUAGCCAAACAUCUUGACAAAGCACUCCACUAGCAUAAACCCAAACAAAGCACUUCCAUUUUCAGGCUUCUAAGACAGGCUCUCAGGCACCACAUGGCAAUGCAAUAAAGCCUCUCCCUGCAUUAUUCGCUCAAUUCAUUUUAUCCCAGCCUAGCUUAAAUGCUUGACUGCUGUCCAUUGUGAAAACUGACAGCUUUGUAUAUUCUCUAUUUCCUCAGCGUUGUAUGAAUAUGUAUGGGCACAUAUGCAAUCGCACACAAUGACUAUGUUUGUGAGUGUGUGGUGGUUGCACCAUCCAUACCCUGCAGCCUUAACCUGUGAGGUCAUGCAUUGUUUAAUUUCAGAAUAACACCCAUAUGCAGGAACAAAGCUAACACUCAGGAUCCUGGAACAGAUUUUUUAAGUAUAAUGAACCUUUUUUCCCUGGUGUUAAGAGUUGAUACAACUGGUUUCAGUGUCUUGCAUUUUUCUUACAUUCAUUCCCAAACUCCUUAAUUUUGUUCCUUGUAGUUCAAACUAGUAACCCCCUUUUUGUUGUCCACAGCUGCUUAAAUAGCAUCAAAGCAUUCACCAUGUUCAAGACUUUCACAAAGAUUUCUUAACUGGCAUUUAACUCAAGAGUUUUUCAUCAACUUUAGACAGUGAGUCUAUGACAAAAAUAUGUUAAGUAUGUUCUAUCAAUACCCUUUCUGUCUUUCUGUUGAAAACUGCUCUCAGUCCGUUUUCAAAGAUGUCUUGGGAUGAGUGUGGACCAAGCUGUAACCUCUAGUCUGAAGACAUGAAGCUGAUGCCAAAAGUUUGGUUGAGUGAGGUUGAGUUACCAUUUCCAAUAUGGCGACCACCAACAGUAGGCUUCAAAACUCUGUAUGAAGCACCAGAAACCACAAACAUGCCUAGCAAGAAAGUUUAUAGAGUAAAAGAUAAACAUGCUUGUGCUUGUUUUGAAGUUUUUUAAAGGUUAUAAGACAGGUGAAUCAGAGGAACAGCUGUGACUGUACCUGUUUGUGAGUAGGCUUUAGGCCUGCAUCUGGUAGGUUGGCUUCAAGUGAAGUUGAGUUACCAUUUCCAGUAUGGUGACCACUACCAAUAGGCCUCAAAACUCUGCCUUACAAACAAAUGGGUGACGUCACCAACGCUGCGUCCAUUCAUUACACAGUCUUUGAAAAGUCAAUCAGCUGCUUUGUUGAGUGACGUUAUCUGUACCGAACUGUACCAUACCACAUGACUGGAUCUGAUCAUUCAUCUCAAAAUGCAUCUACACUGACCACUUGUGACUAGAUCUUAUCUUCCUGCUCUGUAUGCAAGUAAAUACUGAGUAAGAGAUCAGAAAUCUAAGGUCACAACAAACCCCCGCCCCCCAAAAAAGGCUGCCAAUCUUGAACAAAUUGAUUGAUGCGUGACAUUUUGUUUUCUCAGGUUCAAUCACUCUCUUUCUCUGUCUACUCUCAUCUGUCACAUGUACUUCCAGGCCCUGAGACAUAUCCAAAAAUACUUCUUUAGCUCCUUUUAUAAAGCUAUACAUAUUUAUUUCCGUCUAUGUGUGCAGUGUUUCCAGCCCUCGUUUCAAAGAGAUUUGAUCUUGUCGUCUCAGUUGCGUCCUUGCACUUGGAUGUCCCUCUUUCUCAUCUCUGCUGUUCUAAACCAUCUGUCUUGAAGUCUGUCCUCCUCUGUUCUCUGUUAUAGAUGAAAAAAAAAAAAAAAGAAACCAGUGAUGAAUUUACAACAGCACUUUUAACUGACUGCCUGUGUAUUUAGUCUGUGAUUUAUGAAAGGUUUGAGAAGUUUACUGGGAGGGAGCGUGGCUGUGAGAUUCUAGUGUUUGCUGAAGCAGACAAUAUGGGAUGUAAUCGGUGUGAAGGAAGUGCCUGUGGGGUCUCUGGAGGCUGAAUGAGACUGAGAGAGUGCUAUCAACACAGAAUGACAUGUGAAAGUCAUAUAUGAAGCAGGAAAUAGAGGGCAGUCACCCUUGAACAAAAAGCUUGGUUGCAUUAACACCCUUUCCUCACACAGGGACUACAUCAGAUUUUAAAAUGCUGACAGUGGAGUCUUGUUUAUUUUCACCUCCACAAUGCACAAAAGAAACCAAAACUAGUCCUAUAAUUUUAACAAUUACAACAGAACUUUGUAUUUUUUAAAGGAGAGAUACCAUAGAAAUUGAGGGACAAGAUAACACUAUGUAUAAUGAAAAAUUCUUACCUUUCGGCCUCCACAUUUCCUGCCUCUGAGUACUCAUUUCCUGUCUCCUUUCUCUCCUUUUUACCUGCAGUCAUCGCUGAUUCAUUGACAGUAUCGGCUCCAGCCCAGACUCUAUCCAAAGUGGAGGGGGACACACUUCAGCUCACCUGCGAGGUGUCACGAACCACAUUGCAGCACACACACUUGUCGGCAGGUUGGUACCUGCGCUCCCCUGAGGACGCCACCGCCCCGCCUCAGGAGCUGGUCACCUUGUCGAGGGACUUUGUUCUGCGCUCGGGUGGACCGUAUCGACAGAGGAUGGCGGCAGGAGACCUCAGGCUGGAUAAAACCAGCGCUACAAGCUACAGGUUGACCAUUCACAAGCUGCAGCCGGUGGACCAGGGCCUUCUGUACUGCCAGGCUGCCGAGUGGAUCCAGGACCCGGAUGGAAGCUGGUUUGCGCUGACACGAAAGCAGAGUGACAAGACUCAGUUACGAAUUCAACCCACAGGUGAGUGAAGGGAGUGGGAAAAGAGGGGAAAUAGUAGGAAGGGGAGAAUCGUUUUUUACAAUUCCUCUUGAAAAGUCACAGACAGGAAUAACUGAAAACCAAAAUAUUUGAUGAUUCAUUUACUUUCGAUCGAUGUUUUGGUCAACCCUCGCAGCUCCACUUCAGCAUGCAACCCAGCUGAGACAUUGAGUAUAAAUUUUAAAGAUUUUUCAACACGUUUGUACAGAAACAGACAAAAGCAGCUCCUUACACCCCUUGAACCUUCAGUCCUUGAAACCAAAAAACUUUUGGCACAUUAAUGAAAUUUCUGUCUGAAGGUAUUUCACGAAUCCCCGUCGAUCAGUGGUGUUUCAGAAGAACUUCCUUUUGACACUUUUGUGCUUUUUGUCUUUCAAUUAAAGUGAGUAAAACUCGAUUUAUGUAGCUCUCUUAAGAAAAGUCAGCUUAAGAGUGACUCACUAACAGAUGAAAACCAACAAAUACACGAAAGCAAAACUUCAUACAUAAAUAAGUCAACGCAUCAAAUCAGGCAAAAUAAAAAAAACAUGCAUAAUGAAAGCAAACUUCAACACAAGACGAGGGUUGAGAGUAACAUGGAGAUUGUAAUGAGAUUUUAGAUGCUUUCUGAAGCAGUUGAAAGAUCCUGCUGAUCUGUUCGAAAUUUUAGAAAGAAGAGACUUAUAUAUAAAGGUGUGACUGUUUCUUUUAUUUCUUUGAAACAAAAGAGUGAUAUUAAACGAGGGCACAGAUUGGAGGAGGAGGAGGAGCGGACUCUGGGAUGAGGAGGUCAGAAAUCUAACUCGAUUCAAGGUCUGCAGUGACUCAUAUGUAAUAAAAAGGAGUUUGGAGUUUAUUUUGAACUCGAGAGGAAUCUUUUAUUUUAUGAGAACAAAAGAAAGUGGGCUAAAAUUCAUGUAGAGUCUAAAUGUACUGUGUGCUUCUUAAUUAAAACACACAAAAACACCAAUAAAAGCUGGUUCUGGUUGUCGGCUACAUCUUGAACCAGCAAUAAAGUUAAAUGAUUAAGAGAUGAUCGGCUGAGGUGUUAGUCCAGUAAGUGACAAUAAUCAAGAAAUUGCAGGUUUAUUAGAUAUUGUGUUUUCCUUCAUUUAGCACCUCCAUAUUACUCAGAGACAUUUAUGAAUUCAUGAUUUAUGUGGAAGGAAAUUUUAUUGUAAUCAUGCAGUGUUUGGUUGAAGCUGUAAAAUGCUAAGUUAUGAAUACGAAAUAAGUACUCAGGUGAAAAUAUCAGAUCAGCGUUAGCGUCAUUGGACAGAUUAAGACAGAGAAAUAUGAAAUUUAAAUAGGUACAAGAUUACAUAAGACAGUAAUGUAGGCUGCAGUUUGAACAUUAUACGACAAAAGGGAAACUUAUUCUUUCCAGUAACAACCUACACAGGUAUUCAGUGACAGAUCUGUCCUCUUACAGUGACAGCUGUCAGAAUAAAAUCACUUAUAAGCUGUAUUAAUUAUGGAAAAGGAGUUGAGAAAAAUCUACUCGGUCUCUAGCAAUUUUCCUUUUACAUUUCAAAUCCAGCUUUUUUUUUCUAUUUUCACUUGAGCUGACGUGCAGCCUUGUCUGGUUACAGCACAGCGUUCCCAAUCAUGACGCUCUCUGAAAAACUGAUAUCAUCAAUUUGUUUUAUACAUAUUCACUUCUGCUGCUACCAAAUUUAAUAAAAUUAAUCAGCUGCUUUGUUUUUUUCCACUUCCAGCAGCACUACCUCCAUUUAAGAACAACUAAAUUAUCUUUUUACCCAGAGCCCAGUUUGCAAUUGCUUUGUAAUUUAAUUUGCACAUUUCCAAUGCCUCUGUAUUUCUGCUCUUGAUCCUGUAUUAUUUCUGUGUGUUUGCACACAACAGUCACUCUCAUGGCCUUGUAACAGGAGUUCAAUUAUACUAAUUGAGAACCUCAAGCACAACAUUCAAACAUACAAGGACAUGGCGUUCAUCAAUGUGAGAAAGCAGGUGCAAACAGUUCGGCUGUUGAAGAAACGUUCAUUAAUCUGCCUUACACUUCAUCUAAAAAACUUUUUUUGAGAGUAAAAUGAAGAAGAUGUGGAUGUAUAAGACCCACUAGCUGCGUUUACGUGGGCACAAAUAAUCGUAAUAAAAAUGCGUCAUGUAAACAUGUUGAUCGGGAGAUUCUGAUCAAUUUGGCUCAAUUGGACAUAAAUUGUAUUCUGAUCGAGGGGGGUGGUUUAUGCCGAUCGUUAUUCUGAAACGCGUCCAUGUAAACACUUAUUCCCAUCGUUGACUGUCUUUGGCUUUUUUAUUGAGGUCAGUACAGGAGGUUUCAUUGUUAACACUCUGACAUAAAACACAACCGCAGGUGCCGUGUCUGCUCUUGUGAUAACAUAACAAGGCGUACAUACAGCGUAAUAAUGUCACAUCUGCACACACAAAACAACCUUUGACAGAACAGUGAUUUAAGUACGCAAGGGCGCCAUCUAGUGACAUCAUUUAACGGGUGGAGAGGUUAGCGAAAUUAACAAAAUUAGGCAACUUUGCGCAUGUCCAAAUGCUUCUUAUCUGAAUAAAACUUGGUGCAUGUAUAUGCACGUUAUGAUCGGAUCAUUUGAUUUUACAUAUAUAUAAACAGUGGAUUCAGAUUAACAGAUGCCUCAAAUUUUAAAUCAGAUCAAGAAAUUUCGUACAUGUAAACAUGGCUAUUGACUUUUGAAGACUUGUUAAGACAGGGCUUUUGAUUCUGACUGUCUUUUUGGGGGGGAUUGGGAAGGGCAAAUAUGUCUGUGACAAUACUCAGAUUUCUGUCCAAAAGGCGCCCAGCAUUCGUGCUCCUCAGUUUUUAUUUCAAAAACAAAUUAUGCUUUGGUGUCCACAUGUCUGUAUAAAAGUAAACAAAAACUUGGAGAAAGGGUAAGGAUUCCAGUCUGCUCUUUUGGUCCUCCUUGUCCUUUUUGACAGACACACAGCCGAGCAUGUGGGCCAGCCCCCUCUGAUUACUGAUCAGUAUCACCCGCUAAGCUCAUUAGCUUACUAAAAAGGGCUUAACUAAACCUCCACAGGCACCCCGCUUUAUUUUUUGUAUGUGCGUCUGUGUGUCGGGCAUCAUUACAAGCACAUUCAAGAUAAUUUAAGCAGCUCCAAACAGCGUGGGAGUUUGACACGGGGAGACCUAUGCUGCUCCCACAUGUACAAUCUCCCAGGCAACAAGUAGCCUAGAGAUCAGAAGCCAGAAAUGUGUUUUCAAUUACUUUCUCACCAAUAAAUUCAGCAGGCUUGUUUUUGCUUCAACACAUUAGUGCGAGAAAUCGUGCCGGUUUGGUGCAGUUGCCAACUCUGAAGGAGGGGAUUGUCUAAUAGGGAGGAGGAAGUGACUUACCAGUUGAGAAUGGGAGGGAGGAUGAGUUGAGGAAGUAACAAUGGUGCAUGAUGGAAGUAUGAGGGAGACAUAAAGAGCAUGUUGAAGGAGAAGGCCUCAUGGGCUAAUGAUCUAAUAAGUUGUCAACCUCUGGAAUUGACAGACCAGAAACAAAGACAUCUUUGGGCCUUUUUCAUGUGAACGUAUAACCUCCCACCCGGCUCCACUCAUCACACUCUCCUCACUGUAUUCCACUUACACAAAGAGUCUCUUUGUAUGCAUCCGAGAAAGACCCAAGGAGAUGGGUGAUAAACUGCUUUGACAUUAGCUCAAUUACCGCGGCGGCACGCAGUGGCGAGCGUCUCAUGCUAGUAAAUCAUUUCAAAGUAGAGUCAUUUUGCAUUUCUCCAUUAAGCUUCAGAUCCACUCUGGACCGAUACAGCUUGAUGGUGCCCCAGAUAGUGCUCUGAGGACGAGAAAGAGGAGAAGUCAGAUGUAAAAGAGGCUUGUCAGAUGAGUUCCUUCGACAUCAGGGAGGAGACAAAAGCGGCAAAGAGUUCCUUUCUUCGCGCCCUUUGUCACUUUCUCGUCUUUGUAAUCUAUAAUGGAUGGAGGUGUUGUUGCGUGACAAAGAGAAUACAGCAGAGUGUGGCACGGGGUGUGAGAGCUCCAACUCCAGCACAUGUAGAUCCAAUUUGAAAUCCCCUUGUGUGCUCAGUGCAUGAUGAGUCCAGGACAUGCACGUCUUUCAGCCGGGCUUGUAAAUGCAACCUGUUCAGGUGUAAAUGUGAAAGGGAGAGGGUUUUUUUUUAUCGGAGAACAAGAUGCUCCAACAUUACAAUCAAAUUAUAAAAGACAGAGUGGAUCUCCAGACAGCACUGUCAUGAGCUAAUCACCAGCAGCCUCAGCACCACAGAGAGGAGCGGCGGACAGAAUCCUAAUGACCUUUCUCUCUUGGUUUUUAACAUUUUCUUUUUCUCUCACCUCCUUUCUUUUCCUCACAAUCACCCCAUUUUCUGCACUCAUGUCUCAACACUGUGUUUUCACUUCCUCCUCCUCCGCCCGUCUGAUACUUGCUCUUAAAAACCUUUAAUUUUAUUUUCUCCAGACACUUUCACAUGCAAGAGCUGUGAGGUUGUUGUUUUUUUUCCAUCCCGCCUCUGUGCAUCCUCUCAGCUAAACCCUGUCUGUAAAUCUCCAUCCUAACAGGGCCCCAUGCUGAGUUGUGACCAAAUCUUGUCAAAGCAGGUCACGGCAUUUUUAGCUUUGCUCGCCUUCCUUCACCAUGAAUCACAUCCAAAUGUCAUAAUACAAUAUCCUGCUGUCCUGCUGCUUUAACGUAGGAGGAGCAGUGAAGAAAUCUUCUUUUUUCUGUUGUAUUUUCCCUCCACACCAAUACGCCUAAACAUGAACAUCCCUUUGAUGUCGCAAGUAAUGACCAUUUAUUAUCCUCUGUCGUCUUUUUUUCAGCUUUUUGAGAAAAACAUACCAUAAUUAAUGCACAGCUUUGUUAAUUACUUUAUUCUGACUGAUUAAUCACAGCCUUUCAAUUCCUGCUUUGAAUAGAGAGGGUAGAGCAUUUGGAUAACCACCUGUUCAUGACCUAUUAUCACCCUGCUGCCAACCAAAAAACAAAUUAACUUGAUGCGACAUACAGAUUUCUAAAGAACUUGAUUUAUCUCUACAGUCUAUAAAACACCUUCCUGACUAUUGAUUAAUAGUCCUCCUGUUACUUCCUCAGAUUCUUAUCGGCCUCCUUGUGAGAACAUCUCGACAUUUCAAGUCACUGUCAAGUUGAAAAAUGACUCAUGAUUUAUCAGUUUUGACUUACAUUCAGAGGAAUAUUUCACUCACACAAGGUGAAUGUGACUUCUGCAGGCCACACUACUAAAUCAGAUGGCCUUUUCUCAAGGCUUCGCAGUGGAAACACUUUUAAUAAUAACAUUUAAACAUUAUUGAAAUCAUCACCACCACUUGUGGUCUAAUUUAACCUUGCAGUUACUCCGAUGGCCCAGUUUUGUGCUCAUUAUCUCCUCUGGUCUUUAAUUCAGGACCCUUGAGAUCAGCCUGAGAUGGACAUUUUUUUUCCACAGUGUCAACAGGCAGAGGUGAAAUAUGCCCACCCUCUCCUCUGUGUAUUGAUUUAACAUGAAAUAUGUGGUUUGGUUGUCUUUUGCUGUUGGAAAAGCUUGGCAAUAAUCCAUCCUAACACCUUGCUCAAUGUGCAUUUUCCCAUAUAUGAAUUAGGGCUGUAAUAGAUUAUUUUUCUGAUAUUCUGGUGAUUUUUUUAAACAAUGAAUGGAUUAAUCUUUUGGUAAACACACUGCACAACAGCUUCAUAAACACUCCUAGAGUCACUGUAGACGUCUUAGCAUGUGUCUUUUGUCAGAUACCCCAAAAUCUGAGUAUGGUACCAAAAUAGGUGUUUUACUGGCACUCUAGAUGUUCUUGUAAAAAAAUAGAGUCGGCAUAACUUAAAUGCUUAACAUCUUUGCACAAAGAAAUCCCCAAACUAUCCGUGAAUUUUGAUUUUUUUUUUAAAUGAGAAAUAAACUUUCAGUCAAUUUUACCCUCAUUUUGUCUGAGCAGCCUUCCUGUAAAUCUGUAAUCCAAAGAAAACAAAGACAACAAAGAGAAAAGCAGCUAAUUCUGAUAUUAAAAUUCAGUAAAUCUGAAAAUAUGGGGCCUCUUUAUUGUUUUUCGAGUCUUGUCUUCAUAACUGAUAGGUUGUGUUUCAGCGCGGAAAAUAGAUCGAGAACAAGUCCUAUUUCUGAGCUGUUAGUCUCUUGAUAAAACUCAGAAGCUUGUUUGUCAAUAUAUGAUAUUGUUUGUGUGUUUCGAGUGUUUAUGUAUGUGUUAACAAUAUCCAUCUCCCUCCCACUGUAAUGUUCCCCCAGCACAACAAGCUCUAUACCAACCUCUGUCUUUGAACUUUUCCACAUGAGUGUGUCUCUCAGGAAGUCUGUUUAAAGUCUCUGUAAUUACAGCUCCGGGCGACCACCUCACUGAGAGGCAAAGCCGUCUCUGAUACAUACUGUGCUCAUCAUCUGGAAAUUAAUACAGCAAAUACAAACUGAGCAUACAGACAUAAAUACACACACACAAACGCGCACAGACGUACAGACUGAGCAGCACAUGCGCAGACAGCAGGGGUGAUGUGGCCGGAUGGAUAAGCUGACACUAGCGAUGUUUGCUCGGUCUGCUCUGUGCAGAAGGAGGAGGAGAGAGCCUGACUGUGUUUCAGACUGCUACAGAGAAUGUUAAUUAGAUGUGUUUUUUAUUGCAGAGGUGAAACCAAGGGGGGAAAAAGAGCAGAGCGCUCUGAAAGAUCAGCGUUUUACAGGAGCAAAGCCCUGCGUGACCUCCAGCUUCUCCUGUUCCUGUUGUCUGUUCUCUGCUUUUUACUCUCACUGGUUCUUUUUAAUUGCCUCCAUCAUUCUUGACCACCUCAAAUCCCGCCUCUACCUCCUGCCAUUCACGGUCAUCUCUCCUUUCUUUUCUAUCAACAUGCAGGUUCAGCACCCCAGACUGUGGAUAUCGAGAGAAUGCUGCAUGUUUGGCAUUUCAAUUGCAGCCCGUAUUUAGGCAUCAGUCUUGUUUAGGACAUCAGGAACACAUUGUUUAAGUGUUACAAAUCUGCUCGAAAAGAUCGCUUUUACACCCACACUCCUAAAUCUUGGGCUUUAUUUAAAAUCUGCUGCUGUAUUGAAGUGUUUUAUUUGUUUACUGUUGGAUAAGAGUUUUUAUGUUUCUAAGCUUCAGUAAUGUGCAACAUUCAAAGGAAGAUCUCUUUUUUUGUUUUAUAUCACAGCACCUCUUGAAAUAUUUCUCUAACUUUGACGGUUCCUUUUGUUUUCCUCCUCAGAUCGAGAUUUCAGCAUCCAGGUGAGCACGGAGCGACGGUCCUUCACGGCCGGUGAGCCGCUGGAGCUUCGCUGCACCAUUGAGGCCCAGAAUGUUCCAGAGCGCUUCUUCUCGGUGUCGUGGGUCUUCAGCAGCUCACCGGUGGCCGUGGUGGGCCCCAGUGCCGUGCCUGUCCUGGGCCCAGACUACAUCGCCCGAGAGGCGGCCGGUCACAUGACUGUGCGCAAAGAGAGCCCCAACGUGCACCUGCUCAAGCUGCAGCACCUCCGUCCCGAAGACGCAGGGAAGUACAUCUGCCGAGUGACAGAGCGGGAGAAGACGCCCACGGGAGACUUCAUCGACCGCAGCAAGAGGUCCAGAAACGUCCAGAUCACAGUCCAGCCACUCAGUGAGUAAUCAUCUCUCCUCGAGGCCACCAGCUUAUUUGUUCUGUCCUUCGUUGUCAAUUACACCAAGAAUGAUGAGCUUUUCAUAAUAACAGCUUUAUCUUCGUGUAGGCAGGAUUGGGAUGUCAUGCUGUGCUCCUCUCCAGACUCUCCCUCUCCAUCUUUCUCUUUCUCCAAGGUGGCCUCUAGGAGAUAGCAGCGCAGCCUCUAUUGUUAAGCGGGAGUAAGAGGGGAAUGGAUAAUGCCACUCUUAUUCCUAAUAUAUUUUCUGUUUGAGUGGACUGCUAAGGAUUGGUAAUGCAGCAUUAUGGUCCUGCCCAUUUCCUUGGCUUUAGCUGAGAGAGGUGGGGAGAGAGGGGGGUAACACUAUAGCAGGAUAAUGGAGAGCAGAAGACUCAAGGAGGCUGAGCUAACAGCCAUGAAAUUAAAGCGUGGAGAGAGAAAAGAAGCAGAGAAAGGCGCCCAGCUCUCAGGGGUCCUCUAAGUGGUUCCCCAGGCUGAAUUUACGUCUUCUGCGGGGGCAGACCACCUCAGCUAGGUUAAGCAGGGCAGGAGGGGGUGGGGCAGGUUCGCAGCUGAUUGACGUUAAUGUACAGACAAACCUUGAAGGAAACACUGCUCACAACCAGGACGGGGCAAUAAAACGAUCUCAAUAUGGGAUGGCUAUAAAACUAUGUCAGUUAUGAUGAUAAGCUAUGGACAUUUACUCUCUUCAGGAAAAAAAAUCAAUCAGACAGUAAAGAUAGUGUCCACAGACAGUUUUGGGAUUGCAUCUGGAGUAUUUCUUGUGUCUCUACUGGAAAAAUAUCAUCUCAGAAGUAGAUUUGUGCUCUUUAAGGGGAAGAGUAAAAACAAAGGCAAACAAAAGCAAUAGUGGAAGUGAACUCUUGUUUGACUCAAAGGUGAUGAAAAUGCUAACGAAACAUACAAUACAAUGUGAUAUGAUCUAUACAGUUUGAUAUACUUUGUUGUCCUCUUGGGCAAACUUGACAAACCAGGGUUACUUCUUUCAGACCAGGGGCGUAUCCAGACUUUGUUAACUGAGGUGGCCCAGCUGGGGCACUGACUUCAGUAAGGGUGGCCUGGAUAUCUGUGUACGCACAAAAUAAAUGACAUUCAGUCAUCUGUGCCGUCACUGUUAACAACUAGCAACUAUCAUAAAGACACAAUAGAGUGGUGGUGACGCAUAAUUUUGUAGGUUUGAUUCUUUCUUUAGGAGACUUUUUUCCAAAGUCACAUAAAGGCACGAGCAAAAGGAAGUGUGUUACUUUUCAAUGCGAAGAAGGCUACUAGACAGCCCGAGUAUGUGUUUUUUUAUAUAAUCCCACUUAUGAUGAUGUUUUAAAGUUUGAUUUAAAAAGUUUGAUGCAAAUAGCCAAUCAUAUCAUAGGAUCUUGAGCUGGCAACUGGGAUGGCUCAAUCAUCUUUUCAAAUCCAGCUGCUGUCAUUGUUUGCUGUCUUUAUAUUUUUAUUGUUGGGGUUUGAAGCUCUUUCCACCAUCUUGGAAUUAACAAGCCAUUUGUUAUUAUGCUGGUUUGAGUAUUUACCAGGGUUUCUAUGCAAGUAUGGAAAAGUAUGGAAGUAAUUUGAUCAAUUUCCAGGUCUUAAAAAGUAUGGUAAAUAAAAGAUAAAGUAUGGAAAAAUAUUUAGGUUUCGAGACUAUUACCACAGUAAAAAGAAAUUAAGAACUGUUCAGGAACCCUGUUUUACCUAAUGGGACCAUGAGAGAUAUCCAUAAUACACAAAUGUAUCUGUAUGUUCUGCUGUAGACUUCAUACGUUGAGUGGUUUGUUAACAUCAUAUUAUGAAGUCUCGUUGGGUUUAAUAGAAUCCAAUAAGUUUUUUUAUAAUGUAGACACUGCCUCUCUCUUCUCUGAUACACCUUUCAUUGUUGAGGACAGAGCGUUCCGUUAUUUAACAAGUAAUCCCAACUCUACCUUUUGCCAUCUCAGCACAGACUUACCAGCAAUGCUCUCAUCUGUCAAUGAGAUUUUCUUGUAUAUAAUAGCAGCUGGAAAGCACCCCUCCAUCAGUUCAUCCCCUUCUCCUCUUCCCUCUGCGCCUCAAUGUCUCUCAGGACCAUAACUGCGUGUGGAGCCAGCUGCGACCUGCAUAAUAAAACAUAAUAACCACAGAGUAGUAUCUCCUCACGAGCAGCCAGCGUUACCUUAUCCUGACCGUGCUGCACCCCCUGCUAAAUCAGCCCAAAACAAUGGCCCCAAGCCUGCAGCCGUCUCCAGGGAGUCUCUCUGUAUGGGAGGUUUUGUUUUUCCAACAAAAGACCUUAAUGCCCCAUAAAGGAUGUUUAUGGGGUUUACACAGGAUAAUGGCCAUGGUUAUUAGAGGAGAACUUCCGCAAAAUACAGCAGUUGUGGUCAGGCCGGCUGUCCUCUCACACACAAUUUUCGAGAAGCGCUUCAUCAUUAUAAUUGGAGAAACGGGGGAGAGUUGGGAAUAGUGUGAGACAUGGGGUUAAAAGUGUCGAGUCAGAGCAAGGCAGAGGUGACAGCGAAGGGAAAGAGAGGCAAAGCACUUGUGGCAAAUCAGGGCUGAUGGAUGAGUUUACAGCGGCGACUAGAAAGGUAAAGAGAAGUCACAUGUCACGCUGAAUCUGUUUCAUACAGACAGAAGCAAGACGUGCACGGGUAGGAGGGAAAGGGAAGAGGGUUUACAGUAAAAGAGGGAAGAUACACUGUGAAGCUGAAAAACAAAGAAGAAAGAGCUGGUGGGAGAAAUCUGAAAAUUUAAAAACAAAAGUUUGAGAUAAAGUAAAAAGGGGAAAAGUUUGAAAGAAACCGCAGCUGUCCAGAAAGCAGACAAUUUUUCUCUUCAGUGUGAAAAAGUAAUGGAAUACAAUAUGUUCUCAGCUGUGGAAAAACUAUGUAGCUGUAACAAUGAAAGACAAAAACGAGGAGGAAAAGGAUGAAGGCUUCUCCCUUUGUUCAUUUGAGUGUGAUAGAAAUGAGAAGCGAGUUUAUUCCACAUUCACAGAGAGAGCUGGUGCUUAUUAGGAGGACUGGCGAGCUGAGAGGAAGGCAGCCGAGCUUGGCCUGAGGGGAGAGAGGGCGAAAAAAAAAAGAGAGGAACCUUUAAGCCACGCCCCCCCCAAAAGAAAAGCGCAGCAGAGGUCCUGCUGGGUAAAAAAAACAGCUUUGGGUCAACUAGAGAUCAUUGUUUUUUUGUUAGGCGGUGAAGUGAUGAGAGCCGAGGUAAAGAAAAGAAACAGAGGAGAUGAGCCUGUAAAGACUUUUAUCCUCCUGCUCUUCUGAAGUGCCGCUGAGCCCUGAGCCCUCAACACAGCCACACAGGGUUCACUAGAAGGAUCCAAACCCGUGCACACAAACUCACCAGGGCCUCUUCUUUGGGAUUUCGCUAUGAUGUGCCUGAGGCCAGUUACAAAAGUGCCUGGAUGCACACACACGAACCCAAACACACACACACGCAGCACUUGGUUUACACUCGGGAACAGGAGCUACGUUUUGUUUUAUUGCCGCUGGCCUCCAGUACUCUGUGAAUACUUAAACAUAGAGAGAAUGAGUCCUGUUGUAUGUGGGAGUCGAGACUUUGAGGAAUUCUUCAAUCUGUAUUCUCACCUCAAUCCCCCUAUCUCUCUUUUUUUUGGUUUCUUUUUCAGAGAGCAACAUCACCGUGUCUUUGUCCACAAACUCCUCCGAGGUCCUAGAGGGUGAUGUGAUCCAACUGACUUGCUUGAUCCAGACCACUUCAGGCCCCCUCUCCGUUUCCUGGCAGUGGACCGACAAGGAGGAGAGCGGACCAGCUCAGGAGGUGGCCUCUCUGGAUCGAGAUGGCACAGUGUGGCCCAGUCCGGUUUAUAAAGAGCGCUCCAGCUACGGGGAGAUCCGUGUGGAGAAAGCGGGGGCUGAUACUUUCACUCUGUCUGUGUAUAACGCCUUACCUGGGGACGAGGGACAGUACAGCUGCAUCGCCACCGAGUGGAUUCAGACUGGGACAGAACCAGAGCUCAACUGGGAGAAGAUUGGAGAGAGGUCAGCAACAAAGACGGUCACCGUGAAGACUGUUGGUGAGUGACUGCAGCUGGAUUUUUAGCCAUAACUAUUGUAGUUUAAGUUUAAAAGUGUUUCUAAUUUUUAAGGAUUAGUAAGUAAAUUUGAACCUGUCAAAUACAUAAUCAUUCAGUCAUUAAGUCAUACAGUCUUACACCUGAAGGCUGAAACAUACAGGAUGCGUAUUUGGAGCGUGGCAGCAGCGUCAUGUUCCACGCAGCAAAUAGGUUGCCAUUCUAAUCAAUGCUGUAAAGCAUACAGGACGCAUAUUGUCUUCGUCGAAGCGUUGUAUCGAGAGCAGCACUGCUAUAGAUACACGACGAGUCUAUUGUUGCUGCUCUACGCUUCCAACACGCUUCAAUCCACACGGAGAAGAUCGUUCUAGACAGGAAGUCAAGCACGAAAACAGCGUAUGUUAUCUGGUAUUUCAAAAUUAAACACCAUAUGCGAACUCCCAACUGUGUAUCAGUGUGUGUAGAUGAGACUACCUGGUUAUGGAUUUAUCAGUAACACAGAACAACCCGAUGGUCAAUCCCUGAUCUAUGUGGACCCCAACAGGACUUUUAACUUUUUGUGGCAGUUUAGGCUUUAGUAUCCUACCUAUAACGUGAAACAAACAUAAAAGUUCUGGCGCUAUCUGGCACUUUUUUAUUUUGAAAAAAUCCUUUCAUGUGGCAGCAAAAGCCGUUCGGUUAUUGCUUAUAAAGUUUAGACAACAAAUCCCUUGCAACUUUUACUGUACAUCAUGAAGCAUCGUCUGCUCAUUUUUAUGUUGGUGCUGAUCUUGACUGCAUAUGAGCAGACUUUAACGGACCGCCCAUAUGAACGGCUGGGAAGACUGCAGCAAUUAAAUAAUGUAUUAAUACACGCACAUCGCAAGAGAUGCUCUUCAGUUAGACGGUCAUAUCCCAAAAGACGACAGGCAAUAAUUUCUAACUCCACGUUUGUCUCCUGCCAGACAUUAGCCGCACUUUGAUAACUUUGCCUCAGACCAAAACAGGAUAUGACAUGUAAAACUGAGCGCUUUCUGCGAUUGGUGCAGUCCGAGACCACCCCUACCAGGCGAAUCGGAGAGCGGUUGUCUAGUCCACACCAGAGUUCGAGGCUAGCGUUCACACCAACCAAAACGAACCGCACCAAGGAGGUAACCGCUCCAGGGUUCAUUUUAACUGGACUAAACAAGGUUGGUGUGAAUGCGACCAUAGAAAAUGAAACAUACUGGAUUCUGUGUAUCAAUAUGAACACUGUCUUUCCAGCUCUUCUUAUUAGCUUUGUUUAAUUGGAACUGAACUUUUUGAUUAUACACUUUAAAAGCGCAAAAGUCACAAAAACUGCUCCACGACAAUUUUAAACUGAUUGAAAUUUCUCUCUGUCACAGACAAAACAAUGAUGAGAGCAUAUGAAAGAGCACAAUACAGACUUGUUUACCAAAGUCCAGAAGAGACGGCAUAAAGCUGAGACAGACUGUGGUGUGAAGCAAAUUAAAAAUCAAUGGAAAACGCUGCAGAUGGGGGCUGCUCGGAGUUUAAAGCCCACAAUAAUAAAAGUCGAUCUGACCCCCUGCUUUCCAUGAUUAAAUGAAAGAAAUUGUGCUUGGGCUGGAAGAGAUGAGGAGCUCAGGGUUGAGAAACAUCUCUUUUCUGCGUGUCACACAGCUGGUCUUACUGAAUUUGAAGGUGCAUGUGAAUACUAGACCCCGUUAUAUCACAUGUCAUGUUAACGCUUGAACCGAUAUCUUUAAUCAUAGCGAUUUCGAUGAAGAAAUAUUUUCUAUGUAAGUAGGGCUGUAAAGUCAUAGUCAACUGGUCGACUUAUUGGUCGAUACGUGCUGAGUCAACCAAAACUCUGAUUGGUCGACUCGAUUUUUUUAUGCGUCAAUUUACAGUCUAUCAUAAAUUUCAUUAGGAGGAAUGUACCAAGUGCUAAUGGUGGUGUUUUCAGAGCACCCCCGUUUCACAGGUAAGAGCCUGUCUCAGAACAUCCCCCUUAUUUUCACCAUUUUUGGAUUCCCCCAGCCCGCUAAAGACCGGCUGGAGACAGGAAGAUUGAAGACAAUCCACGUUAAUCAACGUCCUGUGAUUUGCUGGACGUAAUAUUUGUUUAAUUGCCUUCUUGUGCUGACAUCAGAAUAUUUUCACACCGCCGAGUGGCGCUCCACCGAGUCGCGUCAUCCCCCGCCGCAGAAGGGUUUGCCGUCAGACCCCCCUAUUAGUCGACUCUUAGUCGAAAUUUUGAGGCUUUUAGUCGACCAAGAAUUUCUUUGGUUGAUCACAGCCCUACAUGUAAGCAUGUGAAGCCAAAAUACUUCCAUAAUGGGUGCUGACCAUCGUGUAAUAAAUGGACAAAGUGUUAGUGACCCAUUUGUAUGUGAAGCUGAACCACAGUUGGGCCUUAAUCCUCCUUGCAAAUAGCGACAGUGUGCCUGCCUGUCAGUCAAGUCAGCUCUCCUUACUGUAAUAUCUUAAAAAACUGUAAAAAUAAAUAAAUAAAUAACUCCCAGAACUGUAAGUGAGAGUUUACAGAAUAGAAAUAACAUCCAAGAGAGCUACACAACAGGGAGCUGAACACACUGAUGGUCAUCAGCAACAAAGGACCAAAAUUAAAGCGCUCUUUGGCAGAGUGUGUGUGUGUGUGUGUGUGUGUGUGUGUGUGUGUGUGUGUGUGUGUGUGUGUGUGUGUGUGUGUGUGUGUGUGUGUGUGUGUGUGUGUGUGUGUGUGUGUGUGUCCCAGCAGAGCUCAUUGUAGGUUUAGAAAUUUUGUAUCAUGCUGAUUAUUGUUUGUCCUGCUGCUGUAAAAUUAAACACACUAAAGGUUUAUAUCAAGCUGCAGAAAAUGUCCUACUUCUGUCAGCUGUUUAGUGUAAAUAUUAAUACGUUUUUUUUUAGCAUAAAUGCAUACAGAACAUAUCUGGGGCUGUCCUCGUGGAGAUCCUCUUCCUGGCAGGGUGCUGUGUCAACACAAAUACACACCAAAAUCAAAGAGAGACACACGGUUAGUGACUAGAUAAAGACUGAUGAACAGGACAAGUAACAAAUGCAGUCCACACAGUAAAGUACUCCCCAGUUUAUUCAUGCAUCACACAAGGGAAAGAGCUAUUUAGACACACGUACACAAACCUACACACCACCUGCCACACGUCAAGAACAGUGCUACCGUGACACCCGUCAUAGAUGCACACACACCCAAAUGGAUUAGGCAGAAUUAUUAGAAUGGAAAUGCAGCAGCAAUGUGUUUCACAGUCUGUGGCUCUCCUCUGUCAGUGCUGAGUUAAGCUGAACAUCCAACGUACGGGCAGAGGAAGCCACUGGAGCGGAGCAGUGAGGAGCUGGCAGGCCAGGAGAACCUCGCUCAACACACACAUAUACACACAUAUGCACAUACACACACAGCUGGCGGAUUAGCUCCCUGCAGCAGCACACAGCAGUGCUGCAAAGAAGAGAUGUCAGUUUUUAAGUGGCCAUUUGUUAAGUUCGGGCAACAACAGAAACAUUAGUUUGAGGAACAAGGGACGCAUUAUGCAAAUCAGGCGCAAAAGAAGUCUGAAGCUGCUCUUCUCUCCUCAGUUACUCUCCUCGACAUCUCCUCUUCCUCUCCUCCAUGCUUGUUGAUCAAAGGAUUUUUCUUAGUGGUUGCUGUUGUGUGACGGUCAAUGCCUGUGUUUUACUUCUUCUCGGGUUUGUUGUUGCGCCUCGUUUUUCUCACUUUAGCUUCCAAGUUAAAGUUUUUAUUGGAUCCAAACCUGCCACUUUUGAUUUCUCGUCUUCUUUCUUCUCUUUUCAAACUUUUGCCUGACUUCCCGAGUUCUUGUACCUUGCUAAUUAGAGAAAACUUGAUGUACGCUAAUUGUUCCUUCGUUUAUGUCAUAGUCUUCUCUAUUAUGGGACUCCCUGUGCUCGCUGAUAAGACCCAAAGGGGAUAGGAGAUGGUUAUUCUGUGUGAGAGAGAGUGUAUUCUAGUUGCCACACCGCAGAUAAAGAAGCUCAGUCAAGAGACUUGUUUUCCACUGAUUGGUUUAAGGGGCCCUCUGGGUGUUUGGGGUUACUACUGAGCACUAUUGGGAAGCGGGUGUAGCGGAUACACAAGGCUGAGACUCCCACCGGACCACACGGUUUGUACAGUGAAAGAAAAAUUAUUGUUACCUGACAAAUAAAAGACAAAGUUGUUUUUGGAAAAGGAUCCCAGUAAAAUCCACUUUUCUGUCACACAUGCUGGCUGACAGUGAAGGAAAUGGGUAGUUGAAAGACAGGCGAACGGAGAUGAGGGAUAGAGCGAGAGGGGAGAGUUAUUGUCUAUUAGAGAAUUAUGGUCCCGGGCAGCUGUCCCCGCAGUAGCCAAGCCAAGACAGAAAGCCAUUGAUUACACACCCUGAAGGACACUGGAGGGGGUUGAUGGCUGUCGGAGGAAGAGCAAAGGAGAGGGACGGAGAGAGAGAAGCGACAGAGCUGAUGACAAGAACAAAAUGGAGAAAUCUGCAAAGUCUCAAGGAGCGGGGGGGAUCUGAUCCAGCAAAAAUCAUCAACACCUCUUGAUUUCUGAUUCCUUUUUUUUCUCCGUCUGUCACACUCACAGCUCCAUCACUCAGAUUCAUUGAAAUGGCUUAAAAUAGGCGCAGCAGGAACAUGUUAUUUUACAUCCCUCUCUCUCUCUCUCUCUCUCUCUCUCUUUCUCUCUCUCUCUCUCUCUCUCUUUCUUUCUGUCUCUGUGCCUCCUUCUUUAUCCCCUCUUGCUUUCUGUGGUGGAUGCAUCUUGGCAAUAACAUAUGGAGUAGGGCGAACGUUUUUAGCUUAAUGAGGAUAGUUUAGACUUGGCAGGGAGUUGGGCGUAGAUCGAACACCGGCGCUUAGAGAAAAUCUCUCCCCUGGGUUUUCUUUGUUGCAUCACCCAUUAAUUUUGAGGCACGCUCUCCCUGAAAAACACACAAACUAAUACUUAAGCAGAGGGAGGUAUAUUCAUACACUUACACAUGCGUGAGCUAAGUGGCUAACUGUUGGCGCAGAGGCCAGGGAAGAGGCUGCCGCACAAAGGAGUAGGAGCACUUUCUGUAAAUAGUGUGUGUAUUUGUUCCAGCAGGGGGGCUUUGUUCCUUUGGGCAGCCGUGCUUUAAAAGGAAAGUUGCUUCCUGGGACAGAAUAUGAACUGCCACACCAUUUGCAGAGCUUUUAGAGAACAGACUCGAUCACACGCCCAGGCUCUGUUGUGCUUUUACCAGCAAUCAGCAGCACUUUCUUUGAAGGCUCAUCAUUAGUCAAAUAAAAAGCCCAUUUGACAAUCUGUCCUCCCUAACAUCUUCUCUCUCUUCUUUUUCAUACAUUUAGAGUCCUCCUUCAUGGUGUCGGCUGUUUCCAGGACGCCAUCCGUCACCUUUGGAGACUCAUUUGACCUCCUUUGCCUGGUCAAGCCUCGCCACAACCCCCGUGUCCCCACCUCGGUUACCUGGCGCUUCAUGCCGGCCGGUGCAGAAUCAGGCGAAGAGGAGGAUCAGGGAGAGUUCAAAGACCUGGUGACUUUCACCCGUGAGGGCACACUGCAGUGGGGGGAGCAGCUGCUGGGGCUGGGCACACGCACAACGGUCGACCGCUCGCACUCCAACACCAACUUCCGACUGUCGGUGACCCAGGCAGGGAGACGCGAGGCUGGCAAGUACCAGUGCACCGCCGUGCUUUGGAGGAGGAAUUACGACAACAGCUGGAGCAGAGUGGCCAACCGCACCUCCAACCUGCUCGGCAUCAGUGUCCUACAGCCAGGUAAAGCUGCGUGGCUGCUUGCCAGACGCACACACACACACACACACACACCUAAUUGGAGCAGACACAGACGAGCACACAAACAAGGAAAAACACAGAAUCACACUCACACACAUGCUCACAUCUAGUGAAUUCAGUGGAGCUUAGAGGAUUUCUGGCAGCUCUAAUUGCUCUAAGUCUCUGGUUUUAGCCACUAAUUGGAGUGUGUGUGAGUGUGAGAGUGUGUGUGUGUGUGUGUGUGUGUGUGUGUGUGUGCGCAGGGCAGGGUGGAGUCUCCUAAUGGAGCGCACGGAAUGGAUUGCUAAAUAUCCCACAGGAAGAGGAAAAAACGAGUGAAAGGGGUAAAAAAAGGAAGCAAAGCAUGGAGACGGAGAGUGAGGGAGUGAUAAAGGGAGAGAGAGGGAUCUGUCCUUGAACCUCUUUCCUCAGUGGAGGCAUUAAACUGUCUACGCCGCCCUCAUUGGUCCUUUGUGCUUCAUACACACACACACACAGAAAAACUCAGUCAGACUCGGCCCAAUUAGAGCCUCAACAACAAACACACACACAGACGUAGACAAACACACACUGGCCCAAUUUAGCCCAGUCUGGUUGUACCUCAACAGUGUGAUACUUCAUUUAUCCAGGUAGACGUGCCCGAGGCAAAUACUCAUCCUGUUGAUAAGAAAAGAAAGAACUCACCGUUGUAUCUUUGAAAGCAAUCCAGCGAAGCAUCCUGGUACCUGAAGUACCAACAUGGUCCAGAUUUUGUUGGAUUUGGCAGGAGAAAUACGAGAACAGUGUGAGUGUGGGGGAGGAAAAGUAGGGGGUUGAACUUCUGAAAUGACAAUGUUUGUAACAUUACACUCGUGAUCAUGAGUGGAUUAGAUUUAGACUCACAGAAGUUUUCUUUCUUCUCCUCCUUGCAGGCAGGCUCGGUGUUCAGGUGAGGAUAAGUAAGAGACUUUAUUGAGUCCAGAGUCAGACCGCGGUGAUCAAUAUCUUUCUCAAAGUGAGCCAGCCGAAUGUAGCCACAUGUACAGUAUAGAUAGUCUCUAAUUCCCCGCUGCUAUUGAUUCAGAUAAACACACACAAGAAUGCAAACGGUCCUAAACAGACUCUCACACACAUUCAGAAGCAGCACAGUUCAGACAGUGCGCUUCUUGCCUGACUGAUUCUGCUCUGACCUUAUGCAUUCACGCAGAACGCACAGCGUCCCCGGACCCUUCAGGAGGUAUUUGAAAAUCGACUUAUCAUCCUGAAUGCUCAUUUACCUCCUCGCUAGGUGCAGUUUACAUUGUUUAUCCUCAACAAGAAAAGUCUUAAAGGCACACUCACACACAUAUACUCACUCACAUACACACACACACACACAUUUUGCAGUGGAAUAAAUACUUCUAUGGUCCUCCUCCCACUCUAUUUCCUCACCCUGUCUCCAUGACAGAGUGAUCAGUUACCUUGGUAAUGCCAUCAGUAACUGUGACGAUGUGAUCAGUCGCUGACCGAAAGCCAAUCAGUUACCAUAACGGCGCGAUCAUUCUGUGUGUAAGGGCACUAUCUCACAGGGGAGAGAGUGUGAGUAAUUCCUUCAUCUUAUUGGUUACUGAGGCCCGGCUCAGGCUUGUUCAUGCCGAGUUUGUCUCUUUAUUUUUUUUAUGGAGGGGGGGGUUGUGCAGAGCAGACCUUCAUUUAGAAAGAUGAUUCAUUUGUCAGAAUGUAGGACGUCUGUCUUUGCCUCACGCCUUUCCUCCCCAUCUGCUUUCCUUUUCCCUAAAUGUUAACCACUCCUGGCUAAACGAGCGGCUGGCAUUUUUGCAGCUCCUCUUGCUCUCUCAAAAGAAGAAGUGGGAUAAAGGGGGGUGUGUGUGUAAUGAGGUGUGAGCAAACACAGCACCUGACCAGAUUCAUUAUUGAGAGACUUUAAAUUGUGCUUUCAAAAGGCACCUGCUCAAUAUGUAUGAGCCGCUUCACCAGCAUUAUGUGUGCAUAUGUACAUGCGUGUGAGCAUGACUCAAGUUCCUGCAUGACUGCUCUUGCGCCCCAUGUUUCUUCUGAUGUUCCUCUGAGAGCUUUCAUAUGCUUACUCUGCAUACGUACAGAAGGCCACCUCAACCCUGACACUAAAGCAGAAGUGUUUCCUCAGCUUCCUUAUGCACCAUAAACCAUAUUCCCACAUCGGCCAUCUACUUAUAACAUCAUGCUCAAGGUGGGAAACACAAAAUGUUUAUUUUCUUUAGGGCUGCUGCAAGUUACCAGUAAUGACUGUCACCGUCCACAUUCAAAAUAUGUAGAUAUUGGUAUCCUGCUAAAAAUAAGCAUACUGUAAAUUUAUACUGGUCCUUUCUGGGGUGCAUUGGCUGCGUUAUCACAGACAACAUCUCGGUACUAUUUAGUAGCAGCUCAUUCCCCUUGUAAUAACCCCCGUACCCCAUAAAACUGUUGUUCAGGACUGCUUACUGGUGCUUUCUACCCAUUCGGCUACUGCAAUAACCGUUGUUCUAGCCUACAUGCAACAUUUUUGUUCUCAUUCAUGAAACGCUUAAAUCGGGGACAUUUUCAUGUUGGCGACCGCUUCUUUCUCUAGUUAUACCAACUUUAGUAACAAAGGCAGGAUAGCAAUAUACAGCAGUCUGAGGAGCAAUAAAAAAACCUCAACCAAAACGCCACUCUAUAGCCACAAAUAAUGUUCAGAACAGCACCUAACUUCAUCAAGAGAACAUAUAGGGUCCCAGCCAUAGUUCUAGCCAUCAAACAUCUUUUUAUCUUUGCCUAAUUUCUUUAGCAAAGGGACUAAACACAACUCACCUACUCUCUUCCAGCAGCCGCUUGUUUGUAGCGAGACCUCGGGCCAGUCCAUUACGGACUGCUGCGUGGGGUGACGCAGCUCAAUGAAGAACAUUUAUGAUAAUUUCCUCAUGGAAAUGCAAUCAGACCGAGACACUAAGGCAGAAGAACUACCGCGUCUGCAGUGCAAAAUGAUUAAUAUGAUGAUUAUUACUUCAAGGAAAUGAUAAAGUAUUGAUCAUAAAAGUUCUUUCUUGAGCUGCGUCACCCCGCAGCAGUCCAUAAUGGACUGGCCUGAGGUCUCGCUCACAAACAAGCAGCUGCUGGAAGAGAGUAGGUGAGUUGUGUUUAGUCUCUUUGCUAAAGAAAAUAGGAAACGUUAAAAAGAUGUUUGGUGGCUAGUACUAUGGCUGGGACCCUAUAUGUACUGUUGAUGAAGUUAGGUGCUGCACUGAGCAUUAUUUGUGGCUUUUUGGUUGAGGUUUGUUUAUGGCUUCUCAGACCACUGUGUAUUGCUUUCCUGCGGUCGUUACUAAAGUUGGUAUAACUAGAGAAGCAAGCGGUCGGCAACAUUCAUCUCUUGAGGGGGUGUGUUUGACCCUAAAUUCAUUUUACGCUGGAAUAUCCCUUUAAGACCAUAGGUGUAAUGGUUUAAGUUGUGACUUUGUCUACUUGUGACUUUUGGUCAAAUGCUUAUGUAUUUGUCAUAGUAACAGGGUUGCCACAUUCUGCCACUCCUUCAACUGCUGUCUGCCUGCACAGUACAUAAACAUCAUAUCAUUUAAUUUGGCUAAUUAGCAUAAUAUUGAAAUUAACACUAAUUGUUGUAGAAUUGUUCACCAGGAAGUGGCUGAAUACUAACAUGAGCUGUGCUCUGUUUUUAGCAUCUGGACGUUUUUAUACAAACUACUACAACCUGGAACUCUAAAUUAAUGCAUAAUGACAAUUUGAGUUUUCUACCCUGAUGUCACAAAACAAUGGCUGCUGUGUAAAUUUGAUCUACUACACCUCCAUGUUGAAUUCAGAGGGUGGACAAGUAUGCGUGCAGCACAUAAGAAAGUCUGCAAAAGAGCGUGGACUGAUGCUCCUCCUCAUUAAAUUAUUGCAGAGCUUCAAAAGCUGAGAAUGAAACUGCAUCAGAUGUAGAGCCCUUGAUCCAACAUCCAUGGGUGUUAGAUCAGCAGAAGCUGAAAGAAAAAAAAGUUGGAUGUAGAUAAAAGAAAACCAACCCCACACAGAAGCCGGUCAGCAUGACGUUUUUUUGUCAAACCAGUGAGGUGCCUGUAGCUCACCCAGGCCUACUUCCUGCUCCAGAUUGUGUUAGAAGCGCUCUGCUCGUGUUGGAGUCCCAGGGGUCAUAUCAGCAGAGUUCACCACACACAUCCAAGAUUUUAAUGUUCAUUGUGAGGGCAACCCUGUGCAGCAGUUUGGUCUGAAUUACCCACUACAGGCUUCCUGCUGAGAACAGCCUACUGCACACACAGGAGCACAAACAUGUACACAAGAGCAUGGAGAACAUGGAUACACACUGUGAGGAGCAGGAGGAGGAGGAGGAGGAGGAGGGGCUUACAUCCCCGGGGCAAAAGUGUAAUUAUCUUAUGCUAGUGCACAAUUCAAUAUUAGCCCUCACAGCUGAGGGAAUCCACAAAACACACAAAAAACACACACUAAACAACAACAACAACACACAUACAGUGGCAGUGAUAUUAGAUUCCACCUGAUUGAGUUUUCUCUUUUUCUGUUUCUGAAAUGCAAUAAUGGCAAACACAUGUUCAGCAUGGCAGAUCACCAGGGAAGCCUCUGCCUCUACGACACAAUCUAAUAUCAUCCCCUCAUAACUCAAACCACUCACACACACACACGAAAACACACUCUUCAUCAUCUCUUCCAGUACACACACACACACUCUCACACACACACAUAGAGAAAAAAACUAAUUAUGCUGAAUCUUCCCUAAUGGAACCGGAGUUUAGAUUAAUGAUGGUUUUGGGAGUUCAAUACGUUUUUCUCAUCAUUAGAGUGUGAGUAUGUGCACUUUUCGUGCACGUGUGCGUGUGCGCCUGGCACGAGGAGUGGGAUAUUAAGACCGUCUGGUUAUUGGCUGAGCUGGAAUGAUGAUGGUGAUGAUGGAGGGGAAAAAGGGGGGGUGUUCCAUUUAGAGUUUCAGCUCAUCCCUCCCCGCACACCUACGCUCAGCUGGCUACCUUUCACUCACAUGAUCAAACAUCACGACGCAGGGAAGAAUCCCUUCACUUUUUUUUUUAUUCUCGUAUUCUUACCCGCGCUCUUGUCUUCUGCUUUGUGGUUUUGCUUUGAGUUAGAGAAUAAAUGUGUCUCCUACUUUCUCCGGCUUAAUCUGGUCCCUCCUCAUGAGCUCUGCCUGUCCCUGAAUGUUCUUCAGGGUAUCUUCCCAUUUAAUUUGGGCUGGCACUAGCAGAUGCUGCAUGUGCUCUCCUUUCAUGCCAGCGAAGCACUUGCCACCCAGACGUUAUUGAUAGCAGAGGCACCCGCUGCGGUGAUGGGAGAUUCCUGCUUAUCAGGGCAUGGAUAGGAGCUGUCUAUCUUCAUUAAGGCCUCGCCGAUCACCCUCGUGUCCUCCUUUCUCUCCCUUUCUCUCUUUUUCAAUCUCAGCUCUUCCCGCAGUUUGUUCUCACUCUCCCCAUAACUCUCUUUUAAUGUCUUCUUUCCCCUUCACUCUCACUUAGCCGCAUGUUCCCCCUCCCCGCACGCCCCCAGCUUCUUCUUCUUCACUCUUGUGAUUUUUCAAUAUUUUAUAAUUCCCUGCUGCUGCCCCCCUCCUUCUCCUCUUCAUCAUCCGCAUAAUUCUCUCCAUUAUGUUUACAUUUUUCUUCAAACAGCUUCUUCACUAUUGUCAGUGUUUCAUAAAUGAUAAGGCUAUUUCAGCUCUGCUCCCUCACACACACACACAAAAGCAGCUUUAUCGUGGUGUUGUUGCUGAAGGUGUCGGGGUUGUAAAUGUUUCCACUGCCCUGUUUUACAGCAGCAGAGGAUACAGUUUGGUUUUCGCCCACAGGCUCACCCGAGGCAGGACCCCUGUGCAUGGGCUCUCUGUAUGACUCCAACACUUAGUGUGAUCCUCCUACAUACACUUUAUACAAGUCAUACACCCAAAUUCAGAGGGCGCGUGCUGUCUUUAAGUCAGAACACUCGGGGUCGCACUGGGUGAUGAAUGAGGAGCCUUUGAGGGGUGCGCUGAAACAGAAAAUAAUUUCAUAAACCGGCUUGAUUAAUCAUGUCUGAGUCCAGCACUCAAGGUCAGACUCCUUCCCUGUGUCUUCUUCCUCGCACACAUUUUUCUGUCAAACCCGAUCCGAUCCAGGCCUCAUUUCCCUGUUCUCUCCGAUCUGUAAACACAAUGUGAUCUCUGUAUUGUGUUCCUCUCAUGCACCUGUGUGCGUGUGUGCAUGUCUGUGUUUGCACGAGCUCGUGUGUCCUGCUGCUGCUGUAAUUGAAGUCGUAAGUCAGCGCUAGCUAUUGUGCUGCUGCCCCCCAUGUAAAUCAGAGGCUAAUAGUAGGAGCAGAACAAGAGGAGGCUGAGCAAUGUUGCCUUCUGAAUACAGACACACACACAUAAACACACACACACACACACACACGCCAACCUCUGGCCCCCGUGCACUGAAUGACCACUCUUCCCUGUCUUUUAAUGAGUGUAAUGUGUUUUAUGCUUAUUGGCAGACCCCCCCCUUCAAGCACGCACAGGCGCACAGUUCAAUCUGAUAUGUCUUUAUGCUCUUCCCUCUGUGCCUGCGUCUUUUUAGGGCUAUUAAUCUCCCAGAGUUCCCCUGCCCUGACCCUCCCACUGCCUCACCCCCCUCCCUUUUGUGCAUCCGUUUUACUGUCGGGGCAGCCUGCGUCCAGCAAUCACUCUCCCAGACAGGCAGGCAGGCAGGCAGGAAGAGGGAAAGUGCCGCAAGUGCAUCAGUGUGUUCCUACUGAUGGUGUAGAAUAGAGAUUAUAUUUGUGGAGGUUGUGUGUGUGUGUGCAUUUGUGUGUGUGUGUGGGGCUUGUUUUAGUGUGUUCAAGGCUGCACAGAUCCCAUAAUUAGCCCAUUCUUAAUGUUAUUAAAAAGGGAGUUGCAGAGGGGAGGAAUGAGGAGUGGUAAUAUCCCUCUGACACAAUGGGAUCACAGAUACAUCACAGUCAUUAGCAUAGAAAUUAGGCUCCCAGUUAGACAGAGGAGCUACUUUUCAGCCAGGGGAACCCCAUCCUUCAUCGCCUCAGACUUACAGCCCCACUCUGAUCUAUGUCCCCCAUGACAGGGGUCCAGACGGGUUCUGGGAUGUGCAGCACUUUGUGCGCGUGUAUAUCUUUCUGCUGCACAGUAGUCGCAGAUGUUGCCAAGAAUUAUCGAGCCGUUCUGGGGAUCGGGGCGUGUCUAAAGCUUCCAGUCCUGACAUGCUCGGGGUCUUGGCCGUUGGAUUAGCCCAGGGCUGUGCUAAUGCUAACGCUAAAGGCGGAGCAGGCAGCCUUUAAGACUAUAAGUCCUCUAGAGUGGAGCUUGAGAGACUGCUUGCUGCUUUUUCUGAAAUCCCCCCAGGAGCAUGUCCUUACUUUCUGUCUUUUACAUCUCUCUCAUCUUCUCCAGGCACCCUCCCUCUCUCUCUCUCUCUCUCUCUCUCUCUCUCUCUCUCUCUCUCUAUCUCAUUUCCCUGCACUCUGUUGGGAGGUGAAUAUCUUUACAAUUUUGGUGAUACAUCCCUUAACUCUGCCACUUUUCCCUCGCUUUAAAAAAUCCCACCCACCCCUCUUUUUCUCUCUACCUUUCUACUUUUAGUCACCCCUCUCAUCUCUUUAUGUCUCUUUAUUCUCUCCACUACCGCUCAAUCCAGCCUCAUUGAAAUAAGUGGAAGCAUUACAUCUGUGGCCCAGUGGAAAGGUUGUCAGCUCGGUGGUCAUUAAGUACAUAUUAGACUAUUUCCAAAAAGGCUGAAAACGCACCAGCAUCUCUGCUGUGUGCACUUAAUUUAGGCCUCAUUCAUAUUCAUAAACCCGCAGGUGAGGCUGCUGAAUAUUCAUGUAAACGUCAGGUGAUUAGCGUGAUCAAGAGAGGAUAGAUCAUGCUAACACGGGAGGCAAGGAAGAGGGGAUCAUUGGUCAAAACAAAGGCUGUGAUGAAGCAGAUGUUUCAACAUCUAAUGCAGUCUUGUAUUAAACCGCUUCACCUGGAGCAGCGGCGUUAAACAGAGACGGAAAAUGAAUAGAAUUUCCUCUGUUGCCGAAGAAUAAAGCAUGACACUCUUUGAUUCACAAUCGCAGGCUGUAUUCUCCUCCUCUCAACGCUCGGCCGAGCCGUUUCCAAGCUCCUUUGAUGUUAUCCUUAACAAUUUUUUACAAGCCUGUGUGUGCGUGAGCUGAGGUUUGUGUGUGCACUGACUUGUCACAGACGCAUCCUUAGCUGUACUCUUCUCCCUUCCCCUAAGACUCCAAACUUUCAUCUCUCGCUCCUUCAUAAACAACUCUUGUGUAGUAGUUCAGUUUUUCGGGGUGCUCUGGGUGCACUUAGAGAUCUUCUUCCUCAUCAAAACUGGGCUCGUGUUUGUAGCCUUUGUGUGCUUAUGUCCGCUGAUAGAUAAAAAGAAAACAGUCUCUCAGCUUUGCAGUUUUUGCAGCCAAUAAAUGAGACAAAUUGGGCACACAUGAGAAGGGGGUUAGACGUGGGUUCAAUGGGCCAAUUACAGAGUGUUUUGUGUGGGUUUUUGUGUCUUUGCUGGACAUGCGGUGUCGACACAUUAAAUUUGAGCUGCCAAAACACAACUUCUUUCAGCGCUUAGGUGGGUUUGUCUGUUAACAUCUUCCCUCCAUGAGAAAACAGAGUGUUUUUCUGCAUUUACAGCUCAGAAAUAGAACUUUUAAUUAAUCUUUUCAUGCAAACAAAAGCCUCUUGUUUAAUCGCUCUUUUCUCACUGGAACAUAAGAUCAGCAAGGUCCUCCAUACUGUGCUGAUCCUGGAGACAAGGUUGCCCUGGAAACCACAGCAGCAGGUGAAAUGUAUGAGAGGCUGUCAACAUUUUUAUGCCUCCAAGUGCUUCCAAAUUAGCAGUGAGUGUUUAUCUCCAACCUGAUUAUACAGAGAGAGAAAAACAAACUGACCGUUUCAUUUCUAUCGGAGGCCAGAUUUGACUGGCACCUGAACUAAUGCAGAGCAGCAAGAACAACUGUUUCCAAUUACGGGUUUGUCUUACUUUGUGGAUUCACCCAUGAGGCUUAUCAUAGAAACACACAGAGGCAAAAGAACAUGUGAUUGCACUUACAAAAGGUAUAGACACGCAAACACUGCUCGUACUGCGUGUGCAUGUCGAGUCUUGCCAUGUAUGAUUGAAAAGGCUCCCCAUGUUGGCUCUCUUCCCACGGCAUAUCGAACACAGCCUCAUCAAUAGCUCGUUUCUAAAAGCACCGCAUGCUGAAAGUACACGGUAAAAGAUUUUUAGUCUGUUUCUGCUGCUUGCGUCUGCAGAUGCAUUGAUGUAACUGUGCGCAGCCUGGCUGUGUACUGUAGCUGCAGUCAGAAACCUCACUCUCAGCGGGAAUGGACACACGUCAAAGGAUGUGACAGGCCGGUCUGUGAAGUCGCUGUUCUCUGGAUUCUGCAGAGACUUUGGGGUCGUUUUGGGACAUAAAACAACUCUAACUCUUUGCUGUAUUUCUCUUCUGUCUCUCUGCCCUUUGCUUUCCGCUUUUAUUAGUCUGUCUUUCUCUGCUUGAGCAAGUUCUUAGUUAUAAUAACUUGUAAUAGCUCAUGAUGCAGCCCAAUAAAGCUUGAAUAAUUAGCCUAUUUUAGCUCUGAAAAGACAUUUCUGUAAACACUGGUGUAUGGCAACAGGCUUUUUCAGCCCGUGUUAGUUUUUUUUUCUCCUGGCUGCAGAUUUCAAACUUCAAAUGGUAAGCAGCAGAGAAUUGCUUUGUCCUGUGCCAAUCCAAUCCUGCAUGGUUCCACUUCAGGAGGUUCAGAGGUAAUUCUCCUGGAAAAAAAGGAAAAAAAAAAAGAUUGCCAGGAUUCCGCAGGGCUCUGCGGUAAUUCCGGAUGGAGACAUUUUCGUCAGGCUUCCUACCAAGAAUUCUCUAGUGGGAAGUGAGGCAACUAUGAUGACUAAUUUGAGAUGCUAGCUCAGGAUAUCUUUGCACAACGGCAUGGUCCGACGGUGCCUUGCAGUAGGGCAUCCUUUAAAUGCAACCAUGUGCUAUUAUAUGUAAAGAGUGAAUAUGUAGAAUGACAAAUGGGGAUUAUUUGAGCAUGCACAGUAAUCUGCGGAUGAGGGUGAGGUUUAUUUGAGCAGAUGGCUGAGACCCUAGGCAGUCUAUCAGUCUGUCAGUCAUAGAGGAGCCGAGCAGGAGAAACCGGGGUGCAUGAAGUUUGAAGAAAGAGGGUUUUUUUAUGGUGCGAAAUAAAAUUUAGAAAUUUAAACAGGUCAGAUUUAUGUCAGUAUAUAAGUCAGAGAACAAACUUUGCAAAUAUAAAGCGUUUGAAGAUUUAUUUUCCUAUUGAUUCUCCUCAGCGUACUUUUAAAAGUUCAACCAUCGACACAGAAGCAUCACAAAAACCAUGCUGAGAAGAUUCAGCCAAUAUAGAAACUGCACCUGAAGUCCUUUGACAGUCUGAUGUAAUUGUAAGAAAACAGGAGUAAAAGAAACUCAACAUAACAUGCUUUCAUUUAUUUAAUACUAUAGGUAAGAAAGAAUGUAUAGUGAGCAGUAUAACCACCUGCUCAGUGGGCAUUAUACCUCUUAUUAACUUAACUAAAGAUAUAAACAAAUUAACAAAAAUUAUUUGGUAACACUAUCUCUAUAACGCAUUAUAAAUAUGUAUAAUGCAUUAUAAUCACGUUAUAGCACCGUAUAACUAUAGUUAUAAACACUCUUAAAUGACCAUAAUGCUUUACAGCAAUAAUCAUAACACAUUAUAAAGCAUUUUAUCAUGACUUACAAGGUCAGGUAUUAUAAUGUGUUAUAUCUGUUAACAACUCACUGACAGUGCCUACAUAGAUAAUGCAAUGCAACUGUUAACGCAUUAUACAUAUAUUUAUCAUGCGUUAAAGAGAAAGGCGUCAAAUAAAGUGUUACCAAAUAUUUUAAGAUGGUCCAAUUGACUCAAAAAUGAUUUAUCUGUAGCAAAGUAAAGUCUGUUUGAAACAGCUCUCAUCACAGGGCAAGGUCACAAAAAAAUAAAAAAAGAGAAAUAUGAUAAUACAUUGUAAUAAUAAUAACAAUAAAAUGUAAAAAAAGGUAUUAAAUCAUAUGGUACAGUUAAAAAAUGUCCCUAACACUGCUGCUUCUGGUUCAAGCUGCUUUGUAGGGUUUGGCAACUCAGAGAUGCACUCACCAUCCCUGCCUCUGGUGCGUGGAUUGCAGGACAGGAGAUUGCUUCACUCUUCCCUAUCAGCAGCGCUCAGUAGCUUCAGGUUUCUCCCUCCACAGCUGUGCCCGCUGACUGUCAUUAUUCUCCGACUCUCAAGGCCUGCCUGAGAUGGAAAUUAACAUUUCUUGCCACAGUGUCACAGCCAGCGAUGAAAUAUGCCGAAGCACUUUUCACAGAUUGAUUUGAUAGGUUGUCCUUAGCCUGGCUUUCAUCGUUAUGAAUUAAUAAUUAUUGUUUGCAUUUUUUGAUUCAAGUACUGAAAGCAGCCUGGUCAUAAAUAAGAAAGCAGAGUAAUAAACAACACUAAAUACUUCAGCUGUUUAUGUGUUACCAGAGUCUGUAAAUUAAAAUCAACAGAUUGCUUCAAAAGUGCAUUUCAUGGGCUUUUUGUGCAAAUAUUUAUUUUUAAAGUGUCUCGUGGGAGAUCAUAUGCUGUUGAGUCACCUGACAUGUGUGUCAUUCUGACAGAUCUGACACCCAUCAGCUCUCAGAUCCAAAAAUAGAGGAUCCCACUCAAAAUGGCAAACUGGCACUCUGCAGUUGCAUGGCUGCUGCUGAGAUCAAUUAAGGGAAUUUGUUUCCCCAAUAUGGGCUCAGCCAACAAACAGCUCUUGGCUCUCUGUCAGCGUGUCAACACUAGAAAGUGCCACCAAUCAAAAUGCUUAUUGUUCAGGGUGAGGAUUGUUGUUGCUGAUAGGGAUGGUGUGCACUGGAUCUGUCAGUUCCAGUCAGAUUUCUCAUUUUAUUCCAGCUGUGGGCUAUUUGUUGGAGUGCAAGUGAAGACUCCCGUGAUUGUGGUUGCUUGAGUUGAAUCUUGCAUAUCUGUUUAUGAUCUCGCUUGUGUUGUUGGCUGAGUCAUUUCUAAGAAUGUUAAAUGUAAGAUACAGAUGGUUCAAUGGCAUGAAGGACUGCAGUAAUCCUCCUCCUGAGCUUUUUUCCUGCACGGCCCUGGUCGCAGUCACACCUGAUGUAUCUGCAGCUAAUCCCGUCCCAAAACCGAUGUCCCUGAAAGUGAAUCCUGUCACAGCUCUCAGCUGCUUCCUAACAUCUCAGUCACACUUCUCCAUCAUCUCCUUCCUCUCCUAUCUGCUCUCUUCCUGCCCUUGUUUGACUUUCUAAAUGAGUUCCUCCUUCUCCUCCCUCUUUUUUUCUGGCAGACUGACAAACUCUUUUUUUUAUCUUGUAUCUUUCCUAAUUAUAUCCAAAGCCCCAUGUUACAAUCCACCACCCUCUUCUUCACCUAUGCCUCUUUUCUGCUCUUCUCUGUAUCCUACAUUUCCGCAUUGAUACCAACAGACAUCCCAUUCUCUUGGCUUUGAUUUUCCUGACAUUUCCUCCUCCUUUCUCUUUCCAGCGUGCGUCUUUCUUUCCCUUUGUCACCUGCUUUACCCGCCCACGCACCACUAUCUUUUCCUGCCCUGCUGCCACCAGAAAUAAACCCAGCUACAGGUCGUCUGUCACAAAACAGAAAUUGCAUUGUGUACCUGUCACCGGCGCUCACUUUUCCCUGCACCCAAAGGAAUGACUGUCUCCUCUUUCUCCUUCCCCCUCCCUCUUUUCCUGAUUUCCUUUCAGAGAGCAAGCUCCGAGUGCAAAAGACCAACCAGUCCCAGGUGUAUUUGGAGGACAGCCGAGUCAGGAUCAAUUGCUCCAUUGCCUCCCAGACCAGCCGGGAUUCCCAGCACGCAGUGCUUUGGUAUGUGAGGCGAGCGACCGGGUCAGAAGCAGAUGAGCUCCUGCUGAGGAUUGAAAGAUCGGGGGCCUUUGAAUACGGCGCCUAUGCAGAGGAGGAGAGACUGCGACGUAGAGUCCAGGCGGAGAGGCUGUCACCCCGCCUGUAUGUGCUGACGCUGAACCGGGCGGAGAACAGCGACUCUGGAACGUACUACUGCCUGGUAGAGGAGUGGCUGAGUGACCCAGAUGGAGCCUGGUAUCGAGUCUCCAGGGAGUCAUCGGGGUUCACACAGGUUCUGGUCAAACAGCCAGGUGAGCAAAGAUCAAAGCUGUUGUUUCUGUAUCAGAAAGCUUAUUUGUUCCCUUGAACAGGAGACAGCAGCUGCCACUUUAGCCACACAUGCUGCCCUUUAAUACACCAGUUUAAACACUGUCAACCCAAGCCCUGGUCCAAAUAGUGCAGGCUCCUCUCCCACAUGAUCUGCUCAAGGCCGCCCCGCUUUCAUGAACUUACACCUGCCCCAGGCAGAACUCAGGUGGCAAAAAAUUGGGUUGAAGUGAUGCCAGCUGUCAUAUGCAAUGCCAGAAGGCAGAGUCAGGCCCAGACGGGGGAUCUAAUCCUCUUGUCUAUUACUCAAAAACUUCCAAAGCGCUCAAAACCAUGAUGUACCGUCUGCCACCCAAGCACUGACAUCCCACCCCAGGACAGUUUCACUCCUUUAUUUUUAUCCUUCAAUGACUGAACCCUCCUCUCAAGCCCUCCUCCACAGCAGAACCUCAUGCCCUCAAUUACAACUAAAUAAUAACAAUCCAUCGGCCCUUGAUUUUAACCUUUUCUGUGAACCCUCUUAAAACAAAAGCGAAGGGUGACUUUUCAAAUAUCUCUGAGAGCAGUGUACCUUUAUCAGGUGUCCUCUUUAAAAUGCAGAGUGAAAUCCCUGACUCAGCGCUUGUCUAAUCGAACGAUAGAACAGUCUGGUCUUCAGCGAGAAGGGCAGGGAAAAUGCUGAUUUUUUAAAAUGUAUAUGUAAACAGUGACACUAUUAAAGCAGUUACAAAGAAAUCAGUGAGUUUAUCCACCGUGAGUUUGACCUGAGUGUCUGACUCUCUUUAGUUUCUCUUUUAACUCAGAAAGUUAACACUCCUGGGUUAUACAUAUUAAAUAACUCUUUACUUUUAAUGAUAUAUGACCUUGUACAUACAUGAUGAAUAGUAUAUGUUGUAUAAACACUGUAGAUAUUCAUAAAGUGCUAAAAAAUGCAUUCAUUCAGGAAGUCAUCCAGAAAUGCUCCCAUCAGGAAGAGAAUAUGAGGGGAGACGUUUGCCAGCAUUCGCCUUUUCCUCGGUUCCCCUGCUGUCUUUCCUCCUUCUCAUUUUGUUUUAACAAGAACACUGAUCCAAACUAUGUGUGAAAGGUGCACAAGCAGGCCAGGUCCUAACUGCUCGUUUUUUUUUCACCCGCAGCAAAACUGGGUCAUUGUACCAGCCCUGAAGGGCUGUAACAUGCCCAGACAGACACACAAGCCUCAGGGUGGGAUUCAGCCACACUGAGAAGCUGAAUACUGGUGAUAGCUGUGGGCAGCGCUGAGGGGGUCAUUUAUUUUGCCCUUUGUUUGCAAGCUUCGAAAGUUUGUUGUCCCUUUCCCGUGUUACUUGGAGUUCAGCUGUGGGCUGGAGCUAGCAUUUAUUUGGAUUAUUUAAUAAUGCUUAUUAUCAACUCCAUUUUUGUGUGUUUGGAUUCUAAGAAAAUAAUGAAAUUGCCGGCCCAAUUUCCCAAAGGCCAAGCUGACAUCUUUGAUUUGCUUGUUUUGUCUGAUCAACAGUUCAGAACAGAAUAAUAAUGAGAUAAUCAUAAUUCCAGUCAAAGAAAAUCAGACAAUCCCAAAUUCACUUUUGAGAAGCUUGAGCUGGAAAAUGUUUGGUUGAAAAAGUAUUUUAAAUAGUAAGUCAACCAAAACUGAUGCAGAUUCAUGUUCAACCGAUUACUUUAUUGACUCUUGAAUCGGAGUUGGUCCAAAUAGAUUCUUAAGAAGCUGCCAUCAACGCUAAUUUGACCAAAAUGUUGACUUAGGUGUGAGCAUAAUCAGUGUUUUCUUUCUCUACCUUGUCUCUGCAGAUGUCCGACUACAAGUGGAGGAAAUGGAGGCUAACGUCACAGUAGAAGAGUCCAGUUCUAUCCGACUGGGCUGCAGCAUUCCUUCCCAGUCAACCCGAGACUCCCGUUUCUCCGUGUCCUGGUACGUGGAGCGUUCAGAAGAGGACGAUGAAGAUGUGGAACAGCCAAGUGAUGAAGAGCGAGAGCGAGAAUGUGUGUUCUCCAUCGGACAUGACGCCAUCUUUGGGAAUGGAAACUGCAGCCCCAGAGAGGAGGCGGGGCCAAAUUCCCGCCUGCAGUUUAUGAGGACGACCCCGGAACUGUACAGCCUGACCAUUCAGGGGGCACGGCCGACAGAUGCGGGCCGAUACUACUGUCACGUGGAAGAGUGGCUACUUAAUCCUCGCAAUGCAUGGUACCGCCUGGCCACAAAUAACUCUGGAUUUACCAUCGUUAAUGUUCUGCAACAAGGUAAGUCUUUAAGUAUGAUACUGUCAAUUUUGCACCAGAGAGGCUUAUAACUGAAUGCGGCUAUGCCUUAGGAGACGUGUCAUAUCAUAUUGUGUCAUAUUGUAUUGUAUCGCGUCGUGUCGUAUUGUAUUGUAUCGUAUCGUAUCGUGUUGUAUUGUAUUUUAUCGUAUCGUAUCGUGUUGUAUCGUACCGUAUCGUAUCGUGUUGUAUUGUAUCGUAUCAUAUCGUAUCGUGUUGUAUUGUAUCGUAUCAUAUCGUAUCGUGUUGUAUCGUAUCGUAUCGUGUUGUAUUGUAUUUUAUCGUAUCGUAUCGUGUUGUAUCGUACCGUAUCGUAUCGUGUUGUAUUGUAUCGUAUCAUAUCGUAUCGUGUUGUAUCGUAUCGUGUUGUAUUGUAUUGUAUUGUAUCGUAUUGUAUAGUAUCGUGUCGUAUUGUAUCAUAUCGUAUCUUAACGUAUCGUAUCGUAACAUAUCAUAAUGAAUUGUAUCCUAUUGUUCAAAUUGGUAUUUGUGUUGGCCUUAAAAUUCCCAUCCAAACAGAUGUUGGAUCUUAGCUCUCAUCUGUGUUGACAACCAGAUGCAGCCAUUCAUAAAAAUCUGUAGUUUUCUUCUGUAAUCGUCUGUCUAGAAACUUAAAUGUGUGCCUUUUCUUUUCCCAUAGUGUCCAGCGUCAAGUCAGUCGUCUGCUCCAACGACGCCCUCUUCUACUUUGUCUUCUUCUACCCCUUCCCCAUCUUCGGCGUCCUCCUCAUAGCUUUGCUGCUUGUGCGCUACAAGAGUCGCAACAACAGCAAGAGCCAAGAAGGCAAAAACGGCGCUCCCCUCCUGUGGAUUAAAGAACCACACCUCAGCUACUCUCCUACCUGUCUGGAUCCGCCUGCACUCAGCCUGCACCCCGGAUCUGUCGAUUAAGCGAGGACCUGACCCACCUCUGUCUCGCGAAUGUCGCGGAUCUAGCCAACAGAAUGCCAGGGAGCGGACGUGGACUCCACUUUCAGACUUUACUGUCGUUCACUGCUGUGUUGAAUUAGUUGAUCAGUUUGAAAAAAUCCUACCCUGGUGGCUGCCUGUUUUAUGUUACAAACUUUUGUGUGUGUGUGUGGGUUUGAAUGAGCGAGUGUGAACUAGAUUGGGUGUGCAAUACUAGCAUGGUCAAUCGUGUGAGUGCAAAUAGAUGGGCGAGAUAGAAUAACAAGCCUCUCUCCUCUUUGUUUUCUGUGAAACUCAUAGCUGCGUUUUCUUUUUAUUACUCUAAAUAUCUGUCUAUUUUUCAAAAGAAAACAAAAAAAUGCGCACAUGAGAUCAUUGGCCAACCUGGGAAGAACAUUUAAGAGAAGGAACUCUAUAAUCCACUCCGGCUGUGAGCGGAUGCCAAAAAAACUCUCCGCACUGAUCCAAGAGCAGCCACAGCCUGGCCCACUAUGCUGGUUGCCAUAGUGAUUCUCUGCGCCCACUGACUCUGUAGCUGAGGACUUGGUUGCCAGCCUGCAUAGAGACAAAGGCAAGGACACACAAGUCUGUGUCCUGAAGUGAGGAUGUGUGUGUGUUUGUGUGUGUGUUGGCCCACCUGCCUCCACAAUGAAUUUGCCUUGGCAGACAGAAACAGGUCCUCGUGUGCCACUUAAACACUGCCAGACACUCUGGCCUUAGUGAGAGACCGCCCUGCUCUUCUCUUCUACCCUCCUCCUCCUCCUCCUCCUCCUCCUCUUUCUCGAGCGAGCAGAGGAAAAGAGGGAGGAACAUCCCCGAUGAUGGAGGAUAAAUGAACAGUGCUCUCCUGCUGAAGUUAUACAUACUUUCACAUUAGAGAAUUUUCUUUUUUGGUGCCAAGAUUUUUUCCACACUGUCCUCUGCAGCGACUAUUUGAAGUUUCAAAGAGACGAGAGGAAAGCUGAUUGGUUUGAAGGCAGACUGUAAAUAUGUCUGCUUACCUCCUGCUGUGGCUUUAUGGGCCUUUUUGGGCAAAAGGGCAAUUUCACAUGCAGUCAUAUUGAAUCAGUGGGGUUGUCCUGCUCAAGACGACACACAGUAGGGGGGUUGAUGACUGAAAUUAAAUUCUUGCACAUUUCUUUAAGUUGCCCAGUGAGACUACUCCGUCCUGUCUUUAGAAGUUAUUAGAGCUCAAAAAGAUGCUCAUUAAUUAAGAAAGAAGACUUUUGGUUUGUUAGAAGCCCCAAUGAGGAUUAGAAAUGUGUAGAUGUGUUGAGAACAUUGUUACCUGCACAUUAUAAAAAAAAAAACAGAUUUAAUGAGUGUGGGCACAUGUUUGACUUUUGUGUUUAUUUUAAAGAUUUUCUAUUUAUUGUUUUAUACAACUUUGCAUAGCUUUGUAAAUUUUUUUUCUUUUGCUUUGAAAUUCUCUAAGAACUGUGCUGCUUGUGUUGCCAGGCAACUGCACCAAGCAGAUUAUGUCAAUAGCCUGUGUGUUGGCAAUGUGGUAGAAGUAGAAAUGCUAGAUUUGUCCUGCGCAUUGCAGUCUGUAGCAUUUCAUACCAGAUUGUCAAGUUUGGUCAGUGUCAAAACACUGUAUAUCUAUACCUAUAAUGGCAAAUUACUGUGGCUUUAAUUGUACAAUAGAUGAACAGACGAGUCACAAAAAUCAAUUCACUUAAUGCUUUUCGCUUGAGUCGCAUUUAUUUAGUGAAAUGUGAUGUAACACCAACUUAGGAUGUUUGAUCUAAGACGGCCGCAGCUGAACUGUUAACACCGUCUUCAACCACAGAUUCUGGCUGAAAGCUUUUGUCUUCGGCUCCCCCCCUGACGCAAGGCAGAAGGGUUGAAAAUCUGUGUCACCUUCGCUGGAGCGCAACAGCCAGAGAGGUGAAAAAUCAUCUACCUGACCUGGGCUCAUUAACCCUUUCACUGCCAGACUGAACAUGGAAACUCUUGAACAAACCUGACUUUGUUGUCUCAAUCGUGUCAACAUGUAUAUUGCAUGACAAUACCGCAGGAGGAAUUUUGAUGUUUUGUAGAACUUUGAACUCUUUGAGCAUUGUGUUUGUGUGACAGAGCAGUGCCCAAACACCCGACUUCCUGAGCCAAGAGUCAACACAAAGACACCCCCCUGCCCCACCUCCCAUCCCCAAACCCCCUAUCGACGACGUGAUCUGACUGACACCUCCCUGUGAGCCUGUGAAGUUAUCUAUUUCCAGAAUGGGUGUUGUGGAGAUUGUGUUUGAUAUUAUUGCUCAUAUAUGUCUUUUUAAUGCUUUGCUUUUAUGCAGCACUCCAUUAAACAGAUUUAUGUCAAAAAAAGUACGUAGCUGAUACUGACACAGCCCACUAAAUUAUGAGUUUUUACAACCGUCUUCACCAUAUUUAAGGUAGGCAGUCCACUUUGAGUCAACACACUUUUUCAGGGAGAGGAAGGCUGGUGCUAUUAACCAAAUAUACAUGGCGGCCAUUUUCUUGUAACGUCUCACUCAGGGUGGGUCGUUAGCAUGUUUAGCUGCUUUAAUCCACAUUGUAAGUCAUAUAAAUACUGUGAAUCUGACAAACGUUCAUUUUUUCACCACUAAUAAGCACCUAGAAAGACAACAGGUAGAAUACCCAGAGACAUUGUGCUACAUUGCAUAUUAAAAAAUGUUUUUAAUAGGUUUCUGUUUAUACACUUGGGAGACAUACACUAUAUGAAAGCUUAAAAUUAAUUUGCACCAUGAGUAUAUUUGUAAGGUAAAACUUUCAGGUUAAUCUAAACUAACAUUACAUACAUUGUGCUUUCUAUACAGUGGUUUUAAUGUUACUGUAUCAUUAAUGCUGGCAUUAGUGAAACAGUAAUAUCACAUUAUUUUAAUGUUUGACCAAGAUACCAGUUACCUUAUUAGCUAACCACUUAUGUAGCACUAAAACUUAAUUUAUUGUUGUCAUCAUCAAGCCAUCUAAAAAUACAACCUCAAAUACAGGCAGCAUCCCAAGUUUAGUAUCUUUCUUUUUACAAAGGAGAUUGAUGGUAUCUAAGUGAGAUCUUUUGCGCGUUUUGAUAUUUUCUUAAAAACUCUUUUAGACACAGCUCAGGUCUCACCCUGAGCUCAACAUCCCAGGAUAGUGGCCGCCAUGUGAAUAUUGGAAAUGUGAUGCAUGUGCAGCAAAUGCUGCUACAAUCAAACUGUACUAAGUCUUCAUAGAAGAGAUGGCGACGCGUGUUUGAUAAAAGACAAACGCAAGCAGAGAGUAGAAAGUACCAGGCAAGAGCAGCACAUCUUUGUGGCAGAAUAUUACCGUAAAUGAGGCAACAUUUCAAUAAGUCAGCUGUUUGCUAUAUGUAAGAAAGGAAUGAAAUAAAAACUGCACCCAUGAUUAGAAAUAUGUACAGAAUUUCCAUUUUCAGUCAGUCCAAAAAAGUAUUUAAAAAAGCAUUUUCUUGUUCGUAAAUAUGUGCUGAAAUUGGAUAGUAGUAUGCACUGGAUGUAUAUAUGUACAAAAAAUGUGCAUCACUGGGAAUAAUGGAAAGAAGUGAAUCUGUAAAUAGUUUAUUUUUGAUCUCACUCAAGAAUCACAGCCCUGCAAAGAACUUGGUGGGUGAAAUCUUGCCUCAUUAAAUAGCAAUAUUCAGUGUUUGCACUGCCUCUCUUUUUCAUUACAGUUUUUAGGCUCCUGUUGUUAUAUGAUGUGAUGCUAGUGCCAGUCUAAGGAGUUUAUGUGAAAACUAAAAAGCCCUUCUGUAAAUUUUAGGCUGAGUACCAUGACGAGAAGUGGGAGUUACUGUAUCUGAAUGAUGUUACAUGAACUAGAGUAAUAGUUUCAUAUCUUUAUAACUUACAUUUCAUUGAAUGAAAUUGUUAUAUUGACCUAAUUUCAGUUCUUCAUAAGGGAGGAAAAACCUGCAGGAGCGUGUUUGCGGGCUGAAUGAUUGCCUUUCCUAAAUCUUGAACAUUCCCAGAGAUGCAGGUUGUGAAGACGGUGCCACUGAGCAGCUGCUGCAGCUUCAGUGUGUAAAUCACAUAAUCCUAGAUUUAAUUUGUGUAAAAUUCAUUUCAUCUCUCCAGACUUGAAGCCAGGAAGUGCAGGGGAUGGCCGCAGUGUGUUUGACGUCACAGCGCUGCUGUCAGCAUUGAAGCUGUGUGGAAAAAUUUCAAAAAUGGUGGCGUUUUUUUGUAAUAACAUUUAUACAAUCCAUGGCCGCCUUCCAGGAUUCCUCCAGACGUUUGGACAGUGUUGUAGCUGGUUUUGAGGGCUGCAUGUUUUUGGCUGUGUGCUGGCACCAGAUUUAGGUGUAAAAUAGUUUGUGGUGAUGUUUUCAGUUCAGCCAGUGAUGCUUUCUUUUCAGUGAUGUAUUUUUAUAUGACCAUGGUUCGUUUUGUUUGUUUUAUUUAACUUUCCUUUCUUACUUUAUCGAAUAGUUGCCAUCGUGACCAUUAUUGAAAAGGCACUUUGCUAUUGUCAGUUUACUGCAAUAAAAUACUUUAAGUGCA